AUGACAGGAUGCGAGAAAGUGGAGAGGGAGGGAAAGAAAGAAGCAAAGAGAGAGGUUCGCGAUGCUUCUUCUAACAGGUCUGAAAAGCAACAGCAGCAAGGGACAGGAUUGAGAGAUACUCUUGAGGAGGAAGAGGAGGAGGGGGAGUAGGGAAAGAGAGGGAGUAGGAGGAGGUGAAAGCCCCAAAAAAAACGAAGAGAAGAGAGGUGUACAGUGAGGAAAUACAGGGGGGAAAAUAGUGAGUACCCAGAGAAGGAAACACACAGAGUAAUAUUCACUAUCAGCAGUCAUAUCGGAACAUGCUGAAUUUCACGCCUGUCAGUCGACUGCAGUUUUCUCUAUGUGUGUGCCGAGUAAAUGAGUGUUCACACAUUGUCCACAAAAACAGAGAAAAGGGGGGAGUGAAAAGGAGAGAGAGAGUUACUGUCCUUUUCCAUCACGCCUGAACAAAGGUAGACAGUUUUAUCACAAUCUUACGCAAACACACACACUCUGUGAUCAAAUAGUGUGAAAGCACACUGAUGAAUGGCAAACACUGUCACACAGUAUAAAAUUACCUGACAUGUAUUCACAGUGGGAAUGAAGCCGUGAGCAGUGCUAUUGCAGAUUACCAGUAUAGUUACAGUGAGGAGACACAUUCAGGACUUUGCAGAUGAAAUGUAAUGGACAGAAUUGCCACAAUUCCCUUUUCAUCCUAUCUGUUCUACACCAUACAUUUCUAUCUGAACAUUCUAUAACGUUGCAUCAUCCUGAACAGGUUCCAGUUGUUAUUUCUGCCAGUGUCUUGACAAAACUAAAGUAUCGGUCACUAGAGGCGGUGUGAGGAUGUACCCACAGUGUGUGUUACAGCUUUCACAGCAGUGAACAGUAGGAGUCUGUCGCCACCUAUUGGUGGAUGCUCACCAUUAAAACAACUACAUUGUACCAUAAUUUACCAUGACCAAUAGCCUACAGCUCAUAUGAUGGCAAAUUCUGAUCACUUUCUGUCUGAAAAUAAUCUAUUGCGAUGAAAUCUCUAUGAUGUCUUACUUGUCUUUUUUUCUAACACCUGCCAUCUUCUAACUCUUCCCCACUCUUCUUUUUUUCUCCUCUCCUAUCAUCUCUCCUCUCUUUGCCUUUCCUCUCCUCCCCUAAUUUCUUAUUCUCUUGUUCUCAUCUCUCGCUCUUCUCUUCUCUGCUAUUCUCUUCUCUUCUUGUCUCUGUCCUGGUUGGUUGCGUUGCUCCUCUCCUCGUCCAAUCAUGUGGUAGAUAUUACCUGGUAUAUCAGAGAGGAAGAGGUGAAGCGAGACGAUUUACUCCGCCCAAAAUCUAUCUGCGUGAGAUAAGCCUUUUUUGUAUGGCGGUCUACGAGACAGUGUCGAAUUACAUGAGGCUUAAUUGAUCGAAUAUACGUUUUGUAAUGCUUAGGCUGUUACAAAUUUAGGGAUUUAAGUGGAUGCACGUGGCAUUCUGGCAAGUUUGAGAAAAAACUAUUUAGUUGUGCCUGUUGUUUAAACGCAUAUCUGCCUUCUCAUUAGCUAGAAUGGUCUGAUCUGAUCUCGUCUGCCUUCAAUCAUUGAGGACAUGUAUUUACAUUGUUAGAGUGGUCACUCGGCUAUCUUGUCAAUAUAAUACAGUGCCUUGCAAAAGUAUUCAUCCCCCUUGCGUUUUUACUAUUUUGUUGCAUUACAACCUGUAAUUUAAAUGGAUUUUUAUUUGGAUUUCAUGUAAUGGACAUACACAAAAUAGUCCAAAUUGGUGAAGUGAAAUGAAAAAAAUACAAAAAAUACAAAGAAAUAAUCAAAAUAAAUAACAGAAAAGUGGUGCAUUCAUAUGUAUUCAACACCUUUGCUAUGAAGCCCCUAAAUAAGAUCUGGUGCAACCAAUUACCUUCAGAAGUCACAUAAUUAGUUAACUAAAGUCCACCUGUGUGCAAUCUAAGUGUCAAAUGAUCUGUCACAUGAUCUCAGUAUAUACACCUGUUCUGAAAGGCCCCAGAGUCUGCAACACCACUAAGCAAGGGGAACCACCAAGCAAGCGGCACCAUGAAGACCAAGGAGCUCUCCAAACAGGUCAGGGACAAAGUUGUGGAGAAGUACAGAUCAGGGUUGGGUUAUAAAAAUAUAUCAGAAACUUUGAACAUCCCACGGAGCACCAUUAAAUCCAUUAUUAAAAAAUUGAAAUAAUAUGGCACCACAACAAACCUGCCAAGAGAGGGCCGCCCACCAAAACCCACGGACCAGGCAAGGAGGGCAUUAAUCAGAGAGGCAACAAAGACACCAAAGAUAACCCUGAAGGAGCUGCAAAGCUCCACAGCGGAGAUUGGAGUAUCUGUCCAUAGGACCACUUUAAGCCGUACAUUCCACAGAGCUGGGCUUUAUGGAAGAGUGACCAUAAAAAAGGCAUUGCUUAAAGAAAAAAAUAAGCAAACAAGUUUGGUGUUCGCCAAAAGGCAUGUGGGAUACUCCCCAAACAUAUGGAAGAAGUUCAGAAGAGACUAAAAUUGAGCUUUUUGGCCAUCAAGGAAAAUGUCUGGCGCAAACCCAACACCUCUCAUCACCCCGAGAACACCAUCUCCACAGUGAAGCAUGGUGGUGGUAGCAUCAUGCUAUGGUGAUGUUUUUCAUUGGCAGGGACUGGGAAACUGGUCAGAAUUGAAGGAAUGAUGGAUGGCGCUAAAUAAAGGGAAAUUAUUGAGGGAAACUUGUUUCAGUCUUCCAGAGAUUUGAGACUGGGACGGAGGUUCACCUUCCAGCACGACAAUGACCCUAAGCAUACUGCUAAAGCAACACUGGAGUGGUUUAAGGGGAAACAUUUAAAUGUAUUGGAAUGGCCUCGUCAAAGCCCAGACCUCAAUCAAAUUGAGAAUCUGUGGUAUUACUUAAAGAUUGCUGUACACCAGCGGAACCCAUCCAACUUGAAGGAGCUGGAGCAGUUUUGCCUUGAAGAAUGGGCAAAAAUCUCAUUGGCUAGAAUAUGCCAAGCUUUAAAAGACAUACCCCAAGAGACUUGCAGCUGUAAGUGCUGCAAAAGGUGGCUUUACAAAGUUUUGACUUUUGGGAGGUGAAUAGUUAUGCACGCUCAAGUUUUCAGUUUUUUUUGUCUUAUUUCAUUUAAAAAAAACAUUUUUAAGUAUUUAGCAGACGCUCUUAUCCAGCGCAACUUACAGUUAGUGAGUGCAUACAUGUUUUUUUAUUUAUUAUUAUUAUUAUUAUUAUUAUUAUUACUUUUUUCAUACUUUCUUGUUUGUUUCACAAUAACAAAUAUUUUGCAUCUUCAAAGUGGUAGGAAUGUUGUGUAAAUCAAAUGAUACAAACCUCCCCAAAAUCCAUUUUAAUUCCAGGUUGUAAGUCAACAGAAUAGGAAAAAUGCCAAGGGGGUUGAAUACUUGUAGAUCACUGUAGAUCAUCUUUAGGUAAAUCCAUCCUGCAGAGGUCACAGCGGGUCACGAGCCCUGGCCUGCUCUUCCUUCUCAUCCUUCUCAUCCUCCUCUUCCUCCUCUGAGGGUUAACGUUUUUAUUUUAUUUUUUAAAUGAUUCUCUUCUGUUAAAAUUCAUUAUACUCCGACUGCUCUUAAUUGAUGAUAACUUAAACGUUUGGUAAACCUACUGUAAAUAUUUUACAUUUACAUUUUAGUCAUUUAGCAGACGCUUUUAUCCAGAGCGACUUACAGGAGCACUUAGGGUUAAGUGCCUUGCUUAAGGGCACAUCGACAGAUUUUUCACCUAGUCGGCUCGGGGAUUAGAACCAGCGACCUUUCGGUUACUGGCACAACGCUCUUACCCACUAAGCUACCUGCCAUCCUUUUACAUGUAAACUGGUUUGUCUACUAUUGAUUUUGAGAACUACACAAUGAAAAUGUAUGUCUGUAAAGUAGAAACAUAAAAAGUAUGAUAAAUACUUGAGUGUACUGCUAUGAUGAUGACUAAUAUGAUUUCACUUCACAGUAGUAAAGUAGUUCUAGCUCAAUACAACAUACCAAUACACAAAUAACCCAGAAAUUCCAAAACCAAAAAUAAAUGCAUCCCCUAUACAAUAAACAUGUAUCAAAAAUGAAGUUGCUGGGGUCAAUACAGGUGGAAGAUGUAUGAUUGCCAUCCCCAUGAGCGUAGUCAGUCACCGCGGGCUGAUACUGUCAUGGUUCAUGUGGGGUCAAAUUAUAUUAUGAAGGGCAGCUCAGAACAGCUGAAGAUGGAUUUUAAAGAACUGAUUGGGUCUCUACUUGACACCAACAAACGCCCCAUAAUAUCUGGCCCUCUGCCCUCCCUAAAUUGUGGCAUUGAACGGUUUAGCAGACUUUUAGCCCUCCAUAACUGUCUACGAGACAAUUGCAGCUCUGUGGGUGUAACAUUUAUUGAGAAUUUUGAUACCAUCUGGAAACAAAGCUCAUAUUAUAAGGAGGAUGGGAUCCACCCAAAUCAUUUGGGUUCCUGGAUCCUUUCAAAGCAUUAUAAGGCUGCAUUCAGACAAUGACUUAUCAAUGACCCAAGUCCAGCUCAUUUAAUCCCUACCAUUGUGUCGCUGAGUUGUCAUAAUGCUUCAGCAAAUGUACAUUAUCCUAGGGGCGUUGGAAGACACAAUGUAAAUAACCUAAUUUAUAUCCCUCUUACUGCCCGGAAUGCCUCUGCUGAUCCUACAGCUAUUGUAUGCAAUAAUCAUAUGCCUAUGAACCAGAGUAAUACUGUUAGCACUGAGGUGGUGUGCCCUAGUAGGAAGUCCACUGUGUGCAGCUCACCCUGCACUAAUAAAAAUAAGCUGAGUAUGUCUACCUCUGCUAAGCUUCCCAGUAAAGCAAGAAAAAUAAUCAAGCAUCAAAGAAAAGUGUUAAAAAUAGCCCAAGUUAACAUAUGUAGAUUAAGAAACAAGGUUCAUGAAAUCAAUAAUUUUCUAGUAACAGAUGACAUUCAUAUUCUGACUAUCUCUGAAACUCACAUAGAUAACACCUUUGAUGAUACAGUGGUAGCAAUACAAGGUUAUAACAUUUACAGAAAAGACAGAAAUGCCAACGGGGGGCGGUGUUAUAUUCAGAACCACAUUCCUGUAAAGCUUAGAUGUUAAAUACUAUUGAAGUUAAACCAUUCUGGUGGGAAGCUGCUAUAGACCACCAAGUGCUAACAGUCAGUAUCUGGAUAACAUCUGUGAAAUGCUUGAUAGUAUAUGUGAUAUCAUUAGAGAGGUAUACUUUCUGGGUGAUUUAAAUAUUGACUGGCUUUGAUCAGGCUGCCCACUCAAGAGAAAGCUUCAAACUGUAACUAGUGCCUGCAACCUGGUUCAGGUUAUCAAUCAACCUACCAGGGUAGUUACAAACAGUACAUGAAUGAAAUCAUGUAGUGAUCAUAUCUUUACUAAUGCUGCAGAAAUUUGGAUGUAGUGAUCACAAUAUAGUAGCCAUAUCUAGGAAAACCAAAGUUCCAAAGGCUGGGCCUAAUAUUGUGUAUAAGAGGUCAUACAAGACGUUUUGUAGUGAUUCCUAUGUUGUUGAUGUGAAGAAUAUUUGUUGGUCCGUGCUGUGUAAUGACGAGCAACCAGACGCUGCACUUGAGACAUUUAUGAAAUUGCUUAUCCCAGUUACUAAUAAGCAUGCACACAUUAAGAAAAUGACUGUAAAAACUGUUAAAUCCCUGUGGAUUGAUGAGGAAUUAAAAAAUUGUAUGGUUGAGAGGGAUGAGGCAAAAGAGAUGGCAAAUAGGUCUGGCUGUACAACUGAUUGGCAAACAUACUGCAAAUUGAGAAAUCAUGUGACUAAAUUGAAUAAAAAGAAGAAGAAACCACACUAUGAAACAAAGAUAAAUGACAUAAAGAAUGAUAGUAAAAAGCUUUGGAGUACCUUAGAUGAAAUUUUGGGCAAAAAGGCAAACUCCGCUCCAUCAUUCAUUGAAUUAGAUGGCUCAUUCAUCACAAAACCCACUGAUAUUUCCAACUACUUUAAUGAUUAUUUUAUUGGCAAGAUUAGAAAACUUAGGCAUGACAUGCCAGCAACAAACGCUGACACUGCACAUCCAAGUAUAUCAGACCAAAUUAUGAAAGACAAGCAUUGUAAUUUUGAAUUCCGUAAAGUAAGUGUGGAAUAAUUAUUAUUGUCGAUCAACAAUGACAAGCCACUAAGGUCUGACAACUUGGAUGGAAAAUUACUGAAGAUAAUAGUGGACGAUAUUGCUGUCACGCCCUGACUCAGGGGACUCUUAUAUGUUGAGUCAGUGUGUGUGUAUUCUUUGUUUGUAUAUAUUCUAUGUUGUAUAUCUAGCAUGUGUGGAUCUAUGUUGGCCGGUGUGGUUCCCAAUCAAAGGCAGCUGUCACUCGUUGUCUCUGAUUGGGGACCAUACUUAAGCAGCCUAUUGGCACAGUCUAGUUGUGGGAUCUUGUUCCUGGUAAGGUAUGUUGUGUGUUCUACCUUGGACUUCACGUUUCGUUUUGUUUCUUGUUUUGUCGUGUGUUUAUUAAGUUGAAUAAACAUGUACGCAUAUCACGCUGCGCCUUGGUCUGACCCGUCAUUCAACGAACGUGACAAUUGCCACUCCUAUUUGCCAUAUCUUCAAUUUAAGCCUACUAGAAAGUGUGUGCCCUCAGGCAUGGAGGGAAGCAAAAUUUAUUCCCCUACCUAAGAAUAGUAAAGCCCCCUUAACUGGCUCAAACAGCCAACCAAUUAGCCUGUUACCAACCCUAAGGAAACUUUUGGAAAAAAUUGUGUUUGACCAGAUACAAUGCUAUUUUACAGUAAACAAAUUGAUAACAGACUUUCAGCAUGCUUAUAGGGAAGGACAUUCAACAAGCACAGCACUUACACAAAUGACUGAUGAUUGGCUGAGAGAAAUUGAUGAUACAAAUAUUGUGGGGCUGUUUUGUUAGACUUCAGUGCGGCUUUUGACAUUAUCGAUCAUAGUCUGUUGCUGGAAAAACGUAUGUGUUAUGACUUUACACCCACCUGCUAUAUUGUGGAUAAAGAGUUACCUGUCUAACAGAACACAGAGGGUGUUCUUUAAUGGAAGCCUUUCCAACAGAAUCCAGGUAGAAUCAGGAAUUCCCCAGGGCAGCUGUCUAGGCCCCUUACUUUUUUCAAUCUUAACUAACGACAUGCCACUGGCUUUGAGUAAAGCCAGUGUGUCUAUGUAUGCGGAUGACUCGAAACUAUACACGUCAGCUACCACAGCGACUGAAAUGACAGCAACACUUAACAAAGAGCUGCAGUUAGUUUCAGAAUGGGUGGCAAGGAAUAAGUUAGUCCUAAAUAUUUCAAAAACUAAAAGCAUUGUAUUUGGGACAAAUCAUUCACUAAACCCUAAACCUCAACUAAAUCUUAUAAUGAAUAAUGUGGAAAUUGAGCAAGUUGAGGAGACUAAAUUGCUUGGAGUAACCCUGGAUUGUAAACUGUCAUGGUCAAAACAUAUUGAUACAACAGUAGCUAGGAUGGGGAGAAGUCUAUAAUAAAGCGCUGCUCUGCAUUCUUAACAGCAAUAUCAACAAGGCAGGUCCUACAGGUCCUACUUUUGUCACACCUGGACUACUGUUCAGUCGUGUGGUCAGGUGCCACAAAGAGGGACUUAGGAAAAUUGCAAUUGGCUCAGAACAGGGCAGCACGGCUGGCCCUUGGAUGUACACAGAGAGCUAACAUUAAUAAUAUGCAUGUCAAUCUCUCCUGGCUCAAAGUGGAGGAGAGAUUGACUUCAUCACUACUUGUAUUUGUGAGAGGUAUUGACAUGUUGAAUGCACCGAGCUGUCUGUUUGAACUACUGGCACACAGCUCGGACACUCAUACAUACCCCACAAGACAUGCCACCAGAGGUCUCUUCACAGUCCCCAAGUCAAGAACAGACUAUGGGAGGUGCACAGUACUACAUAGAGCCAUUACUACAUGGAACUCCAGUCCACAUCAAGUAGCCUAACUCAUGCCAGCAGUAACAUUAGAUUUUUUUUAUAUAUAUAUAAAUACACCUUACGGAACAGCGGGGACUGUAAAGCAACACAAACAUAGACACAUGCAUACAAACACACGAUAACUAUACACACAUGUACACAUGGAUUUUGUGUUAUAGAUAUGUGGUAGUAGAGUAGAGGCCUGAGGGCAUACACUUAAUAUGUUGUGAAAUAUGUUAUGAAUGUAUUGUAAUGUUUUUAAAAUGUAUAACUGCUUUAAUUUUGCUGGACACCAGGAAGAGUAGCUGUUGCCUUGGCAGGAACUAAUGGGGAUCCAUAAUAAAUACAAAUACAAGUACCACCCUCCUUCAGGCAAUGGAUGAACCAUGAAAUUAUUUAAACCCAGACCUAUGUCAGGCUUGGAUUCACAAUGCCGAAAGGUUUUUCCCCAGGUGCAUGAACAAUGAGGGUAUUUGGCUAAAUGCUCAAGACAGGCUUGAUGCAAACUAGUGCCUGCUAAACAUUGUUUCUUUCAUUUCUUUCAUUUGAUUACAUUGUGAAAGAUGUUUUCAAUGAUCACCCCUUUUAUCACAUGGGAUAGAAAUUAUGGAAAUGUUAAUGGGUAGUGCAAGUGUAUUGCCUAAUGUGAUGUACUGUAAUGUACAGUACUGUAGCAUACUACAUUCAAAGGGCAAUUGUAAAACAUGUAUCUUACAUUUUUUGCUAUUAGAUUAAUUGGUUGUUAAAAUAACUAAAUUGAGAAGAUAUCAUUAUGUUGUGUUUUGGUGAUUAAACCAAUGUACUCAUUAUAUUUCACAGUAAACUUAUAUUUGGGAUCAAUGGUUGAGUGGUGAAAGAUGUCUACAAACAAAAUUAAUGCAAAAUUAAAGGUUUUGAAUGUUAGACUAGCUGCGUAACAAGUGUUACCAGUUUGGAGUUUUGUAAUAAGAGUUUAGAUAGUUCACCACAUACUUGUGAAAAUAGUACCAAAGCGAUAAAAACCCCCGGUAAAACCCAGUUGGAUUAUCGUCCUUAUCUCCUUAUGGGAUCAAUCACUGUACGUGAGUGUGAGUGUGAGUGUGUGUGUGUGUGAGAGUGUGUGUGUGGGUGGGUGUUAGAAUUAGCCUGAACCAACACUGCAUUCUGUUUAUUUUGUUUGGACUAGCAGUAUGGUCGAUUAGGUCUAUUAGGCCCUUAAUUUCUGGCCUCUGUCUUGAUGUAGAAGCAGCAGCGACUCAGGCAGAGCUGUGUACAGUCAGGAUCAAGGGAGCUCAGGCACAGAAGACUCUAUCCUCUCUUUCGCUGACGCUGGAUGCGGCUUAUCCUCUUCGGGCCACAUUAAAAGGUUUGGCCCUGUCUCCUCAGUUACCUGUGAUAGAGACACAGCUGUGCCGUAGUCUAUACCUGGCACUGACAUAGAAUACACCUGUGGCAUAGGUUCUACCCCAGUAGACACGAGGAUCUAUGUCCGAGUUAACUAAAACUCAAAUUGUUUAUUACAAAUACACACAAAAAAUCAAAUUUUAUGGACUGUAGCGGGAACUGUAACCAUGGCAGAAUCCUGUUUCAAAAUAUCUACCCCAACCCCCUACCCCAAAACACCAUACUAUAUAUCCCCUGCACUCUCUCUCUCUCUCUCUCUCUCUCUCUCUCUCUCUCUCUCUCUCUCUCUCUCUCUCUCUCUCUCUCUCUGUGAUGAUUGGCUGUGUGUUGGCGUAAACAGGGUCUUACGACACAGGAAGUGGUAUAACUCAGGGUCAGGGUUCGUUGAGCAGAUGACAGGUUCUUCUUUUUGUGACGCUGACCAUUCCAUCAUCCUGCUAAUGCUAUGAUUGGAAGUGACACAGUAGAGGGGGAGGGGCAAAGAAAGUGAAAGUGCACUCUUUUGCUUUGAGAUUUUCUCAUAAUCUAGAUGAGAAUAUGUUAGGCUUUUGCAGUUCCUGCAUUCGCAGUCAAAGACCGAAUCAAAGAAAUUGAGGACAAAACAGAGGUAAAUAGAGAGAAAGUGGUGGAUAGAGUGUGGGUGGGCAUGGGGUAAACAAAUAAUAGAGAGGGGGGGUUAGACAGGAAUGUGGGUUAAAUAAUCCUUUUGACUCAGUGAUGAUAGCGAGUCAUUGGGUCAGUACAGGGAGGAGACAAGACCCUUGAAAACACCUGUCAACACCAGAGGCCUGCGAGAGUGUGUAAUGAUUUCAUAGUUUUCUUCCCCCAAAUAGCAUAUCAUAAUGCUUACAAACAAUAAUAAUAAAGCCUAUGUGGGGCUUCUCCGGCUUCACUGGUUCUGUUGGAUUGGUUAUGGGAUCCAGAAUCCGGGAUCUUGGUUCUUGGUUCUGGGUUCUCUAAGGUUCUCAAGGUAACAAAUAUUAUUUGACAGGAUAAAGGUUGUCUCGCCGAACCUUGAUCUCCAGUUCUUCAUGCAGACCCUUGUUCUGACCCUUUGGGUCUUCUCUGCUUCCUCUGAAAUGUUCUCCAGGUUUCUGCGAGUUCUGCGGGCUAAUCCCAGCCCCACCCUUUCAGCGGAGUAGCGAGUGAUGUCCUUCAAGCGGCUAAUCCCGUUAGCACAGCCUAGCUUCCUUUAAUCCUCCCACAUCGCCAAGCGCCCCGCAGCCUACACACUCUCACCGCUUCUGGGAUGACGGGCCACUGUUAAAACCCUCAGGUAAGUCCCAGCACCCUCACCCUUACAGAAGUCCCCCUAUGCAUCCUCAAACUGCUGUUAGACUCCUUACAAACCCCAAACUAUAGGUAGACCAGUGGGCGAAAACCCUUGGUCAGCAGAGUUUUGUUCCAGGGCAGCACUAGUACACCUGAUUCAGCUAAUCAAGGUAUUGAGGCCAAGGGUUGGUGAUCGCUGGUGUAGACUUUAUCUGUAGCAUAUCAUACCGCUAACAAGAGACUACUACUAAAAAGAGACUGACUAUAAACUAGACCAGCCUUUGUUAUAUGUUUGCUAUGCAGUUGAAGUCAGAAGUUUACAUACACUUAGGUUGGAGUCAUUAAAACUCGUUUUUCAACCACUCCACAAAUUUCUUGUUAACAAACUAUAGUUUUGGCAAGUCGGUUAGGACAUCAACUUUGUGCAUGACACAAGUAAUUUUUCCAACAAUUGUUUACAGACAGAUUAUUUCACUUAUAAUUCACUGUAUCACAAUUCCAGUGGGUCAGAAGUUUAAAUACACUAAGUUGACUGUGCCUUUAAACCGCUUGGAAAAUUCCAGAAAAUGAUGUCAUGGCUUUAGAAGCUUCUGAUAGGCUAAUUGACAUCAUUUGAGUCAAUUGGAGGUGUACCUGUGGAUGUAUUUCAAGGCCUACCUUCAAACUCAGUGCCUCUUUUCUUGACAUCAUAGGAAAAUCAAAAGAAAUCAGCCAAGACCUCAGAAGAAAAGUUGUAGACCUCCACAAGUCUGGUUCAUCCUUGGGAGCAAUUUCCAAAUGCCUGAAGGUACCACGUUCAUCUGUACAAACAAUAGUACGCAAGUAUAAACACCAUGGGACCACGCAGCCGUCAUACCGCUCAGGAAGGAGACGCGUUCUGUCUCCUAUAGAUGAACAUACUUUGGUGCGAAAAGUGAUAAUCAAUCCCAGAACAACAGCAAAAGGACCUUGUGAAGAUACUGGAGGAAACAGGUACAAAAGUAUCUAUGUCCACAGUAAAACGAGUCCUAUAUCGACAUAACCUGAAAGGCCGCUCAGCAAGGAAGAAGCCAAUGCUCCAAAACCGCCAUAAAAAAGCCAGACUACGGUUUGCAACUGCACAUGGGGACAAAGAUCGUACUUUUUUGAGAAAUGUCCUCUGGUCUGAUGAAACAAAAAUAGAACUGUUUGGCCAUAAUGACCAUCGUUAUGGUUGGAGGAAAAAGGCGAGCUUGCAAGCCGAAGAACACCAUCCCAACCGUGAAGCACGUGGGUGGCAGCAUCAUGCUUUGGGGGUGCUUUGCUGCAGGAGGGACUGGUGCACUUCACAAAAUAUAUGGCAUCAUGAGGAAGGAAAAUUAUGUGGAUAUAUUGAAGCAACAUCUCAAGACAUCAGUCAGGAAGUUAAAGCUUGGUCGCAAAUGGGUCUUCCAAAUGGACAAUGACCCCAAGCAUACUUCCAAAGUUGUGGCAAAAUGGCUUAAGGACAACAAAGUCAAGGUAUUGGAGUGGCCAUCACAAAGCCCUGACCUCAAUCCUAUAGAAAAUGUGUGGGCAGAACUGAAAAAGUUUGUGCGAACAAGGAGGCCUACAAACCUGACUCAGUUACACCAGCUCUGUCAGGAGGAAUGGGCCAAAAUUCACCCAACUUAUUGUGGGAAGUUUGUGGAAGGCUAUGCGAAACAUUUGACCCAAGUUAAACAACUUAAAGCAAUGCUACCAAAUACUAAUUGAGUGUAUGUAAACUUCUGACCCACUGGGAAUGUGAUGAAAUAAAUAAAAGCUGAAAUAAAUCAUUCACUCUACUAUUAUUCUGACAUUUCACAUUCUUAAAAUAAAGUGGUGAUCCUAACUGACCUAAGACAGGAAAAGUUUACUAGGAUUAAAUGUCAGGAAUUGUGAAAAACUGAGUUUAAAUGUAUUUGGCUAAGGUGUAUGUAAACUUCCGAUUUCAACUGUAUGUAUACAUGUCUUCCAAAUAGUAUCUCCUAGCACUUGGUGGGUGUCCCCUCAGUGGUUCGUGGCAAUUGUGUCUCUGUGGUAUAGGCCCACAGUGUAGCUCUGUUUUUGUUUUAGCCCUUUGACGUGUAUGAUCACGUAUUUGAUCAUUGUUGAGUUGUCCCUGCUGCGUACGAUUUCAAAUAUGUGAUUGGAACAGCAGCAACAGAACGUAUGAUGCAACAAACGCGUCUAAACAGUAUUGUUGUCUGAACAGCAUCUAAAUAUUGUUUUAACUGAUGAAAAAUAAAGGUCUUAAACUUUGUAAAAGAUAAAUGCAAACUUCAUCAUCCAAGCAUCACACGGAACACAUCCACAGCCAAACUCAUUCCAUAAACCAGUCUAAAUAACAGUUUGCGCUGACAAAAAAAACUAAACAUAAGUAAGCGACCUAACAGCUAGACUAGUUUACAAUAUACCACAUCUCUGGUGAGCACAAGAGACUAAUGUAAUGUUGUUUAGAAAAUAGAUGCGUGUCAGCUAAUCUAACAGCAGCUAAAAUCUUUAUGAUGGAAGCUAUGUUUGUUUAUGUUUGACUUGGCGAAAACUCCCUAAUCACAGAAUGCCAUUCACUAUAAGACGCAAAUAAACAAAGUCAAAGAUGGCUGCGCUCAUUGCCUGAAAAAUAUGAACUUAGUUUAGCCACUUUUCAGCAUAUUACAAAUCGUUGAUGUACUUGUUACAGUGUAUACAAGAACCGGAGCACAUGACUUAACAAGUCGUUUACCAUUUUUGACAAAUCACAAAGCAAAUAAAAGGUUUUCACCUCACAGAUCAUCACACCAAAUACAAGCCUACUGCCUAGCCUAACCGUAGCGCGAAAGGUAAACAGGGAUGAAACUAUUUUAAGGGGGUUUGUGGGGGGGGGUGAUUUCAUUUGUUGGGGGUUUUCAAGUCCGUGGGGGGUAGAAAUGGGGGAAGGUAUCGUGGGGGGAUAUGAUGCAGGAAAUAUUACUAUGAUGGGGGAUUUAUCAAUAAAUGGGGGGCAAACACAAGAGAAGUUUAUACGCUAAAUAAAAAUAGAAACCCUGGAAAGGGGGGACUGAGCUGGCAACCCUGAGGUACCAAAGUUACAAUCUGAUGCCGUGUUCAAAACAACUGGGAACUUGGAAAUCUCAGAUUCCGACUUCAGUGCGUUCAAGACAACUGGCAACUCGGGAAAAACGAGCUCCGACUGGAAAAAAUUGUUUUGAACGGUCAUCCAAUUCAUCUUUGGACCAUAAAAAAUAUUUUGAACUUACGCGUGAAAAGGUUAAGAAACACUGCUGUAGGGGAUUGUUUCCUCACAUGGGGCACCACCAUAUGUAGGGAAUUGUACUCUCACGGGGCACCAUUAUGUAGGAAAAUGUCCUCACAAACUCUACAAUACUCAUAGGCCUACUACAGAAUUAUAUGCAUAUUAAAUCAAUAAAGCUAUGAUUUGUAGCAUUAUUUGGUUUAACUACUGUAUUAUGGCUAUUUUUUUUUUUACCUUAUGUGGUUCUUGGUGGGUGGAUGUUUUCCAAAAGUAAACAUCAAGACCGUCUGGUGAGCUAUUUAGAGUACUGUGUUAAGAGCUUCUUACCAAACAUGUGGAAGGGUACCAAAACGUUUCUGCAGCAUUGAAGGUCCCCAAGAACACAGUGGCCUCCAUCAUUCUUAAAUGGAAGAAGUUGGGAACCACCAAGACUCUUCCUAGAGCUGGGCGCUCCGUCAAACUGAGCAAUCGGGGGAGAAGGGCCUUGGUCAGGGAGGUGACCAAGAACCCGAUGGUCACUCUGACAGAGCUCCAGAGUUCCUCUGUGGAGAUGGGGGAACCUUCCGGAAGGACAACCAUCUCUGCAGCACUCCAUGAGAAACAAGAUUCUCUGGUCAAGAUUGAACUCUUUGGCCUGAAUGCCAAGCGUCACGUUUGGAGGAAACCAGGCACCGCUCAUCACCUGGCCAAUACCAUCCCUAGGGUGAAGCAUGGUGGUGGCAGCAUCAUGCUGUGGGGAUUAUUUUCAGCAGCAGGGACUGGGAGACUAGUCAGGAUUGAGGGAAAGAUGAACGGAGCAAAGUACAGAGAGAACCUUGAUGAAAACGUGUUCCAGAGUGUUCAGGACCUCAAACUGGGGCAAAGGUUCACCUUCCAACGACCCUAAGCACACAGCCAAGAGAACGCAGGAGUGGCUUCGGGACAAGUCUCUGAAUGUCCUUGAGUGGCCCAGCCAGAGCCCGGACUUGAACCCGAUCGAACAUCUCUGGAGAGACCUGAAAAUAGCUGUGCAGUGAUGCUCUCCAUCCAACCUGACAGAGCUUGAGAGGAUCUGCAGAGAAAAAUGGGAGAAACUCCCAAAAUACUGGUGUGCCAAGCUUGUAGCAUCAUAUCCAAUAAUAUUCUAGGCCUUAAUCGCUGCCAAAGGUGUUUCAACAAAGUACUGAGUAAAGGGUCUGAAUACUUAUGUAAAUGUGAUAUUCUUUUUUUAAAUAUAAAUAUAUAUAUACAAACAUGUUUUUGCUUUGUCAUUAUUGGGUGUUGUGUGUAGAUUGAUGAGGGGAAAAAACAAUUAAAUCAAUUUUUUUAUAAUGCUGUAACAUAACAAAAUGUGGAAAAAGUGAAGGGGUCUGAAUACUUUCUGAAUGCACUGUAUAUUCUUCAAGAAUCAAUGGGUACACAUUAAUUAAUGUAUAAAUCCAAAAUUGGAUGUAGCUACUGCAGAUUGCCCCUUUAACAAGUUAUUUGUGUACUUGCCUGGUGGUUUACCUCAAGAGCCAGUGGUUUCAUUGUUUGCGAUUUUACCAUGGGCGGCAGGUAGCUUAGUGGUUAAGAGCGUUGUGCCAGUAACCGAAAGGUCGCUGGUUCUAAUCCCCGAGCCGACUAGGUGAAAAAUCUGUCGAUAUGCCCUUGAGCAAGGCACUUAACACUAAUUGCUCCUGUAAGUCACUCUGGAUAAGAGCGUCUGCUAAAUGACGUCAAUGUAAAUGUAGUGGAUUCACGUAAAGGUUUAGCACAGUUAUCGUCACUUUGCAGGGCUUAAUUUCAUCAGCUUGAUCUCUGUAUGAAGACAUAGGACAUAGCACCUCAUCUUGAGUUAACACACGUGUAUGUAACCAUUGUGUGUAUGUUGCAGGAUGUUCAGCUGGGUGGUGAAAGUGGUUCCCCAGCCUCCUGGGAAACUAGGAGAUGAGGAGAAGACAAAUGCCCCACCUGCCCCAGUAAGUCCCCCACAAGCGAGAGAAAGAAAAGAGGGGAUUUUAUCACCAUUUAAAUGUUCUAUUAUUCAAACUAAUAUAUCUCUUUGUGUUUAAAACAGGUAAAACAAGUAACUUUCAAAGAAGAGAAGAAACAAGAAGGUAAUAACUGAUUUAAACCUAAUCUAUAAACAAUUCCCUUUGUGUACUAAAGAAGUCAGUAAACUCAUCUGUAUCAGCAGCAUAGAGGGACAUCCGUCUCACACUGUUCUCUAAUUAUGAUUGACAGCUCCAAAACUUGCCAAGGCUAAAGACGAGGAGGUCACCGAGGAGAAUGGGUGAGUGUAUCUAUGGCCGGAAUUCAAUAUGUAGUUUGUCAAUGCUCACCAACAGAGAAAGGGAGGGGAUCUUUCAACAUUGAUUUGACACUAUUUCUUUCUGUAUUGUAUUGCUUUGGCAACAUCGAUUUCCCCUCUCUUGCCAAUGAAGCUAAUUUAAAUUUCAGAGAGGGAGAGAGAGAGUUCCAUAUCACCCAGUGACCUAGUUGGCUGUGGGCACAUAUGGUAUGCCAGGAUGACAGAGAGGAUCAGAGUGAUCAGACCAGGAUCAGAGGAAAUCCUAUAGUGGAAUGCCAUUGAGCCCAUAUAAUGCGUUGCUCUUUACAGUACUGGACUAUAAUAUAGAAUUCCAGUAGCUAACUAACAUUUAUGCUCUAAAUUUACAUCAAUUAUUUAGAGUGUACAGACAUCAUCCUCUCUCUACACUCACACACACUUGCACGCAACCCCCCCCCCCCCCCCCCCCCCCCCCCCCCCCAAAUGAAUGAGAAACUGCCUGCAUGCCCAUUUGAUCGAUUCCAACUGCAUUUGGUAUUUGGUAUUUUAUUAGGAUCCCCAUUAGCUGUUGUAAAAGCAGCAGCUACUCUUCCUGGGGUCCACACAAAACAUGAAACAUGACAUAAUACACAACAUUAAUAGACAAGAACAGCUCAAGGAAAGAACUACAUAAAUAUGUAUUUUUUUACAAAAGGCACUAUCUAGGUCAAAUAGGGGAGAGGCGUUGUGCCGUGAGGUGUUGCUUAAUCUUUUUUUUUUAAACCAGGUUUGCUGUUCACUUGAGCAAUAUGAGAUGAAACGGAGUUCCAUGCAAUAAUGGCUCUAUAUAAUACUGUACGCUUUCUUGAAUUUGUUCUGGAUUUGGGGACUGUGAAAAGACCCCUGGUGGCAUGUCUGUUGGGGUAAGUGUGUGUGUCAGAGCUGUGUGUAAGUUGACUAUGCAAACAAUUUGGGAUUUUCAACACAUUAAUGUUUCUUCUAAAAAUAAAAAGUGAUGCAGUCAGUCUCUCCUCAACUCUUAACCAAGAGAUACUGGCAUGCAUAGUAUUUAUAUCAGCCCUCUGAUUACAAUGAAGUACAAGACGUGCCACUCUGUUCUUGGCCAGCUGCAGCUUUACUAGGUCUUUCCUUGCAGCACUCGACCACAGAGCAUCUCUUUAUUACAGACAGACCUCUCCCCAUCUUUACAACCAUUGAAUCUAUAUGUUUUUACCAUGACAGUUUACAAUCUACGGUAAUGCCAAGUAAUUUAGUCUCCUCAACUUGUUCAACAGCCACACCAUUCAUUACCAGAUUCAGCUGAGGUCUAGAACUUAGGGAAUGAUUUGUACCAAAUACAAUGCUCUUAGUUUUAGAGAUGUUCAGGACCAGUUUAUGACUGGCCACCCAUUCCAAAACGGACUGCAACUCUUUGUUAAGGGUUUCAGUGACUUCAUUAGCUGUGGUUACUGAUGUGUAUAUGGUUGAAUCAUCAGCAUACAUGGACACACAUGCUUUGUUUAAUGUCAGUGGCAGGUCAUUGGUAAAAAUAGAAAAGAGUAGAGGGCCUAGAGAGCUGCCCUGCGGUACACCACACUUUACAUAUUUGACAUUAGAGAAGCUUCCAUUAAAGAAAACCCUUUGAGUUAUAUUAGAUAGAUAGCUCUGAAUCCACGAUAUGGCAGAAGUUGAAAAGCCAUAAUACAUAAGUUUUUUCAACAACAGGUUAUGGUCAAUAAUAUAAAAUGCUGCACUGAAAUCUAACAGUACAGCUCCCACAAUCUUCUUAUUAUCAAUUUCUUUCAACCAAUCAUCAGUCAUUUGUGUUAGUACAGUACAUGAUGACUGGCCUUCUCUAUAAGCAUGCUGAAAGUCUGUUGUUAAUUUGUUUACAGAGAAAUAUCAUUGUAUUUGGUCAUUUUUUUCCAACAGUUUGCUAAGAGCUGCAACAGUUUGAUAAGAGCUGGCAGCAAGUUUAUAGGUCUGCUGUUAGAACCAGUAAAGGCCGCUUUAACAAUGUUGGGUAGCGGAAUUACUUUGGCUUCCUUCAAGACUUUCCUCUAGGCUCAGAUAUGACAGAUAGGAGUGGCUAUAGAGUCUGCUACAAUCCUCAGUAGCUUUCCAUCUAAGUUGUCAAUGCCAGAAGGUUUGUCAUUAUUGAUCGAUAACAAAAAAAAAUCCACCUCUCCCACACUAACUUUACAAAGUUCAAACUUGCAAUACUUUUCUUUCAUUAUUUCUUUUUUUAUGCAUGAAUACGAUGGCUCACUGUUCGUUGUUGGCAUUUCCUGCCUAUGUUUGCCCACUUUGCCAAUGAAGUAAUCAUUAAAACAAUUGGCAACAUCAAAUGGUUUUGUGAUGAAUAAGCCAUCUGAUUCGAUGAAUGAUGGAGUUGAAUUUGUCUUUCUGCCCAUAAUUUCAUUUAAAGGACUCCAAAUAUUUUAUAUAAUUGAUCUUGGCUUCAUAAUACAGUUUUUUUCUUUUUGUUCAGAUUAGUCACAUAAUUUCUCAAUUUGCAUUAAGUCAGCCAGUCAGAUGUGCAGACAGACUUAUUAGCCACUCCUUUUGCCCCAUCUCUUUCAACCAUACAGUUUUUCAAUUCCUCAUCAAUCCAUGGAGCCUUAACUGUUCUAACAGUCAGUUUCUUAACAGGUGCAUGUUUAUCAAUAAUUGGAAGAAGCAAUUUCAUAAAUUAAUCAAGUGCAGCGUCUGGAUGCUCCUUAUUAAUCACAUCAGACCAACAAAUAUUUUUAACAUCAUCAACAUAAGAGUCACAGCAAAAUCUUUGUAUGAUCUCUUAUACACUAUUUUAGGCCCAGCUUUUGGAACUUUGGCUUUCCUGGAUAUAGCCACUGCAUCCAAUGGGUACGGAUACAGCUUUAGAACAAAGUUCUACAGUAUUAGUAAAAAUGUGAUCGAUACAUGUGGAUGAUCUUGUUCCUGUAGUGUUUGUAAACACCCUGGUAGGUUGAUGAAUAACCUGAACCAGAUUACAGGCCUGGUUAUAUUGAGAAGCUUCCUCUUGAUCGGACAGUUUGAUGAAAACCAGUCAAUAUUCAUGUCCCCAAGAAAGUAGACCUCUCGGUUUACAUCACAUACACUAUCAAGCAUUUCACACAUAUUAUUUAGAUACUGACUGUCAGCACUUGGUGGCCUAAAGCAAGUGAACCUGCAACCACAACACUUCAAUAACACUUGACAUAAGAUCUUCUCUAAGCAUUACAGGGAUAUGGCUCUGAAUAUAUACAGCAACACCUCCCCCAUAAGCAUUUCUGUCUCUUCUAUAGAUGUUAUAUCCUUGUAUUGCUACUGCUGUAUCAUCAAAUUAAAUAUCUAAGUGAGUCUCAGAAAUGGCUAAUAUAUAAAAGGGAAAGGGAAAGGGGGAUACCUAGUCAGUUGUACAACUGAAUGCAUUCAACUGAAGUGUGUCUUCCGCAUUUAACCCAACCCCUCUGAAUCAGAGAGGUGCGGGGGCUGCCUUAAUUGACAUCCACGUCAUCGGUGCCCGGGGAACAGUGAAUGUUAUCUUAUGUUAGCAAGUUAUUGAUUUCAUGAACCUUAUUUCUAAGGCUACAUAUAUUAAUAUGGGCUAUUUUCAGCCCUUUCCUGGGUAGCUUAUCAGAGAUAGACAUAAUAUGGAAAAGAGCAAACAAAGCAAGAGAAAAAAAUAUACAUUCAGCAGACCAUUAAUCAAUUGGUGUGUGUGUGUGUGUGCUGCGUGGUUGAAGCUACGAACCCAUAGGCUUGGCGCUCUCAUCCCUUCCAGGCUUCUGGGAGGGAGGGUGGACAAUGAGCUUGUUAUAGUGGAUGCAAGCAAUGUCCCCAUGUGCUUUGGCAGCUUUCAUGGCUGGGAUAAGUUCUUUCCUCUUCUGGCGCACAGCUUCAGGAUAGUUGAGGAAGAUAUACGUUCCUCUCAAGUUCUUGGCUCUUUCCAGAACAGCUACCUUGUCCUUGAACCUCAGGAACUUGACCACUAUCGGCCUUGGCCUUUCACCUGGGCCGGUGGUGGAUUUUCCAGUCCUGUGGGUGUGCUCCACCUCAAUCUUCCUGUAGUCCAUCUUCAAUUUCUCAGAGAUCAUUUCCCUCACUUUGUCCUCAGACUCCGUCCAGGAGUGUGGAGACUCUGCAAUUCCGUCCACAACCAUGUUGUUCUGCCUUGAUUGUCCCUCGAGAUGUAUCCGUCGUUGUUAUCAUGGAUUCACACACAGAACUGAUGUCCUCUCUCAAUGACUUACAGAUUGCUGUCAUCUUGCCGUUCUCCUGUUUCAACUCAUCGAGCUGACCCUGGUAGAACUGCAAACUGUUCUUCAGAUCCUGGACCUCUCUGGUCAGGUCAUCUAUUAUUUUAUUAGUUGAAUCCACCAGUAUUUGAACAAAACACUUGAAGCUACAGUGGGGAGAACAAGUAUUUGAUACACUGCCUAUUGUGCAGGUUUUCCUACUUACAAAGCAUGUAGAGGUCUGUAUUUUGUCUGUAAUGUCAUUUUUAUCAUAGGUACACUUCAACUGUGAGAGACGGAAUCUAAAACAAAAAUCCAGAAAAUCACAUUGUAUGAUUUUUAAGUAAUUAAUUUGCAUUUUAUUGCAUGACAUAAGUAUUUGAUACAUCAGAAAAGCAGAACUUAAUAUUUGGUACAGAAACCUUUGUUUGCAAUUACAGAGAUCAUACGUUUCCUGUAGGUCUUGACCAGGUUUGCACACACUGCAGCAGGGAUUUUGGCCCACUCCUCCAUACAGACCUUCUCCAGAUCCUUCAGGUUUCGGGGCUGUCUCUGGGCAAUACGGACUUUCAGCUCCCUCCAAAGAUUAUCUAUUGGGUUCAGGUCUGGAGACUGGCUAGGCCACUCCAGGACCUUGAGAUGCUUCUUACGAGCCACUCCUUAGUUGCCCUGGCUGUGUGUUUCGGGUCGUUGUCAUGCUGGAAGACCCAGUCACAACCCAUCUUCAAUGCUCUCACUGAGGGAAGGAGGUUGUUGGCCAAGAUCACGCGAUACAUGGCCCCAUCCAUCCUCCCCUCAAUACAGUGCAGUCGUCCUGUCCCCUUUGCAGAAAAGCAUCCCCAAAGAAUGAUGUUUCCACCUCCAUGCUUCACGGUUGGAAUGGUGUUCUUGGGGUUGUGCUCAUCCUUCUUCUUCCUCCAAACACGGCGAGUGGAGUUUAGACCAAAAAGCUAUAUUUUUGUCUCAUCAGACCACAUGACCUUCUCCCAUUCCUCCUCUGGAUCAUCCAGAUGGUCAUUGGCAAACUUCAGACGGGCCUGGACAUGCGCUGGCUUGAGCAGGGGGACCUUGCGUGCGCUGCAGGAUUUUAAUCCAUGACGGCGUAGUGUGUUACUAAUGGUUUUCUUUGAGACUGUGGUCCCAGCUCUCUUCAGGUCAUUGACCAGGUCCUGCCGUGUAGUUCUGGGCUGAUCCCUCACCUUCCUCAUGACCGAGGGUGAUUGACCGUCAUCUUGAACUUCUUCCAUUUUCUAAUAAUUGCGCAAACAGUUGUUGCCUUCUCACCAAGCUGCUUGCCUAUUGUCCUGUAGCCCAUCCCAGCCUUGUGCAGGUCUACAAUUUUAUCCCUGAUGUCCUUACACAGCUCUCUGGUCUUGGCCAUUGUGGAGAGGUUGGAGUCUGUUUGAUUGAGUGUGUGGACAGGUGUCUUUUAUACAGGUAACGAGUUCAAACAGGUGCAGUUAAUACAGGUAAUGAGUGGAGAACAGGAGGGCUUCUUAAAGAAAAACGAACAGGUCUGUGAGAGCCGGAAUUCUUACUGGUUGGUAGGUGAUCAAAUACUUAUGUCAUGCAAUAAAAUGCAAAUUAAUUACUUAAAAAUCAUACAAUGUGAUUUUCUGUUGAAGUGUACCUAUGAUAAAAAUUACAGACGUCUACAUGCUUUGUAAGUAGGAAAACCUGCAAAAUCGGCAGUGUAUCAAAUACUUGUUCUCCCCACUGUAUGUUCUUGUUGUUGUAACAACUGCUCGUAGAACUCUUUUUGUUUGUUUAAAAGAUCCUUCACCUGUGAUAGAGAGGCACCCCUGUCCUCAACGGUACUCCUGCCGGCUUUGGUUUUUGUCAUGGUAGCUAGCAACGCAGGUUACACUGUUACUCCUCGCAGUUCCAGAUGGCAUGUCACAGGGAAGAUUGAAAACUACAAACAGCAGGGAUCUAGACAGCCACAAACCCGGGACAAUCCGCGGUCCCAGCCACAAUGGCUAACUGCGUUGCGGGUUGCAUUUCAUUGACAACUAAGAAAUAUGUAUGCUAACUGUGGAUAACAGUCAUUCAAGUUCAGCAUAGUUAACUAGCUAGCAAAGUGAUUCACAUUUCUUGCUAGCUAACCAAAUGACACCUGCAUCUCUAGCUGUAGCCAACAAAAAACAAUACGAGGAGAAAAAGUCGGCCACUCACCCACUCGUUCAAUGACAUGACAUCUUUCAAGAAGCUAGCUAAGGUUAGGCUCCGUGUUUUUAGCUUGCUAAAUGAAUAGCUACAUAAAUAGGGGCGGCAGGUAGCUUAGUGGUUAAGAGCGUUGUGCCAGUAACCGAAAGGUCGCUGGUUCUAAUCCCCGAGCCGACUAGGUGAAAAAUCUGUCGAUGUGCCCUUGAGCAAGGCACUUAACCCUACUUGCUCCUGUAAGUCGCUCUGGAUAAGAGCGUCUGCUAAAUGACAAAAAAAAUAAAAAAAAUUAAAAAAAAUAGAUAUGUUAGCCUAUUAGCCACGUUAUGACUGAAUUGUGAUCAUUGCCCUUGCUAGUUUGAUUGUAUUGACACUCCCAACCUUAGUUACAUUCGUCCAUUUUGGUCCAAAAUAUUGAGUCAUUGAAAUUGAAAAGUGCAUCCUGAAAGGGUGGAGGCAGCAAACCAGGCCAGCUGUGAUUUACAACCUGAUAGCAAUAUUUUUUGGACUACCAAGAAAUGUAUUAAUGAAUUAUAGUUAUUAUGCAUUGAACUGCAUCUAUUUUUUUUCUAUUUUUUUUCUAUUCUGCCAACAAUGCUUUACUCUACGUCAUGGAAUGUUUUUGUCAAAUAGAACCUAUUUUUAAAACCUCUUAUAAAGUUGGUUUUGUAGCAUAAACUGGGAAUUUGAUAUUUUUUACUGCUAUUAUGAUUGUCUGUUUGUUUCAUAUCUGCAAAGUAGUUAAAACACUGUCAGUUCCACUUUAAGAGCCUUGAAGAUAAAUCACAAUCAGUAAAAACAAAUAUUGAGGUAGCUAACUAGCAGUUUAACAUCAAUCAUCAACAUCAAUGAUCAGCUGAUAGCCUACCCUCUUUCCUGAUGUCAAUCAUGUCUUUAGGAGGCACUAUAACUAUACUGAAUAAAAAUAUAAACGCAACAUGGAACAAUUUCAAAGAUUAUACUGAGUUACAGUUCAUAUAAGGAAAUCAGUCAAUCGAAAUAAAUUCAUUAGUCCCUAAUCUAUGGAUUUCACAUGACUGGGCAGGGGCGCAGCCCACCCACUGGGGAGCCAGUCCCAGCCAAUCAGAAUGAGUUUUUCCCCACAAAAGGGCUUUAUUACAGACAGAAAUACUCCUCAGUUUCAUCAGCUGUCCGGGUGGCUGUUCGCUGACGAUCCCGAAGGUGAAGAAGACGGAUGUGGAGGUCCUGGGCUGGCGUGGUUACACAUGGUCUGUGGUUGUGAGGCCGGUUGGACGUACUACUGAGUUCUCUAAAACGACGUUGGAGGUGGCUUAUGGUAGAGAAAUGAACAUUCAAAUCUCUGGCAACAGCUCUGUUGGACAUUCGUGCAGUCAACAUGCCAAUUGCACGCUCCUUCAAAACUUGAGACAUUUGUGUUAUUGUGUUGUGUGACAAAACUGCACAUUUUAGAGUGGCCUUUUGCACCUGUGUAAUGAUCAUGCAGUUUAAUCAGCUUCUUGAUAUGCCACACCUGUCAGGUAGAUUAAUUAUCUUGGCAAAGGAGAAAUGCUCACUGACAGGGAUGUAAACAAAUUUGUGCACACAGUUUGAGAGAAGUAAGCUUUUUGUUCAUAUGAAACAAUUAUUUCAGCUCAUGGAACUUUACAUGUUGCGUUUACAUUUUUGUUCACUAUACCUUGCUUACAAUUUGUGAUGAGUCAUUGUUUCGCUGCAGAAAUAAAUAGGCCUAUGCUCAAAAAUAUUAAAGGGAAAUGUCAAAAUUGUUCAACUUCAUAUUCAUCAUCUCCAGCACCACCCCAACAUCAACAUACUGUAUCUGAAAAUGGCGCGUUUCUAUGUUUUGUAGUAAAAAAAAAAAGAUAGAGGAAGAUAAGUAUUUCCAAUGACAUCAUCAAUCAAUUAGUAGACAAUUAGUACGCAACGCCUACUCAUGAUUGGUUAAUAUCACAUGAUGCAAACUGAUGAUGUCAUUGGAAACACUUAUCUUCCUCUAUCUUUUUUACAAAAAAAACAUUGAAACGUAUGUUGAUGUUGGGGUGGUACUGGAGAUGAUGAAUAUGAAGUUGAAAAAUUUUGAAAUUUCCCUUUAAAGGCAGUUAGUAUGUUAUGAAUUUCGAGAUAUGAAUUUUCAGGAGAGGGGGAGGGGCACAAACACAAAUACAAAUCCCCCCCUUUACCCUCAGAAUAGCCUCAACUCCUCAGGGCAUGGACUCUACUGUACAAGGUGUCGAAAGCGUUCCACAGGGAUGCUGGCCCAUGUUGAUUCCAAUGCUUCCCACAGUUGUUGUCAGAAGGCGACAGUGAAAUGCGGUAGGUGAAGUGAAACGCAGGACACAGAGCUUUCUGGAAACGUACUUUACUCGAAAGUAACCAGAGAAGAAAAACAAUCUCCAACAUAGGAGGAAUAAACGACCCGCACACGAACACUGCCGAUGACGAAAUACAAUAACACACAACACACAAUGCACGACAGAGGGUUAAAUAGGGAAUACAAACAACAUAAUGGGGAACAGGUGUACACAAUCAGGACAAUACAAGUCAAACACCGAAACAUAGAUCGGUGGCAGCUAGUACUCCGGGGACGACGAACGCCGAAGCCUGCCUGAGCAAGGAGGAGGAGCAGCCUCGGCUGAUUCCGUGACAGUUGUGUCAAGUUGGCUGGAUGUCCUUUGGGUGGUGGACCAUUCUUGAUACACAUGGGAAACUGUUGAGCAUGAACAACGUAGCAGCGUUGCAGUUCUUGACACAAACCGGUGGCACCUACUACCAUACCCCGUUCAAAGGCACUUAAAUAUUUUGUCUCGCACAUUCACCCACUGAAUGGCACACAUAAACAAUCCAUGUCUCAAUUGUCUCAAGGCUUGUCUCAAUCCUUCUUUAACCUGUCUCCUACCCUUAAUCUACACUGAUUUUAAGUGGAUUUAACAAGUGGCUUCAAUAAGGGAUUAUAGCUUUCACCUCAAUUCACCUGGUCAGUCUAUGUAAUUUAACGUUUUGUAUAUAUUGUCUCUAACUAUUUUAACCCCAACCCCCACCCCCCCUCUCUCUCUCCAUCUCUGUGUAGUGGUGAGGCUGGAGUGUUGACAUGGAUCACCCAUGGUUUUGCUAAUUCUCUUCCCCAGCCUGCUGGGACACCCCGGCUAGGCAGAGCCCACACUGAGGUAAGCGCUUUGAUAUAUCGUCAUAGCACUAGAUACUAGUGUUGGUGGAUUUCUAAUUGAUGAGGAAUGGAGAAGAUCCACUACAGAUUUGUGUUAACGUUACUGCAGGAUCGUGUUGAGUUCAAUCUCGCUGUGCCAUGUGUGACUCUGUUCUCUGUUUAUCCUUAUCCUUCACCCCUCCACCAAACAGGAGGAGAACAGGUACAGAACUACUGUGUGUGUGUGAGUGUGUGUGUGUGUGCAUUUUCCAGAGGCAAUGUACUAAUGAGUGUUGUAAAAGAGUGCUCAACAGUGAGUAAAUAGUCUCACACUGAUUAAUACUAUGCUACGCUCAGUGCUUAAUUUGUAAAUUGGGAGGUGCUGGAACACAUAGUUUUUAUACCUCACAAAUUAUCUAAAUGACUACUUUGAUACUGACAAACUGAUAAUCUGAGAAGAAAAAAAGCGACCUUGUCUUGAAUCCAUCAAUAGCCUAGGUGUGUGGAGAUAUACAUAAUGUAAAAUAAUUAUAGUCCUAAAAAAGCUUUCCAGUUUCACUGACUCACCCAAUGAUGCGCAGCUCACUCACCGGCGAUGGCUGAUGCCCAUGUCAAAAGCCUCUAUCUUGUUUUACUUUGUAAAACAAUACUGUUCGCUCCAUAGGCCUAUUUGGAAGUUGAUAACAUAUUUGGUAGCCUACAGGCAGAUUAGUCUUCUCUUUUCAGCAGGAGUCUUUUUUUAUUUUCUUUUUUUUCUCUCAUUUAGCAGACGCUCUUAUCCAGAGCGACUUACAGUUAGUGAAUGCAUACAUUUUUCAUACUGGCCCCCCAUGAGAAUCGAACCCACAACCCUGGCGUUGCAAACGCCAUACUCUACCAACUGAGCUACACGGGGCCCACAUUUGCUUUCCAAUCUGUGUUUUCCCACGAUUGUAAUUUAUUUGAAAUAUUACUGUAUGCUGUUCACUGACAGAUUUGCAGCGCGUUCCCAACUGUAGGCAUGCCUCGUGAUUGGGUUACACCAAAAAGUUAUACAGCUGCACCAUCAAGAGCAUCUUGACUGCCUACAUCACCACUUGGUAUGGCAAUUGCACCGCCCUUGACCGCAAAGCUCUACAAAGGGUGGUGCGGACAGCCCAGUACACUGGCUGAGCUCCCUGCCAUCCAGGACCUCUAUAUCAGGCGGUGUCAGAGGAAGAGCUGAAAAAUUGCCAAAGACUCCAGCCACCCAAUUCAUAGACUGUUCACUCUGCUACCGUCUGUUGGUCCGAGAGCAUCGGCUCUCGGACCAACAUGCUCUGAGACAGCUUCUACCCCCAAGCCAAAUGACUGCUAAAUAGCCAGACUAAUAAAUAGUCAACUAAUGGUACCCAAACUAUCUUAUAAUAUAAUAAUAUUAUAAUAAUAUAAUAUGCCAUUUAGCAGACGCUUUUAUCCAAAGCGACUUACAGUCAUGCGUGCAUACAUUUUUGUGUAUGGGUGGUCCCGGGGAUCGAACCCACUACCUUACCUUGGCGUUACAAGCGCCGUGCUCUACCAGCUGAGCUACAGAGGACCAUCUUGCACUGACCCUACGCACACUCACUCGACUUUAUAUACACACUCACUCACACACACUACACAGUCACUCCAACACAAAUCCCUCACACAUUCAAACAAUACAUAUGCACACACACACGUAACACACACACGCAUACAGACACAACACAAACAAACAUACAUACACACUUUUACACUCAUCAUUUCCUGCUGCUAUUCUGUUCUUUAUUUUACUCUUCUUAUUAUCUACCACUUUACCCUAUGUGUAUUCAGACCCCUUCCCUUUUUCCAGAUUUUUUCUAAAAUUGAUUAAAUAAAUAAAAAUCUUCAUCAAUCUACACACAAUACCCCACAAUGACAAAGCGAAAACACGUUUGUAGACAUUUUUGCACAUUUAUUAAAAAUAAAAACCAGAAAUACCUUAUUUACAUAAGUAUUCAGACCAUUUGCUAUGAGACUAGAAAUUGAGCUCAGGUGCAUCCUGUUUCCAUUGAUCAUCCUUGAGAUGUUUCUACAACUUGAUUGGAGUCCACCUGUGGUAAAUUCAAUUGACUAGAUAUGAUUUGGAAAGGCACACUCCUGUCUAUAUAAGGACCACAGUUAACAGGGCAUGUCAGAGCAAAAACCAAGCCAUGAGGUCGAAGGAAUUGUCCGUAGAGCUCAGAGACAGGAUUGUGUCGAGGCACAGAUCUGGGUAAGGGUACCAAAACAUUUAUGCAGAAUUGAAGGUCCCCUAGAACACAGUGGCCUCCAUUAUUCUUAAAUGGAAGAAGUUUGGUACCACCAAGACUCUUCCUUGAGCUGGCCACCUGGCCAAACUGAGCAAUCGGGGGAGAAGGGCCUUGUUCAGGGAGGUGAGCAAGAACCCGAUGGUCACUCUGACAGAGCUCCAGAGUUCCUCUGUAGAGAUAGGAGAACCUUCCAGAAGGUCAACCAUCUCUGCAGCACUCCACAAAUCAGGCCUUUAUGGUAGAGUGGCCAGACGGAAGCCACUCCUCAGUAAAAAGCACAUGACAGCCCGCUUGGAGUUUGCCAAAAGGCACCUAAAGGACUCUCAGACCAUGAGAAACAAGAUUCUCUGGUCUGAUGAAACCAAGAUUGAACUCUUUUGCCUGAAUGCCAAGCGUCACAUCUGGAGGAAACCUGGCACCAUCCCUACGGUGAAGCAUGGUGGUGGCAGCAUCAUGCUGUGGGGAUGUUUUUCAGCAGCAGGGACAGGCAGACUAGUCAGGAUCGAGGGAAAGAUGAACAGAGCAAAGUACAGAAAGAUCCUUGAUGAAAACCUGCUCCAGGACCUCAGACUGGGGCGAAGGUUCACCUUCCAACAGGACAACGACCCUAAGCACACAGCCAAGAGAACGUAGGAGUGGCUUCGGGACAAGUCUCUGAAUGUCCUUGAGUGGCCCAGCCAGAGCCCGGACUUGAACCCGAUCAAACAACUCUGGAGAGACCUGAAAAUGGCUGUGCUGCAACGCUCCCCAUCCAACCUGACAGAGCUUGAGAGGAUCUGCAGAGACGAAUGGGAGAAACUCCCCAAAUACAGGUGUGCCAAGCUUGUAGUGUCAUACCCAAGAAGACUUGAGGCAGUAAUCGAUACCAAAGGUGUUUCAACAAAGUACUGAGUAAAGGGUCUGAAUACUUAUGUAAAUGUGAUAUUUCAGUUUAUUUUUAUUUAUUUUUGCAAAAAAAUCUGACAACCGGUUUUUGCUUUGUCAUUAUUGGGUGUUGUGUGUAGAUUGAUGAGAGGGGAAAAGGCCGUAACGUAAUAAAAUGUGAAUAAAGUCAAGGGGUCUGAAUACUUUCCGAAUGCGCUCUACAUACAGUAUCUACCUCAAGUACCUCGUACCUCUGAACAUUGAUCUGGUAUUGGUACUCCCUGUAUCUAGCUUUAUUAGUGUGUAUUUUAUUUUAUUCCUCUUGUGUUUUUUAUCAUAAUUGUUUUAAACUCUGGUCGUUGGGAAAGCAAGCAUUUCACUGUAAAGUCUACACCAGUUAUAUUCGGCGCAUGUGAUAAAUCACAUUUUAUUUGAUUUAUCACACAAUCCAGAGCUAGGUUAUUGUUUUUUUGUUUUUAUACGCUAUGUGGCUAAAUUAUAGGCCUUCUCCUGGUGUAGUCUUUUGAAUUAUUUCAUUCCAUUCUGAACAGACAUCAGUAAUUCUAGAACUUUGGCAAAUGUAUUUCAAUUUACCAGGGGUGCUGCGGCACCUCCAGCACUCUUAUGAUUCUAUAAGGAACUAAAUUAUGAAGUGCAACGCUGGAAUGAUGAGAGUUACAGGCUCAUGUCUAUCAGAGCAGAGAGAGGGAGGGAGAUCACAGAAAGUGAAUGUCAUUCUAGUUCUGUGAGAAAUAUAGGCAUGCUUCUCUCUCUCACCACAGCAAUGGCCACGCGUUGGUCUACAGGCUACAAUGUUGCACAAACCAUAAACCCGGGCCCGCCCAAAUCUAUUAAAUUCUUAGAAUAUCAGGCACAUUUUCACAUUAGGUUUUUUAAGGGGCAGUGAAAAUAGAGAGGUACUGGAUCCUGGCAAAUGGGUUCCGGAACGAAACAGUCCAAAACUGAGAGGUCCGGCUCAAAUUAAGCACUGGCUACGCUAUGCUACGCCACUAUGCUAAAUGUGAAGCAGUUUCUAUGUAAAACCAAGACUAGACAGGCUAACUGCCAUAGUGUGCAACGCUAAUAAAUGGAGCCUACAAUAUGAGAUUAGGCUCUUCUGCAGUAGCUACUGAGGAUACUACCUUGGACCACUUUCCCUAUUAACACAUCCCAACGACGAGAACCGGAGAUCUACUGCGUUUUGAGCUACACCAUCAGAAGCAAAGUGGAAUCGAGUUAGAAGUAGGAGAGGAGGAUCAUUCCAAUGCAUUCUCCCUCUCCCCUCUCUUCCAGAUCUGCGGCUCUAUAACAGUUUUGCGGCUCUGAGCCCCCUGAGUUCACCGGGGUCCUCCGAUGAGGACCUACUCUGCCCCCCACGGCCUUCCCACUCAACCUCUGGUCCUGGGUUACUGAGCCGGCCAUCCCCUGGAGCAACCCACAGACCAGGUCCCACAGGUUCUCCGCCCCCCUCCCCCCGCCGUACAUCAGCCAUCAGGGUCUCUGGCUCCGUGCAACCUGGGAAUCCAUUACCCCCUCCCCUCAAAGUAGCUAUCGUUGGGAGUUCCGUUGUCCGGGAUGUGGUGGUUGCCGGGGAAAAUACUUUCUGCUUCGUUGGAGCCAGGGUGGGUGACAUUACCCGGGAACUUACGUUCAUCCUAAACCGAAACCCUGAGCUGCACACGGUGGUCAUGCAUGUCGGUACUAACAACAUCAGGCUGCAGUAAUGGGGGGAGUUGAGACAGUAUUUCGAAUACCUGAGGGACAAGCUAUUGGCUACUGACAAGCGGAUUAUCUUUUCUGGACUUAUUCCUUUCACCCAAACAGCAGAGGAGCUAGGAUGCUGAGUGCUAAUAUCGAAGAGGUACUACAAAAAUGGUGGGAUAUCAGUCCUUGCCAGCACCACAUAUUACACAGGUUUUAAAGUCUCUGCACUGGCCGCCUAUGAUUUUUAGAAUUCGUUUUAAGUUUCUUCUGUUGGUUUUUAAAUCAAUACACUAGUGUGCACCCCAAUACAUGUCAGACAUGCUUUUUAGUUAUGUACCCAGUAGGUCCCUCAGAUCCUCUGGCACUGGCCUUUUAACACUAGAACCGCCUGGCCUUUCAGCAUAUAAAUACCUGCUGGAGAACGUUGCCGGGCGUCACCUUUAUCAUACGCAUCAGAUGCAUAUCAACUCGCAAGGUGCAGCAAACAUAAGCAACAACGCUUGAUAAAUAGUGCAUAAACUAUUGUAAAGGAUGAAUUGCAUGAAAAAAUAUUUGUGGAAAUAUAUCAAUUAAAAAAAUAACAACAAUAGUUAUUUGUUUAGAUAGAUUCAAGGAUAUGUUUUGUAUACAGUGGGGGAAAAAAGUAUUUAGUCAGCCACCAAUUGUGCAAGUUCUCCCACUUAAAAAGAUGAGAGAGGCCUGUAAUUUUCAUCAUAGGUACACGUCAACUAUGACAGACAAAAUGAGGAAAAAAAAUCCAGAAAAUCACAUUGUAGGAUUUUUAAUGAUUUUAUUUGCAAAUUAUGGUGGAAAAUAAGUAUUUGGUCAAUAACAAAAGUUUCUCAAUACUUUGUUAUAUACCCUUUGUUGGCAAUGACACAGGUCAAAUGUUUUCUGUAAGUCUUCACAAGGUUUUCACACACUGUUGCUGGUAUUUUGGCCCAUUCCUCCAUGCAGAUCUCCUCUAGAGCAGUGAUGUUUUGGGGCUGUCGCUGGGCAACACGGACUUUCAACUCCCUCCAAAGAUUUUCUAUGGGGUUCAGAUCUGGAGACUGGCUAGGCCACUCCAGGACCUUGAAAUGCUUCUUACGAAGCCACUCCUUCGUUGCCCGGGCGGUGUGUUUGGGAUCAUUGUCAUGCUGAAAGACCCAGCCACGUUUCAUCUUCAAUGCCCUUGCUGAUGGAAGGAGGUUUUCACUCAAAAUCUCAUGAUACAUGGCCCCAUUCAUUCUUUCCUUUACACAGAUCAGUCGUCCUGGUCCCUUUGCAGAAAAACAGCCCCAAAGCAUGAUGUUUCCACCCCCAUGCUUCACAGUAGGUAUGGUGUUCUUUGGAUGCAACUCAGCAUUCUUUGUCCUCCAAACACGACGAGUUGAGUUUUUACCAAAAAGUUAUAUUUUGGUUUCAUCUGACCAUAUGACAUUCUCCCAAUCCUCUUCUGGAUCAUCCAAAUGCACUCUAGCAAACUUCAGACGGGCCUGGACAUGUACUGGCUUAAGCAGGGGGACAUUCCGGCACUGCAGGAUUUGAGUCCCUGGCGGCGUAGUGUGUUACUGAUGGUAGGCUUUGUUACUUUGGUCCCAGCUCUCUGCAGGUCAUUCACUAGGUCCCCCCGUGUGGUUCUGGGAUUUUUGCUCACCGUUCUUGUGAUCAUUUUGACCCCACGGGGUGAGAUCUUGCGUGGAGCCCCAGAUCGAGGGAGAUUAUCAGUGGUCUUGUAUGUCUUCCAUUUCCUAAUAAUUGCUCCCACAGUUGAUUUCUUCAAACCAAGCUGCUUACCUAUUGCAGAUUCAGUCUUCCCAGCCUGGUGCAGGUCUACAAUUUUGUUUCUGGUGUCCUUUGACAGCUCUUUGGUCUUGGCCAUAGUGGAGUUUGGAGUGUGACUGUUUGAGGUUGUGGACAGGUGUCUUUUAUACUGAUAACAAGUUCAAACAGGUGCCAUUAAUACAGGUAACGAGUGGAGGACAGAGGAGCCUCUUAAAGAAGAAGUUACAGGUCUGUGAGAGCCAGAAAUCUUGCUUGUUUGUAGGUGACCAAAUACUUAUUUUCCACCAUAAUUUGCAAAUAAAUUCAUAAAAAAUCCUACAAUGUGAUUUUCUGGAUUUUUAUUUCUCAAUUUGUCUGUCAUAGUUUACGUGUACCUAUGAUGAAAAUUACAGGCCUCUCUCAUCUUUUUAAGUGGGAGAACUUGCACAAUUGUCACGAUCGUCGGUGAGAGAUGAGGACCAAGGCGCAGCGUUGCAGGCAAACAUACUCUUUAUUAAGAGACACGAAAAAACAACAAACGAUACGUGACAGUUCACGGUCUAACAUAAACAGACUAGAAACAAGAACCCACAAACACAAAGGGAAAGACAGACAGUUUAAAUAUGGCUCCCAAUCAGAGACAACCAGCACCAGCUGACACUCGUUGCCUCUGAUUGGGAGUCACUCAGGCCAACAUAGAAAUACAAACUAGAACUCCCAACAUAGCAAUAGAAUACAUAGAAUUACACACCCUGGCUCAACAUAACAGUGUCCCCAGAGCCAGGGCGUGACAGUACCCCCCCCCCUAAAGGCGCGGACUCCGACCGCGCCAACUAAAUACCACAGGGGAGGGACCGGGUGGGCACUCCGCCUUGGCGGCGGAUCCGGCUCCGGGCCUGAUCCCCACUCCCUCUCCAACCCCCCAAAGUACCCCUGGUCCGGUCUGGCCCCGCUGGCCGGAGCUGGACUGCACACUGAUGGAGCGGAUUGCUCUAGCUCCGGCGUAACGCAUCUGACCGGUGCCGGACCAGGCACCAGUGGAACAGGCACGGGCCGUGCCGGACCGACGACGCACACCACUGGCUUGGUGUGGGGAACAGGCACGGGCCGUGCUGGACUGACGACGCACACCACUGGCUUGGUGUGGGGAGCAGGAGCGGGCCGGACAGGGCUGACGAAACGCACCACUGACUUGGUGCGGGGAGCAGGAACGGGCCGGACAGGGCUGACGAAACGCACCACUGACUUGGUGCGGGGAGCAGGAACAGGCCGGGCCGAACUGGCGACGCGCACCGUAGACUUGGUGCGGGGCGCAGGAACGGGCCGAGCUGGGCUGACGAAGCGCACCACUGACUUGGUGCGGGGAGCAGGAACGGGCCGAGCCGGGCUGCCGAAGCGCACCACUGACUUGGUGCGGGGAGCAGGAGCGGGCCGGACCGGGCUGACGAAGCGCACCACUGACUUGGUGCGGGGAGCAGGAACGGGCCGAGCCGGGCUGACGAAGCGCACCACUGACUUGGUGCGGGGAGCAGGAGCGGGCCGGACCGGGCUGACGAAGCGCACCACUGACUUGGUGCGGGGAGCAGGAACGGGCCGAGCCGGGCUGACGAAGCGCACCACUGACUUGGUGCGAGGGACAGGAACAGGCCGGACCGUACUGGGGACACACACCACUGGCCCUAUGCAGGGAUCAGGAACGGGCCGGACCGGACUGGUAACACACCCCAGUACCUCUCGCCGUGCCUCCACACUUUCCUUCCCCUUUAACACCAGUGGCCCCCGUAACCUGGCGGCCUCCUCUGCCGACCCGCUGGACCACUCUAUCGCGGCCUCCUGCUGCCCCGACGUCCACGUCGUGAGCCCCCCCUAAAAAAUUUCUGGGCGGCUCUCCUCUUGGACCAGGCCUCCAUGUCUCUAGCCAGACACUCACUCCACUGCUUCAAAGUCCAACCUUUCUGCUCCUCACUUGGCUUGGCCCAGUCGAGACUCUUACUCCACUGCUCCAUAGACCAACCUCUCUGCUCUUCACGCUGCUUGGUCCUGUCUUGGUGGGUUCUUCUGUCACGAUCGUCGGUGAGAGAUGAGGACCAAGGCGCAGCGUUGCAGGCAAACAUACUCUUUAUUAAGAGACACGAAAAAACAACAAACGAUACGUGACAGUUCACGGUCUAACAUAAACAGACUAGAAACAAGAACCCACAAACACAAAGGGAAAGACAGACAGUUUAAAUAUGGCUCCCAAUCAGAGACAACCAGCACCAGCUGACACUCGUUGCCUCUGAUUGGGAGUCACUCAGGCCAACAUAGGAAUACAAACUAGAAUUCCCAACAUAGCAAUAGAAUGCAUAGAAUUACACACCCUGGCUCAACAUAACAGUGUCCCCAGAGCCAGGGCGUGACAACAAUUGGUGGCUGACUAAAUACUUUUUUUCCCCACUGUAAGUCUACAAAGUCCUAGAAAAAACAAAGGCCUAUAGCCUAUUUUAUUUUCCCUUCCAAUAAAAAAAUUACAGUGUAAUCCACUUGAUCAACUUUAUUUGUAGAUUCCAUUAGUAAUAGAGUUAUAGUAAUUAAUAAAGUCCAAUUACAGUUUAUUUUGAGAAACAAAAAAUACACUGCUCAAAAAAAUAAAGGGAACACUUAAACAACACAAUGUAACUCCAAGUCAAUCACACUUCUGUGAAAUCAAACUGUCCACUUAGGAAGCAACACUGAUUGACAAUACAUUUCACAUGCUGUUGUGCAAAUGGAAUAGACAACAGGUGGAAAUUAUAGGCAAUUAGCAAGACACCCCCAAUAAAGGACUGGUUUUGCAGGUGGUGACUACAGACCACUUCUCAGUUCCCAUGCUUCCUGGCUGAUGUUUUGGUCACUUUUGAAUGCUGACGGUGCUUUCACUCUAGUGGUAGCAUGAGACGGAGUCUACAACCCACACAAGUGGCUCAGGUAGUGCAGCUCAUCCAGGAUGGCACAUCAAUGCGAGCUGUGGCAAGAAGGUUUGCUGUGUCUGUCAGCGUAGUGUCCAGAGCAUGGAGGCGCUACCAGGAGACAGGCCAGUACAUCAGGAGACGUGGAGGAGGCCGUAGGAGGGCAACAACCCAGCAGCAGGACUGCUACCUCCGCCUUUGUGCAAGGAGGAGCAGGAGGAGCACUGCCAGAGCCCUGCAAAAUGACCUCCAGCAGGCCACAAAUGUGCAUGUGUCUGCUCAAACGGUCAGAAACAGACUCCAUGAGGGUGGUGUGAGGGCCCGACGUCCACAGGUGGGGGUUGUGUUUAUAGUCCAACACCGUGCAGGACGUUUGGCAUUUGCCAGAGAACACCAAGAUUGGCAAAUUCGCCACUGGCACCCUGUGCUCUUCACAGAUGAAAGCAGGUUCACACUGAGCACAUGUGACAGUCGUGACAGAGUCUGGAGAUACCGUGGAGAACGUUCUGCUGCCUGCAACAUCCUCCAUCAUGACCAGUUUGGCGGUGGGUCAGUCAUGGUGUGGGGUGGCAUUUCUUUGGGGGGCCGCACAGCCCUCCAUGUGCUCGCCAGAGGUAGCCUGACUGCCAUUAAGUACCGAGAUGAGAUCCUCAGACCCCGUGUGAGACCAUAUGCUGGUGCGGUUGGCCCUGGGUUCCUCCUAAUGCAAGACAAUGCUAGACCUCAUGUGGCUGGAGUGUGUCAGCAAUUCCUGCAAGAGGAAGGCAUUGAUGCUAUGGACUGGCCCGCCCGUUCCCCAGACCUGAAUCCAAUUGAGCACAUCUGGGACAUCAUGUCUCGCUCCAUCCACCAACGCCACGUUGCACCACAGACUGUCCAGGAGUUGGUGGAUGCUUUAGUCCAGGUCUGGGAGGAGAUCCCUCAGGAGACCAUCCGUCACCUCAUCUGGAGCAUGCCCAGGCGUUGUAGGGAGGUCAUACAGGCACGUGGAGGCCACACACACUACUGAGCCUCAUUUUGACUUGUUUUAAGGACAUUACAUCAAAGUUGGAUCAGCCUGUAGUGUGGUUUUCCACUUUAAUUUUGAGGGUGACUCCAAAUCCAGACCUCCAUGGGUUGAUACAUUUGAUUUCCAUUGAUAAUUUUUGUGUGAUUUUGUUGUCAGCACAUUCAACUAUGUAAAGACAAAAGUAUUUAAUAAGAUUAUUUCAUUCAUUCAGAUCUAGGAUGUGUUAUUUUAGUGUUCCCUUAAUUUUUUUGAGCAAUGUAUAAUAAUAUAACCAGCCAGGUGCACCGGUGAAAUUAUUUAAUGUAUUCCUAAACAAAAGCACCAGUGUAUGAACAAUUGUAAAGGAUGAAUUGCAUAAAUAAAUACAGUGCAUUCGGAAAGUAUUCAGACUCCUUGAAUUAUAUCACAUUUUGUUACAGCCUCAUUCUAAAAUGGAUUAAAUAGUUUUUUUCCCCUCAUCAAUCUACACACAAUACCCCAUAAUGACACAGCAAAAACAGGUUUUUAGAAUUUCUUGCUAAUUUAUCAAUAAAAAAACGGAUAUCAAAUUUACAUAAGUAUUCAGACCCUUUACUCAGUACUUUGUUAAAGCACCUUUGGCAGAGAUUACAGCCUCAUCAAGACUUCUUGGGUAUGACGCUACAAGCUUGGCACACCUGUAUUUGGGGAGUUUCUCCCAUUCUUCUCUGCAGAUCCUCUCAAGCUCUGUCAAGUUGGAUGGGGAGCGUCGCUGCACAGCUAUUUUAAUGUAUCUCCAGAGAGGUUCGAUGGGGUUCAAGUCCGGGCUCUGGCUGAGCCACUCAAGGACAUUUAGAGACUUGUCCCAAAGCCACUUCUGCGUUGUCUUGGCUGUGUGCUUAGGGUCGUUGUCCUGUUGGAAGGUGAACCUUCACCUCAGUCUGAGAUCCUGAGCACUCUGGAGCAGGUUUUCAUCAAGGAUAUCUCUGUACUUUGCUCCGUUCAUCUUUCCCUCGAUCCUGACUAGUCUCCCAGCCACUGCUGCUGAAAACCAUCCCCACAGCAUGAUGCUGCCACCAUCAUGCUUCACCGUAGGGAUAGUGCCAGGUUUCCUCCAGAUGUGACGCUUGGCAUUCAGGCAAAAGAGUUCAAUCUUGGUUUCAUCAGACCAAAGAAUCUUGUUUCUCAUGGUCUGAGAGUCUUAAGGUGCCUUUUGGCAAACUCCAAGCCGGCUGUCAUGUGCCUUUUACUGAGGAGUGGCUUCCGUCUGGCCACUCUACCAUGAAGGCCUGAUUGGUGGAGUGCUGCAGAGAUGGUUGUCCUUCUGGAAGAUUCUCUCAUCUCCACAGAGCAACUCUGGAGCUCUGUGAGAGUGACCAUUGGGUUCUUGUUCACCUCCCUGUCUAAGGCCCUUCUACCCCGAUUGCUCAGUUUGGCCAGGUGGCCAGCUCUAGGAAGAGUCUCGGUGGUUCUUUGGGACCUUCAAUGCUGCAGAAGUUUUUUGGUACCCUUCCCCAGAUCUGUGCCUCGACACAAUCCUGUCUCUGAGCUCUCCGGACCAUUCCUUCGACCUCAUGGCUUGGUUUUUGCUCUGACAUGCACUGUCAUUUAUGGGACCUUAUACAGAUAGGUGUGUGCCUUUCCAAAUCAUGUCCAAUCAAUUGAGUUGACCACAGGUGGACUCCUAUCAAGUUGUAGAAACAUCUCAAGGAUGAUCAAUGGAAACAGGAUGCACCUGAGCUCAAUUUCGAAUCUCAUAGCAAAGGGUCUGAAUACUUAUGUAUAUAUAUAUUUUUUUAUAUAUAAACCUGUUUUCGCUUUGUCUUUAUGGGGUAUUGUGUGUAGAUUGAUGAGGAACAUUUUUUAUUGAAUCCAUUUUAGAAUAAGGCUGUAACGUAACAAAAUGUGGAAAAAGGGAAGGGGUCUGAAUACUUUCUGAAUGCACUGUAUUUGUGGAAAUAUAUUAAUGACAAGAUAUAAAAACAGUCAUUUGUUGAUUGUAUCGUACACUGUAUUGUGCCCUUAUAAGCGUGCCUUUACACAUGAAUCAAUCUCGUCUUCUCUUUAUGCUUUGGGUCCACAGUCAGCACACAGCUUCUGUCACACUCUGAUCUGUUUCACCUGUCUUGUGCUUGUCUCCACCUCUCACCAGGAGUCUCCCAUUUUUCCCCAUUAUCCCCUGUGUAUUUAUACUUAUGUUUUCUGUUUGUCUGUUGCCAGUUCGUCAGGUCGUACCAGCGUGUUUUUUCUCGUUUUCCUGUUUCUCAAGUUUUUGUUUUUAGUCUUCCCGGUUCUGACCCUUCUGCCUGUCCUGAUCCUGCCUGUCAUCCUGUACCUGCCUGACUUUCCUGGAUUACGAACUUCUGCCUGCCCUCGACCUGCCUUUUGCCUGCCCUCUGUGUUAAAAUAAACAUUCUGAGAUUCAAACUAUCUGCCUCCUGUGUCUGCGCCUGAGUCGUGAUUGCUUCGGGUCUUUGUGUGAGCAAGCCCCACAAACAAAUCGGUUGCACUGCACAUAGUUUUCAUGGGCCUUGUUUCUUGUGCACCUGCCGCAGGUGUCGCAUAAUCUCUCUGAAGCGGUUACGUGGCAUGGUCUCAGAAAAAGUCCACUCCAUACCUAUCAGACCAAAAUUACUCCACAUCCAUGCUCUUUCCGCCGUAUGCGGAGUUCAUCCAUAGACAUGUCCCACCUACUAUUUCCUUUUCUGUGCCCAUGAGCAACAGAACAAUCUCUGAUGUGCUACAACAUCUGCAUGUCACAUAAACACCUCACUCUUUACCACCCUGCCAUCCCUCCCAGACUCCUGUCCGUAGCAUUUUGGAUCACCUUCUCAGUUGGUUCUGUUCUGGUUUUUCUGUGGUGAGGCUCAGGCAUCGGAGGCAGAGGCUUGAAGUCAACAUCAGAAUCAGAUGAAGACUCUUCAUCAGCAACAUCAAUUUCAAGCUUAAUAUCUGAUCCUUCAUCCGACUCCAACUCAUCUAAAUUCUGCAGCAUUUGCAAAGCUGUAGGUGCGUCCAUUCAUUUGGUUCGGCUUGCCAUUGUGAACUACACACAUUGUACAUUGUACUCAGUGUCUGAUUUGACUCACCAAGGGGAAAUUCUAUACAAUUUCCAGCCUUUCAUAAUAAAAUAAUUAGACCGCCCACAACGCCCACAAUUCUUCAUCAAAAUUACACUAUUGUUCUAAAUUCAAUCAUCCCCUUCACCUUCAUCAUUCAGAUCAGUGAAGUCACAUGCACCGUUAUCAGUUUCUAUCUGGUAUCUAUUGCCCAUUAAUCCAUUGACGACAGAAUAUUUAUUAUGUUACUCAUUUUUGCUUAGUAGCCAGAGCAAUACUGCCAGGCAAGUGGUCAUGUGCUGAAUGUAUGGACAGCACAGAUAUUCUUGGAAAAAGUGAAAUUUGGAAAUAGAGCUGCACCUCUUGAAUUAUGAGAGUUAUCUGACAAAGAUAAGUGUAAUAGAAACUGCAGAAUAUGCUCAUCAGAUUAUUGUCAAUUUAAUCUUGUCUAUACACUAACUCUUAUGUGUGAAAUUAAUUUAUGUUUAGUUUCGAUGGGCCGGCUGUGCAGGCUGACUGGCAUUGUUUGUUUCCUGCUCAUAAAGUUGAAUAGUCAAUAGUAAAUAAACAGUAAAUAAACAGCUUCUUUUUACAAAGUAAAAUGUAAAAGAGAAUGGUAUCAAACCCUCAAGGCGCACUUAUUAACAUGAGCGCCAACGCUGAUAAACAGGCAUAACACAAACUCAUCAUUACACUAUUGUUGUUCUAAAUUAAAUCAACAUCUUCACCAUUAUUCAGUGAGGCCUAAUUUAAAUUAAAUUGUGAAGUAAGGUGCACAAUUAUCGCCCAUUCACCCAUUUGUCAUUCAUUCAGUGAGGAAAGAGAGACGCAUUAGCGCCUGGCUGGGUACCAACGUCCUUCAGCACAUUGUCUUGGCGGGUUAAGUUAGGAAUAGGUGUGAAGAAAAACUGGUAAAAAAGGCUCUAAAUACUUUUUUGUUUGUGAUUUCAAAAUUCUGACAAAUAAGCAGUGUAAAAUACAAAUAUUUAGUAAAAGUCAGGGAAGGAGCAUUGCGAUGUCUGAAAAGUGCCAUAUAAAUAAACCUUCAUUUGAUUUGAUUUUAACAGGUAACCCUCAUUGACUCUUGUUUUAAUCCACAUCCUCGUCGAGGCAUAGGUCUAAUGGUUUAGUUCUAGGCGAUCUUGUAUGUGUUCCAAAUCAAGCCAACUCCAUGGUAUUUUCUAAUAGGGGGGUUACCUGCUGAACAUGGCAUGUUCGUAUUAGAAACUCCAUCUGAUCUGAAAUCCCGCAGCUGAUUCAUGUAAAUGACAGAAGUUUGAUAUUAAAAAGGUAUCUUAUUGUAACUCUUGCUUCUCAAACCAAAGCAGACAUUCUGGUUAUAACUGAAUCUUGGCUAAAUAAGUAUAUGCCAGACUCUGAUGUGUCUCUGACUGGUUAUAAUGUUUUUAGAUCUCUAGUUUUAAAUGUGGGCCUUGGUAAUAAUGCCCAUCUGACGCUAGUGGGAAUUGAUCGCCCUACUUCUGCCUCCUUAUGUGUUCUAAGCAAAUUGUCUGACCUGCUGUCUAACUAUGCUAAAUCCGAAUUAUUAAUCGUGGGUGAUCUUAAUCUGGAUUGGUUGAUGCCAGUAUCUGAUAGGUUGAAAGAUAUUUGUACUGAGCAACUGUAUACUGAACCUAACGCAACACAUAAAGUGUUGGUCCGAUGUUUAAUGAGCUGAAAUAAAAGAUCCCCAAAAUGUUCCAUAUGCACAAAAAGCUUAUUUCUCUCAAAUUAUGUUCACAAAUAUGUUUACAUCCCUGUUAGUGAGCAUUUCUCAUUUGCCAAGACAAUCCAUCCACCUGACAGGUGUGGCAUAUCAAGAAGCUGAUUAAAUCGUAUGAUCAUUAUUACCUUGUGCUGGGGACAAUAAAAGGCCACUCUAAAAUGUGCAGUUUUGUCACACAACACAAUGCCACAGACAUCUCAGGUUUUAAGGGAGCGUGCAAUGGGCAUGCUGACUGCAGAAAUGUCCACCAGAGCUGUUGCCAGAGAAUUGAAUGUGCAUUUAUCUACCAUAAGCCACCUCCAACGUCAUUUUAGAGAAUUUGGCAGUACAUCCAACCGGCCUCAAAAACCGCAGAGCAUCUUUAACCACGUCAGCCCAGGACCUCCACGUCUGCCUUCUUCACCUGCGGGAUCGUCUGAGACCAGCCACCCGGACAGCUGAUGAAAUUGUGAGUUUGCACAACCAAAUAAUUUCUGCACAAACUGUCAGAAAUCGUCUCAGGGAAGCUCAUCUGCAUGCUCGUCGUCCUCACCAGGGUCUUGACCUGACUGCAGUUCAGCGUUGUAACCGACUUCAAUGGGCAAAUGCUCACCUUCGAUGGCCACUGGCAUGCUGGAGAAGUGUGCUCUUCACGGAUGAAUCCCGGUUUCAACUGUACCGGGCAGAUGGCAGACAGCGUGUAUGGCGUCAUGUAGGUGAGCAGAUUGCUGAUGUCAACGUUGUGAACAGAGUGCCCCAUGGUGGCGGUGGGGUUAUGGUAUGGGCAGGCAUAAGCUACGGACAACGAACACAAUUGCAUUUUAUCAAUGGCCAUUUGAAUGCACAGAGAUACCGUGACGAGAUCCUGAGGCCCAUUGUCGUGCCAUUCAUCCCCCUGCCAUCACCUCAUGUUUCAGUAUUAUAAUGAAUGGCCUCAUGUCGCAAGGAUCUGUACAUAAUUGCUGGAAGCUGAAAAUGUCACAGUUCUUCCAUGGCCUGCAUACUCACCAGACAUGUCACCCAUUCAGCAUGUUUGGGAUAAUCUGGAUCGACGUUUACGACAGCGUGUUCCAGUUCCCGCCAAUAUCCAGCAACUUCGCACAGCAAUUGAAGAGGAAUGGGACAACAUUCCAAAUGCCGAAAUCAACAGCCUGAUCAACUCUAUCAGAAGGAGAUGUGUCACGAUGCAUGAGGCAAAUGGUGCUCACACCAGAUACUGACUGGUUUUCUGAUCCACGCCCCUACCUUUUUUAAAAAGGUAUCUGUGACCAAGAGAUGCAUACUGUGGCUUGCGAAAGUAUUCAACCCCUUGGAAUUUUUCCUAUGUUGUUGAUUUACACAACAUGCCUACCACUUUGAAGAUGCAAAAUAUUUUUAUUUGUGAAACAAACAAGAAAUAAGUCAAAAAAACUGAAAAACUGAAAACUUGAGUGUGCAUAACUAUUCACCCUUUGGGGGACAAAGUCAAUACUUUGUAGAGCCAGCUUUUGCAUCAAUUACAGCUGCAAGUCUCUUGGGGUAUGUCUCUAUAAGCUUGGCACAUCUAGCCACUGGGAUUUUUGCCCAUUCUUCAAGGCAAAACUGCUCCAGCUCCUUCAAGUUGGAUGGGUUCUGCUGGUGUACAGCAAUCUUUAAGUAAUACCACAGAUUCUCAAUUGAAUUGAGGUCUGGGCUUUGACUAGGCAAUUCCAAGACAUUUAAAUGUUUCCCCUUAAUCCAUUCAAGUGUUGCUUUAGCAGUAUGCUUAGGGUCAUUGUCGUGCUGGAAGGUGAACCUCCGUCCCAGUCUCAAAUCUCUGGAAGACUGAAACAGGUUUCCCUCAAGAAUUUCCCUGUAUUUAGCACCAUCCAUCAUUCCUUCAAUUCUGACCAGUUUCCCAGUCCCUGCCAACAAAAAACAUCCCCACAGCAUGAUGCUGCCACCACCAUGCUUCACUGUGGGGAUGGUGUUCUCGGGGUGAUGAGAGGUGUUGGGUUUGCGCCAGACACAGCGUUUUCCUUGAUGGUCAAAAAGCUCAAUUUUAGUCUCAUCUGACCAGAGUACCUUCUUCCAUAUGUUUGGGGAGUCUCCCACAUGGCUUUCGGCGAACACCAAACGUGUUUGCUUAUUUUUUUCUGUAAGCAAUGGCUUUAUUCUGGCCACUCUUCUGUAAAGCCCAGCUCGGUGGAGUGUUUGGCUUAAAGUGGUCCUAUGGACAGAUACUCCAAUCUCCACUGUGGAGCUUUGCAGCUCCUUCAGGGUUACCUUUGGUCUCUUUGUUGCCUCUCUGAUUAAUGCCCUCCUUGCCUGGUCUGUGAGUUUUUGUGGGUGACCAUCUCUUGGCAGGUUUGUUGUGGUGCCAUAUUCUUUCAAUUUUUUAAUAAUGGAUUGAAUGGUGCUCCGUGGGACGUUCAAAGUUUCUGAUAUUUUUUUAUAACCCAACCCUGAUCUGUACUUCUCCACAACUUUGUCCCUGACUUGUUUGGAGAGCUCCUUGGUCUUCAUGGUGCCGCUUGCUUGGUGGUGCCCCUUGCUUAGUGGUGUUGCAGACUCUGGGGCCUUUCAGAACAGGUGUAUAUACUGAGAUCAUGUGACAGAUCAUGUGACACUUAGAUUGCAUGUGACUUCUGAAGGUAAUUGGUUGCACCAGAUCUUAUUUAGGGGCUUCAUAGCAAAGGUGGUGAAUACAUAUGCAUGCACCACUUUUCUGUUAUUUUUUUUAUUUCACUUCACCAAUUUGGACUAUUUUGUGUAUGUCCAUUACAUGAAAUCCAAAUAAAAAUCAAUUUAAAUUACAGGUUGUAAUGCAACAAAAUAGGGAAAACGCCAAGGGGGAUGAAUACUUUUGCAAGGCACUGUAUCUGUAUUCCCAGUCAUGUGAAAUCCAUAGAUUAGGGCCAAAUUAAUUUAUUUCAAUUGAAUGAUUUCCUUAUAUAAACUGUAGUUCAGUGAAAUCUUUGAAAUUGUUACAUGUUGCGUUUAUAUUUGUGUUUUUUACAUUGUAUAAAAGUAGAGACUCAGAGGUACAAAAAUGUUAUAUCAUACACUACAGUUGAGGAACAAUGGGAAGGUAAUUCUGCUUUGAACGUUGAUAAACUUGUAAUCCCACUUUUGAGAAAAUGGCCCUUGAAUGUUUUGGUCACCUACUGGAGAACUCUUCUUUGUCUACCCCCAUUCAGCAUUGUUCACACCCUCUUAAGCCUUAGCCCCACCCAUCUCUUUAAGUAUUCACAUGUGAGGCCAUGUGCUAAACAGAGUGAGUACGGUAGUGUACUAAACAACCAAAGAUUUCAAGACUAAAGGCUGGUUUAUGCUAAAUCUAUCGACAUGUCUGUAGACAGUUUUUGCAGUGACAUCAUGAACAUUCUAUUGUCGUCCGACAUCGUUAUGAAAAAGUAUAAACACAAAAACGACAGGCUGCAUGACAUCGGCAGCCUGGUGGUCCAAAAUAGCAUAAUUGGUGUAUUCUAACACCAAUAAACCCAUCCGUUUAAAAAUGAAUUCAAUAUAUGUAAAUCUAGUAAACCAGGCAACUAAAAGCAACUUUCUAAACAAUGUUUUGAAUCAUUUCUAGCUUGUUAGCUAGCCAGUUAACAUUAAGUUAGGUGGCUAGCCAGUUCAAAUAAUGACCAUAUCAUAUAGCUGACAACGUCUUAAUUUUAGCUAAUUUGUAUUCAUUAUUACAGGAAAAUAAACUCACUAUAAGAUCAUUAUUUACAAGUUAAUGGUGAGGUAAUUACAGAAAAUAGCUUACGGUUGUGAGUGUGAUUAAAUAAAAGCAGGGCAUUCUACCGGAGAAUUUUAGAACUUGGACACUGUCUCGUUGUAGGCCUAAUGUUAUAUUCUAAUUUGACUUUGGUGCAGGUCAUGUUGUUCUUCACAUUACCGUCUCUGGUAAACACACACUAUAUCAAAUAAAGUCAAAGUUUAUUUGUCACAUGCACAGGAUACAGAAGGUGUAAAUGGUACUGUGAAAUGGUGACUUGCAUAGUGAAGUCUUUUGUUUAGACAUGUAGCAAGCUAGGUAGUUAGCUAAACAAUUAACUAUUAUCCUAACUCUUAACGUUACUACCCUGCAUGAAUCUGCAGGUAGCUAAACAACUUUUGUGCAAAAUUAGAAAUGUAUAAUAUCUGAAAAUGUAGCUAGCUAGACUCUCUUACCCGUAUACAUGGUGAACACUUCUCCCUCUCUGUCACGGACGCCAUGGUUGCCCUUAGUUUGAAGAUGCAAUCCGGAGACAGGUGUUUUAUACAACAGCCUUCUGUGUGUUCUCUUUUCGACUCCCUCCGCAUAUUUGCGAUCAAACGGCAGAGCAUUAGCAACACUUUUGCAGUUCUUCGUGAUAUCUUUCAAAAAACUGCGUUAGAAAGGAUUACCUACACACAUUAUAGACAGAAGCGUGCUACAUGGCAGACCAAUCUGAACUUAUCUCUCGGCAUGUCCAGCCGAUCCAUUAUCUCAGUCAAUCAUGGCUAGUGGGAAGGUUCCUGUCUUUUUCCGUGGCUAAACCAACUAGGCUCAUAAUUUUCCAGUUGUAUUCAUAUUUACAGAUGGCACAACAGUUUGUUAUUAAGGCACAUCAUAGUUUACAUGUCCCAGAAGGCAUUUAUACAACAAAAAAACAAUUUGUUUUAUACAAAAAAAUUGUGUUUACAUUCAAAUGCCUCUCCUGUGAAGUAGCGAAGUGCGACAUACGCCUAGUUUCCUGAAACGAGUCACAUUUUUGUUCAGUGUAAAUCUAACUCAGCUGAUAACUAAACUAACUUGCUUCAACUAUAAACACCCUGAAAAAUCUACUCUCUUAGAUAUUAUUCUAACAAAUGCCCCUCAUAAGUUUACAGCCAAUGGGAUAUUUGCUAAUGAGUUCAGUGACUAUUGUCCCAUUGCCUGCAUAACAGAUGUUAAGCUACCAAAAUCAUGCUCACGCAUUAUUACAAACAGAAAUUAUAGGAAUUUUUAUGAGCACCUUUUUUUGGUCUGAUCUGGGGCUGAGUGACUGGUGGGUUAUGUCAACAAUCACUGACUCGGAUCAGGCCCUUUAAUUGUUUUAUUUCCCUGUUUAACACUAGUAAUUGCUAAAAUAUACUUAAGUAUCAAAAGUAAAAGUAUAAAUAAUUUAAAAUUCCUUACAUUAAACAAAGCAGACGGCACCAUUUUCUUGUUUUAAGAUUUUAGCCAGGGGCACACUCCAACACUCAGACAUCAUUUACAAGUUAUGCAUUUGUUGUUUAGUGAGUCCGCCGGAUCAGAGGCAGUAGGGAUGACUAUGUGUUCUCUUGAUAAGUACAUGAAUUGGACAAUUUUCCUGUCCUGCUAAGCAUUCAAAAUGUAACGAGUACUUUUGGGUGUCAGGGAAAAUGUAUGGAAUAAAAAGUACAUUAUUUUCUAAAUGAAUGUAGUGAAGUAAAAGUAAAAGUAGUCAAAAAAUAUAUAUAGUAAAGUAAAGUACAGAUACCCCCAAAAAGUACAUAAGUAGUACUUUAAAGUAUUUUUACUUAAGUACAUUACACCACUGUAAAUAUGCACCAAUCUGGUUUUAGAUCUGGACAUAGCACUGUUUCAGCCACUGUUUGUUUUAGAUAAUGUGUUAAAUUACCUAGAUUAUUAAAAAAAACAUUGUGCUGCCUUAUUUAUAGACCUUUCCAAGGCAUUCGACAUCAUUGACCAUUCCCUACUCAUUCAAAAACGGUCUGAAAUUAGCCUGGAUAAGGAGUCUUGCAAAUGGUUUAAGAACUAUUUGACAGACAGGGCACAAUGUGUGCUUUCUGAUGGUGUCAAGUAUAGUUUCCUCAAUAUUACAAAAGGUGUACUGCAGGAGUCGAUUUUGGGACCUGUUUUCUUUACUAUUUAUAAAUAAUAUUGGUCUAUGUAUGUAUUUUGUUACACUACAGAAAGCCCUUGUUGAUUCAAAAUGUAUACUUAAUGCAGGCAAAACUAAAUAUGUGUUGUUCUCUAAUUCACGGAAAAAUGUGUCAGAUGGGCUACAUAUUCACUCAUUGGAUGGUUCUCUCAUCGAGCGGGUUAAAUAUCUGGGCAUUUGGAUUGAUAAAGAAAGUUUAAAAAACAUACUGAUGAGCUAGUUAAAAAUAUACGAUUUAAAGUGGGCUUGUACAGCAGAAUGUACAGUCAACUUUCCUGCCAGAUCUUGACUAUGGUGACACCAUUUACCAGAAUGCAGAAGCCACUACUCUUUGGAUGCCGUCUACCAUAACGCCCUUCGCUUUAUUACAGGUGACAGUUUUAAUACUUAUCACUGCAUCCUGUAUCAGAAGGUAGAUCACUUCAUUACUCCCUUCUUGUUUACAAAGCUUUCAACAUACCUCACUUCCCUGUUGAAAUAUAAACAUUAGAGACACCAAACCCGUUCGCAGUGUUGGUUAAUUCUUGAGGUCCCGCUUGUCUCCACACAGUUUGGUAAAUCCGCCUUUAGUUUUAAUGCACCACAGUUAUGGAGUAUCUUACAAAACAAAUUACACCUGGAUAGGUCAGUUUAAAACUCUGUUGUUAAAUGAGUUCACUGAAGUGUGCAAUAGUUUAAAUUGAUUAUUAUAGCUUGUUGCAAUAAACUGAUGUCAUGUAUUUAUAGCUGUCUUGUAGUUUUUUUGUAUUUUUGUUGUUGCUGUAUUGAUGUAAUUUUUGUCCUCAGGGCACCAUUGUAAAUGAGACACUGGUCUCAAUUGGGUUCCCAUUAAUAAUUAAAAGUUAAUAAAUAUUGUACUCCAUGAGUUUUGUAGAUCUCACUAACCUAAAUUAAUGGGAAAGGUAUUAGCACCAUCUAAAUGCUAAUAAAUGGUGCCAAUCCUUCCCAUUCAUUUGCAUCAAUUUUUUAUGAAUUCCGAUUUAGAAUGCUAUGAUGAAAAUAUUAUGUUCAAUGUAACAAAUAUAAGCUACAAUACCUGAAUUGACUGAAUUAAAACCCCUGACCAUAUUUUGAUUAUGUCAAACCUACAAAGUCCAAAACUCGUACCAAUCCUGCCACUUACGUUACUGUAAACUGCUUGCACUGACCCCCCUCCACUGCCUUCUAGUGCAUAUAUUUAGCAAAGCCACAGACAACGCUGUCAAUGAAAGUGGUUGUCAAUCAAAACAAUUUGCAUAUUUUAUCUCUCCACAGGCAGGGGCCGAGAGUCAUGGGCUGGAUUGCCCAGGGAUUGGCCAGUGUGGUUCCACAGCCUGAUUUGAAAAACAUGGAGGAGGUGGAGCCUGCGGAGACAACAGAGGUACAGAUGGAAUGGUCUGACAGGUGCCCUGAAGGGUCCACAGAUUUUAUUUGAGUAAUAACCUGAAGCAGUGUUAUCUGAACUUUCAUGUAAGUCAGUUAAAUUGGUUGGUUACUUGGUUGUAGUUAAGUGUUGUAGCUAUAUAACACCCCCUACCCAAAAACAGACUGCACACUAAAAAUAAAAAAGUAAAGAGGACGUAGGCAGCCCCUCAAGCAUUUGUUAACUUUAAUAACUUUAACUUUAAAAAAAAUUUAAAAAAUGCUCAGUGAGAGAGGACCAAAAUAUAUUAUUAAUGGUUAACGUGUAGCAUUAGCUUUCUUUGACUCAUCUCUGUCCUGUACUUGGAGCCAGGAUAGCCGUUUUUAACAGCAUUUCCAUUCAGAUUGCAGAGGUGAGCAAGGUGCCGGAAGUUAAGAAUAAACCCAGCGUAAGUAGCUACAUCAAGGGUCUUGCUAAUAUGCUAAGCAAAAUUACUCAUGGCUUAUGCUAACGUGUAGCAUUAGCUUUCUGAAACUCUCAGUUUUGUACUUGGAGCCAGGAUAGCCGUGUUUAACAGCAUUUACAUUCAGAUUGCAGAGGUGAGCAAGGCACUGGAGGUUAAGAAAAAACCGAUCGUAAGUAGCUACAUCAAGGGCCUUGCUAAUAUGCUAACCUAAUUUAUUCAUGGCUUAUGCUAACAUGUAGCAUUAGCUUUCUCAAACUCUCAGUUCUGUACUCGAAGCCAGGCUAGCCGUGUUUAACAGCAUUUCCAUUCAGAUUGCAGAGGUGAGCAAGUCGCCAGAGGUUAAGAAAAAACCUAGCGUAAGUAGCUACAAGGGCCUUGCUAAUAUGCUAACCAAAAUUACUCAUGGCUUAUGCUAACGUGUAGCAUAAGCUUUAUCAGACUCUCAGUUCUGUACUUGGAGCUAAGCGAGUCGUGUUUAACAGAAUUUCCAUUCAGAUUGCAGAAGUGAGCAAAGUGCCGGAGGUUAAGAAAAAAACCAGCGUAAGUAGCUAGCUAUAACAUGGGCAUUGCUAUGCUAUACUAACUUAAACCCAAUGCUAACGGACCUGCUGCAGCCGUGUCCAACCCUAGUUCUAGAGAUCCAUUCGCCACAAUGUCCCAUUGCUACCGCUCUCCCACCCCAGAUGUGCCUUAAGGCUGAGAGGGCCUGUUCUUGCUGGCCACAAUGAUUCACUGAUAUACAGUGAGGGAAAAAAGUAUUUGAUCCCCUAUUGAUUUUGUACGUUUGCCCACUGACAAAGAAAUGAUCAGUCUAUAAUUUUAAUGGUAGGUUUAUUUGAACAGUGAGAGACUCUCCACCAUGGCCAAGACCAAAGAGCUCUCCAAGGAUGUCAGGGUCAAGAUUGUAGACCUACAUAAGGCUGAAAUGGGCAACAAGACCAUCGCCAAGCAGCUUGGUGAGAAGGUGACAACAAUUGGUGCGAUUAUUCGCAAAUGGAAGAAACACAAAAUAACUGUCAGUCUCCCUCAGCCUGGGGCUCCAUGCAAGGUCUCAUCUCGUGGAGUUGCAAUGAUCAUGAGAAUGGUGAGGAAUCAGCCCAGAACUACACGGGAGGAUCUUGUCAAUGAUCUCAAGGCAGCUGGGACCAUAGUCAACAAGAAAACAAUUGGUAACACCCUACGCCGUGAAGGACUGAAAUCCUGCAGCGCCCGCAAGGUCCCCCUGCUCAAGAAAGCAAAUAUACAGGGCCAUCUGAAGUUUGCCAAUGAACAUCUAAAUGAUUCAGAGGAGAACUGGGUGAAAGUGUUGUGGUCAGAUGAGACCAAGAUCGAGCUCUUUGGCGUCAACUCAACUCGCCAUGUUUGGAGGAGGAGGAAUGCUGCCUAUGACCCCAAGAACACCAUCCCCACCGUCAAACAUGGAGGUGGAAACAUUAUGCUUUGGGGGUGUUUUUCUGCUAAGGGGACAGGACAACUUCACUGCAUCAAAGGGACAAUGGACGGGGCCAUGUACCGUCAAAUCUUGGGUGAGAACCUCCUUUCCUCAGCCAGGGCAUUGAAAAUGGGUCGUGGAUGGGUAUUCCAGCAUGACAAUGACCCAAAACACACGGCCAAGGCAACAAAGGAGUGGCUCAAGAAGAAGCACAUUAAGGUCCUGGAGUGGCCUAGCCAGUCUCCAGACCAUAAUCCCAUAGAAAAUCUGUGGAGGGAGCUGAAUGUUCGAGUUGCCAAACGUCAGCCUCGAAACCUUAAUGACUUGGAGAAGAUCUGCAAAGAGGAGUGGAACAAAAUCUCUCCUGAGAUGUGUGCAAACCUGGUGGCCAACUACAAGAAACGUCUGACCUCUGUGAUUGCCAACAAGGGUUUUGCCACCAAGUACUAAGUCAUGUUUUGCAGAGGGGUCAAAUACUUAUAUCCCUCAUUAAAAUGCAAAUCAAUUUAUAACAUGCGUUUUUCUGGAUUUUUUUGUUGUUAUUCUGUCUCUCACUGUUCAAAUAAACCUACCAUUAAAAUUAUAGACUGACCAUGUUUUUGUCAAUGGGCAAACGUACAAAAUCAGCAGGGAAUCAAAUACUUUUUCCCCCUCGCUGUACAUGUCAUCCGCUCAAGCAGGUUCUGCAAAGCGCCGAUUCCUGUGGUCUAGCUGUUUGAUGAUCGACGGGGAUAGAUAACUCUUGACCUGGAGAGAAAAGGGUUUUCCACAAUCCCUGAUUGGAGAAUCAUAUUUAUAUGAGUCAGCCAUCAAAACAGAAUGACAUUAUCCAAUCACAUAACAUCUCCAUUUGGAUCUCAUCACUUAAUUGGCGGUCUUUGGAUGAGUUUGACAGAAGUCAGCCCAUGUAUGCAUCACUGUGUAUUCUUUUCCAAUUGUUAGUGAUAAUGAAUUAGGAACACAUACUCCACACUCUCAUACUCCGAGUGCAUUCUCAGAGGACGUUCUCUUGAGUACGUUCUUGUGAGGACGAGAGUAUGGAGAACGCAUAAAACAUUACAUUUGAAAAGCACUCGCACUCCCCCUACUGUAUUACCGCACACUGCACCUCCCCUUUCACUGAACCUUCUUCUAGCCAAGGACAAUGGCAACAAUAGAGACAAAACAAGAUAUAUACAAAGCAAACGUUUUUUCAUAACUAUCAGCAAGCUAUAUGUUAAUCGUAAUAAUCUAGCUAAUCAGAUAAAUUAACUGUCAAAAAUUACCUAAAACUAAUGUUAUGCAAGGUCAAUUCUUCGUGGCUAUCUAGCUAGCGAACAGUAGUAGCUAGCCAGUUAACGUUAGCCCUAUUGACUUACUAUGGGCUUGCAAUCUACACACAGGUAGGCAGGUAAUGCCAAAAUUAACACGUCAUUUUGUAUUUAUUAAUAUGUAUUUAUUAACGUGUCAAGAUAAAAUAUUGUAGUAAGGCAACAUAUGAGAUGUGAAUGGGAAACAUUUCAUUAAUUCUAAAGUCUGAGUUUAUUUUCUCUCGCUUCAGCUCAAAUAAUGGCCGCCAUUGAUUUCAAUACAUUUUGCAUUGUUUUUUACGUGGUGCCGUCAUAUUUCUACGGAUACUUUCCGUUGAAGCUUGCAUCGAUGCAUCCUUCAAAAUAUGUACAAACAGAGUAAGCGUCCGAGAAGUGCCCUCCAUACUCCGUUUCACAUACUUUUGAUUUGGACUCAUACUCUGACCCUCACAGGGCACGGUAGUAUGCAUUUUGAGAAACACCCAGGAUCUUUCUUUGGCCCAACUCCUAACCCUGUAGCUGUUCAGGUCCAGAGUUGUUUAUCUGUGCAGGUUCCUGCUGUGGCUUGUACAGUAUGUGAGAAGGCCUUUUAAGACAUGAAGAGCUUCGCCCCGUUUAAAAGAAAAUUGCAAUUUUAUGAGAAGCAGCACAAACCUACAGUGCCUUCAGAAAGUACUCACACCCCUUGACUUUUUCCACAUUUUGUUGUGUUACUGCCUGAAUUUAAAAUGAUUUUGUGUCGCUGGCCUACACACAAAAUCCCAUAAUGUCAAAGUGGAAUUGUGUUUUUAGAAAUGUUUACAAAUUAAUUAAAAAUGAAAAGCUGAAAUGUCUUGAGUCAAUAUGUAUUCAUCCCCUUUGUUAUGGCAUGUCUAAAUAAGUUCAGGAGUAAACAUUUGCUUAACAAGUCACAUAAUAAGUUGCAUGGGCUCACUCUGUGUGCAAUAAUAGUACCCCACACAUACAAUUAUAUGUAUGGUCCCUCAGUCAAGCAAUGAAUUUCAAACAGAUUCAACCACAAAGACCAGGGAGGUUUUCCAAUGCUUUGCAAAGAAGGGCACCUAUUUGUAGAUGGGUAACAAUAAAAAAGAAGACAUUUAGUAUCCCUUUGAGCAUGGUGAAGUUAUUAAUUACACUUUGGAUGGUGUACCAAUACACCCAGUCACUACAAAGAUACAGGCGUCCUUCCUAACUCAGUUGCCGGAGAGGAAGUAAACCGCUCAGCGAUUUCACCAUGAGGCCAAUGUUGACUUUAAAAAAAAGUUUAAUGGCUGUAAUAGGAGAAAACUGAGGAUAGAUCAACAACAUUGUCGCUCCACAAUACUAACCUAAAUGACAGAGUGAAAAGAAGGAAGCCUGUACAGAAUAACAAUAUUCCAAAACAUGCAAUAAGGCACUAAAGUAAAAAAAAAUGUGGCAAAGAAAUUAACUUUAUUUCCUGAAUACAAAGUGUUAUGUUUGGGUCAAAUCCAACACAACACAUUACUCAGUACCACACUUCAUAUUUUCAAGCAUGGUAGUGGCUGCAUCAUGUUAGAGGUAUACUUGUAAUCGUUAAAGACUGGGGAGUUUUUUGGGAUAAAAAUAAACAGAAUAGAGCUAAGCACAUGCAAAAUCCUAGAGCAAAACCAUGUUCAGUCUGCUUUCCAACAGCCACUGGGGACAAAUUCACAUUUCAGCAGGACAAUAAACUAAAACACAAGGUCAAAUAUACACUAGAGUUGCUUACCAAGACGACAUUGAAGGUUCUUGAGUGGGCCUAGUUAGUUUUGACUUAAAUCAGCAUGAAAAUCUACGGCAAGAAAAUGGCUGUCUAGCAAUGAUCAACAACCAACUUGACAGAGCUUGAAUACUUUUUUAAAUAAUAAUGUGCAAAUAUUGAACAAUCCAGGUGUGCAAAGCUCUUAGAGACUUUUCCCAAAAAGACUCACAGCUGUAAUCGCUGCCAAAAGUGAUUCUAACAUGUAUUGACUCAGGGGUGAAUAGAAUGAGAUAUUUCUGUAAUAUGUUCUUGCAAAAAUGUGUAAAAACAUGUUUUCACUUUGUCAUUAUGGGGUAUUGUGUGUAGAUGGGAAAGAAAAUACAUAUUUCAUAAAUUUUCAGGCAGUAACACAACAAAAUGUGGGAUAAGUCAAAGGUUAUGAAUAAUUUCUGAAGGCACUGUAUGUAUACAAACUACUUACACCUCAUUACAACACUUCUCUGUAAUGUCUGUGAAUGUUGAAUAUUUAUAGAUUUUCUGUGAAUGUUUGUUUCCCUGCAGGUGCAUGCUAUCCAAGAUGUCCCAGGUGAGAGCUAACAACAUACUUUUUCUGUGGUUAGAAGUAGUAUCAUGAUGACGGAUCAUGAUAAUCAUGACAUUGCUUGUGGUUCUAUUGAUGUUGUGGUGGGGGUGAUGAUGAUGAUGCUGAUGCUGCUGAUGAUUAACUCCUUAUCUCUAGAUGCAGAGCCUCUUCCUCAUAUUCCUGUGGUGGAGGUUAUGUCAGAUGAAGAGCCUGAAGAGGAGAAGGGAAUCCCACCCAGGUGUGUGUGUGUGUGUGUGUGUACAUGCAUGUGUGCGUGCAUUUGUGCCUCUCUCUCUCCUUCAAUCUCUCUCUUCUACCCACUUUGUUGUCUCCAAUGCCAUUCUAAUGUGUGUGUUUGUGACUGUGUGUCGUGUGUUCUGUUCUCAGGGUGUAUGAGUGGAUCAAGCAGGGUUUUGAGAAGGUGGUUCCCCAGCCAGCUGACAUCAACAAAGACGUCUCAGCGAAGGCCGCCUGCCCACAGAAAGGUAGUCUUCUACCACAAAGAGCUCCUGAAAUUUAUCACAGGGAUGCUUGGUGGUGCUGAGCAAUAGGUUACUCUAUAUUGGUUCCACAGCUGAUCACCAAUCAUAUAUCUUGUUCUGAGGCUAGAAACCUCAUGCACCAGCAAGCCUAUAUAUAUAUAUAUAUUUUUUUUUUAUAUAUAUAUAUUUUUAUAUAUAUAUAUAUAUAUAUGUAUAUAUAUAUAUAUAUUUUUUUUUUACAUCUGUUGCAUAUUUAUGAGCUGUUUGUUCUGCCCUUGCAGUGACCUCCUCCUCUCCGGAAGCUGAAGAGGAGGCCAAAGAAAAGUGAGUCUCACAGACCUGUACUCUGUUGUAUUUACACUACAAGCUCAUUGAUACACAAACAUGCACUAAUUAAUGUAAAUAUUACAGAUUGUACAGAGGUUGUAAAGGGAACAAUUUGAACAGUUUAAUGGGGGGAAAAACAUUUCCUGCAAUCUCUUUAACGUUGUUGUAUUGUUAUGUAUCUGUUGACAGUGAGGAGGAGAAACAGCCCAAGUAUGUGACAAAAUGACCGCAGCUUAUAAUUGGCAGGAAAUGCCAUGCUUAGCUAUCAAAGCCCCUCCUACCUAAAGGCAGAGUUAGGAAGCUUUGUACCAUAGCUGUAUCAGACUACCCUGCAUGUUGUGUAAGCCCCUCACAUUUUGGGGAAAAAACCUGGAUGUUUUAUAUGGCUGCUUCCGUUACUGCCUCACCCUAGCAGCUUUUGGCCCACCUAGAGAGUGGCAAAAAAGCAGGAAAAUAUAAUUCUACCCUGUCUACUCUACAUUACCUGCUAAGAGCAUUGAACCAGUAACCGAAAGGUUGCUGAUUCGAAUCCCCCUGAGCAAUGCAGUUAACCUCCAACAACAACUGCUCCCCGGGUGCCGAUGACAUUAAUUAAGGCAGCCCCCCGCACCUCUCUGAUUCAGAGGGGUUGGGUUAAAUGCAGAAGACAUAUUUCGGUUGAAUGCAUUCAGUUGAGCAACUGACUAGGUAUCCCCUUUCCCUUCCAAAUGGUCUGACACAAUCUAUACGCUGCUAUAACAUGGCAACCACUUGCAAACGCAUUCUCUGACGCUGUUAUAUCAUAGUAAUAGCCCUGAAAUGUGCUAUACUGCUAAAGCAUGAUAGCAGCUGUUAAACAUGCCCUGUGAUGUAGACAGUCCAUAUUCUAAUAUCUCUGUUCUCCUUCUACAGUGUGGUUGGCUGGAUUGUUCAGGGCUUUGGUCGUAUGUUACCUCAGCCUGUCCUGACUCCCAGUGGAUCGGUGAGUGACUAACCUCAUAAUGACACAAGGCAACAAACCAGGAUAGUAUUCAUUAAGGCACAUUGUAGCAAAACACUUUGCAUGAUAAACCACAUUUCUUAUUGGAUAAGUUCAGGUAGUCCUUCCCUGUUUCAGUACAGUUUCUUCCGUUUGGUGCUUAAUGAAGAAUGAACAAGACCCUAGUUUUUAGAAUCAAAUGAUAAUUUUUAUUCAAAGUUGUUCUUAAACUUAAUCUAAACAGGACAUAGCUGAAAGAGGAUGUAGGUAAAUGGAAACUGAAGUCUAAAAUCUUUUGUUUUGUGUCUCCCCCUCUGACAGGAGAACGCUGAGGCUGUGCAGAACAGUAAGUAAAGCUGUUCUCAUGGCUUCUCAUACACAUACAGCAUCUCACAGAACCCGUUUUCAGAUGCUUUAGCCCUCUAAGUAAUUGCCUGAUCAUAAAACUCAAAAUGGUGUUCAGAAAACGAUCAGCAUUAUGGUCAUAUAAAAUCAAAACAGUAUACAAAGAAGUCUGAACAUCCAAUAGACAACAGACAGGCAGGACAACAGAGAGUACAACCAGACAUUGGCACUGUUCCUUUGAGUCUGAUAUCAGUUAUGGACACACUUCAGUGACCUGAGUUAUGCUUCGAGGUAGUUUGAUUGAUUGAUCAGUGUAGUGGGGCAGGUGAUUUGCAGGUUCAUUGAUUGGUUGAUUGGUUAAUUACAGGGUGUAUUGAUUGGUUGAUUAGGGUGAGUGUCCAUGAUGAGGCAGACUCUAACUGGGCUCCUCUUCUCAAUCUGUUUCAGGGGGGAAGGUGUGCUGAGAGCCCCUUAAACAAAAGGAGAAGGAAGACUGGGAAAAAGUUGCUCACAAAAACAUAUACACACACAUAGAAGAGGAGACUAAACCACAGGCACACACUUACCAGAGGAGGCUGGUGGGAGGAGCUAUAGGAGGACAGGCUCAUUGUAAUGGCUGGAAUGGCAUAAAUGGAAUGGAGUCAAACAUGUGUCUUCCAUAUGUUUAACCUAACGUAGCAGACGUAAAAGAAAUGCCUGAGCGGAGUUCACAUAUCUGGUUUUCAGCGGAAAAGGAACCUAGGUUGAAGAUGCUGUAUCCCUGAAAACCAGAUGUAUCCAGUUGUUGGCAACUCCGCUAAGGGUGCCAUAUGUUUGAUGUGUUUGAUUACAUUACAAUGAGUCCGUCCUCCUAUAGCUCCUCCCACCAGCCUCCUCUGACACACACAUAGAUAGAAAUAAUAAAUGGCUCUGUAAAGCAAUAGAGCUUUCAGUUCUUGCGCAGCUAUAACGCAUAAUGCACUUUUCCCCUCUCCUUCCCACAAACGAUUGAACCAAUGAUAAGUGAUUCUGAAUUAAAUUACUAAUUAUGUUUAAAUACCCAUAAACCAGCAGAAUUAGCUAAGCAUGGGAUUGAAUGUAGCCUAAUUUACAAAGGCUGUGUUUAACAGGCAGCUCAAUUUACAUAUGUCAAUUAUUUGGCAUAUCUGAAACAUAUAUGAUCUUUCCCCCAAAUUCUAAACAGCUAAAAAAAACAUGGAAUCUGAUCUUUUAAGUUCUGAUUUAUACCACAUCCGUAUGUGGCUCUCAAUUCUGAUAUGAUUCUGAUGCUCCAUAUGCAACCUCAGUGUGGAUGCUCAGAUCAAAUAAAAAAUGUUGCUCUGAAAGGUUGUGGGGUUUUUUACAUGAAAAAAAAUAAGUAAAUUACCAUUGCAUAUGUGUGCUAUUUCAGAGGCUACAUGAGUGUCAAUGUGCAAAUCUGUCCCAUAUAAAACUGAGUGUGAACAGUCAGAAAAAAAAGUUGGAUAUGAAACAAAAUCUGAAUUGGGUUGCUAGGAUGGCUGUGUAAACAUAGCCAAAUGGGUUUAUUGUGCUUUCGAUGCUAUGAUCAUCAUCUGUUAGAAUCAUCACUUUGGAGACAAUAUCUCACUCUAAUAGCAAUGGCACAAUGAUGCUAAUGAUUAUUCCAUAAACAAUUAUCUCCAAAAAGCCUAGGAAUCUCAAAAAGCCUAGGAAUUCUGUUUUCUCCAGAGAGACAGGGUGAUCACAGCUAGUAUAAGCGGUCAUGCUUUUGCCAAUACUUCCAUUCUCAUUUUAAACAGUGUAGAAUCAAUACACUGCUAUCAAUUGUUUUUAGAUUGCAUGGAAUCGUGACAAUAAAAAAAGUUGGAUUGGCUAGCACUAUAUUUCACACACGGUUUGUAGUCGACGUACUGUUAGCAUAGUACACACUACUGUUAGUACUGUUGUUAUUAUGUUUGUCAAAUGAGACAAACAUAGUAACUAGCUAAGCCCAGGCAGAUAUCCUAUUCUUAUGAGAUGUUGUUAUAUUAUAUGCAGUUUGUUUAUGAUUAAUAAAGAGUUUGAAAUGCAGUCUGGUGUACUGUGUGACAGUCAUUCAAUCUACCAAUCAAUCUACAAAUCAAUCUACCAAUCAAUCAAUCAAUCAAUUAGGCUUAUACCUAUAAAUAUUCUAACAGCCAAGUAUAUGAAGGGGUCUGAAUUACAUGAUAUGAUUAAAAGAUGGGUAUAUUGUAUUUGUUGAAUAUAUUUUCAAGGGAUCCGUACAGCUAAUGCUAACCUUUUGUAAAGCACAGUACAGCAAUGAAUUGUAGCGACCUUAAGCCAACACCUAGCGACCUAGUCAAGAGGUUUGUUCCUCUUGGCAUAUUUUAGAAUAAAGCUGUAACGUAACAAAAUGUGAUAAACGUCAAGGGGUCUGAAUACUUUCCGAAUGCGCUGUACCCCUAUUCCUCAGCCCCAAUAUCUAUAUACCUCAGCCCACUUACCCACACACCUAAUCCCAAUUACUCACACAUCCCAGCCCUGUUACCCUCAUGCCCUAACACUAACACCCAGAAUCAUUAGAUCACUUGUUUUGGUACUGCCCUGUUUUUGGUCGUAGGUUCAGGAAUGGCUGAAAAAUUGCAACAUUUACUUGGAGCUAACUCUGCAAAUAGCACUGCUGGGUGAUUUGAAAAGUCAUAGUCAAUCGAUCAAUAAUAUAAUAAUACUUAAUUUACAGUCUGUAGAAACUAUGAAAAUAGAAAGGUUCAGAACUUUUGUGAAACAUCACAGCACAGUGGGAAAAUAUAUGGCAGCUGGUCUUCAGAGAUACAGUAGAUGUGAGGGGUUGAGGGUAGCAGAAGGCUGGGACUAAAAACAAACAAAAGAUAAGUAAUGUAAAAUAUAAUGUCCGUAAAAUGUAUAUAGUAUGUAUAAGCUGGAAGUAGAAGCCUAAGUAUUGUUGUCCAUUAGUUUACUCCAAUUAGGAAAGGGGUGGUAGGGUUAGUGGGAAAUAAUAAAGAAGGAAAAUAUAUUUUAAAAUAUAUAUAUUUACAAAUGUUAUAUAUAUGAGGUAUUGGAAAUGAUGCAGACAAUUACAUUGAUAGAUACCACAAUCUAUCGGCAAUAUUAAAGCUCAUUUUAAAAAAAACACUAACACCCACAUCCCAGUACCCUAAUAUUGAUACAAUCAAGUACCGAUACACCCAUAUCCUAGCCCUAAAUGCCCUAUUUGUUACUCAUAAACCCCAGUUCCUUUGCCAAUACACCUCAUCCAUGUUACUUGCCUAUCUCAGCCCUGUUACCCACUUUCCCUAGACCUGUAUUCCCCAAGUCACCAACAGUAACCUGUUGGGCACACCCCAACACUGUUAUUUGUAUAUCUUAGUCCUGUGACCUCUGACCUGUAUACGCUAAUCGUGUCAUGGAUAAACUCAUAGUACAGUGGUAUAACACAUGUGCCACAGCCCCAUUCAUUUUCAUACCACAAACUUGUUGCCAGAAAGGAUUUGAGCCUUGUGUAUCCCUACUCCACAUCACUCGUAUAAACCAGGUAAAUCCAUGGGCAUACUGAUAUAAGACAGGUCUACCCCAGUGCCCAAGCCUCAACAUUCAUACAAACCAGGUCUACACUUGCACUUCAGCCUCAAUAUCCUUACAGACCAGGUGUACAUAUGUACAUCUAACCCAAUAUAGAUUUUUUUUUAACAGGUCGGCUGUUACAUGUCACUGCCAAUUGUCAUAAAAAUAGGUGUACUUAUGCAUUUCAGCGCCACAAUUCAUACAAACCUAGUCUACACCUGUACUUCAGCUCCAAUUUACAUACCUACAAAGUCUGCACCUGUGCUUGAACACAAUUAGUCAACUAAGCCUGGUCCCCUCUAGCUCAAUUGGUAGAGCAUGGCGCUUGUAACGCCAGGGUAGUGGGUUCGAUCCCCGGAACCACCCAUAUGUAAAAAAAGUAAAAAUAAUGUAUGCACACAUGACUGUAAGUCGCUUUGGAUAAAAGCGUCUGCUAAAUGGCAUAUUAAAUAUGCCGUAGCCUGAAUACUCAUAAACUGUACACGAGGUCUACCACUGCAACUCAGCUCGAGUACUACUACUGUACAAACCAGGUCUACACAUUUGACUGAGUCCCAAUACUAAUAUAAACAAGAUCUACACCUGCAUAUUUCAGCCCAAAUACCCAUACGAACCAGGUUUACACCUGUGGCUAUGUCCCAAUACUCUGAUAUACCAGGUCUACCUUUGUGUCUAUUCAGCAAAACGCACAUAAACCAGAUCUACCAUUUUGGAAGAGAAACUAAAACAAACCUAUUGACAUAAAAUAUUUGUUAAAUUAUUACACUUUUUCAGUGUAUGGGUCUAUUUGUAUUUAUUAUGGAUCCCCAUUAGCUGCUGCCAAGGCAGCGGCUACUCUUCCUGGGGUCCAGCAAAAUUAAGGCAGUUUUAAAAACAUUACAAUAGAUUCACAACAGAUUUCACAACACAUUAAGUGUGUGUCCUCAAGCCCCUACUCUACUACCACAUACAGUGGCCCACUGACAAAGACAUGAUCAGUCUAUAAUUUUAAUGGUAGGUUUAUUUGAACAGUGAGAGACAGAAUAACAACAAAAAAAUCCAGAAAAACGCAUGUCAAAGAUUUUAGUAAUUUAUUUGCAUUUUAAUGAGGGAAAUAAGUAUUUGACCCCUCUGCAAAGCAUGACUUAGUACUUGGUGGCAAAACCCUUGUUGGCAAUCACAGAGGUCAGACGUUUCUUGUAGUUGGCCAACAGGUUUGCACACAUCUCAGGAGGGAUUUUGUCCCACUCCUCUUUGCAGAUCUUCUCCAAGUCAUGAAGGUUUUGAGGCUGACGUUCGGCAACUCGAACCUUCAGCUCCCUCCACAGAUUUUCUAUGGGAUUAAGGUCUGGAGACUGGCUAGGCCACUCCAGGACCUUAAUGUGCUUCUUCUUGAGCCACUCCUUUGUUGCCUUGGCCGUGUGUUUUGGGUCAUUGUCAUGCUGGAAUACCCAUCCACGAUCCAUUUUCAAUGCCCUGGCUGAGGGAAGGAGGUUCUCACCCAAGAUUUGACAGUACAUGGCCCCGUCCAUCGUCCCUUUGAUGUGGUGAAGUUCUCCUGUCCCCUUAGCAGAAGAACACCCCCAAAGCAUAAUGUUUCCACCUCCAUGUUUGAUGGUGGGGAUGGUGUUCUUGGGGUCAUAGGCAGCAUUCCUCCUCCUCCAAACACGGCGAGUUGAGUUGAUGCCACAGGGAUCGAUUUUGGUCUCAUCUGACCACAACACUUUCACCCAGUUCUCCUCUGAAUUAUUAUAAUAAUAUAAUAAUAUGCCAUUUAGCAGACGCUUUUAUCCAAAGCGACUUACAGUCAUGCGUGCAUAAAUUUUUGUGUAUGGGUGGUCCCGGGGAUCGAACCCACUACCUUGGCGUUACAAGCGCCGUGCUCUACCAGCUGAGCUACAGAGGACCACCCAUACACAAUGUUCAGAUGUUCAUUGGCAAACUUCAGACGGGCCUGUAUAUGUGCUUUCUUGAGCAGGGGGGCCUUGCGGGUGCUGCAGGAUUUCAGUCCUUCACGGCGUAGUGUGUUACCAAUUGUUUUCUUGGUGACUAUGGUCCCAGCUUCCUUGAGAUCAUUGACAAGAUCCUCCUGUGUAGUUCUGGGCUGAUUCCUCACCGUUCUCAUGAUCAUUGCAACUCCACGAGGUGAGAUCUUGCAUGGAGCCCUAGGCCGAGGGAGAUUGAAAGUUAUUUUGUGUUUCUUCCAUUUGUGAAUAAUCGCACCAACUGUUGUCACCUUCUCACCAAGCUGCUUGGCGAUGGUCUUGUAGCCCAUUCCAGCCUUGUAUAGGUCUACAAUCUUGUCCCUUACAUCCUUGGAGAGCUCUUUGGUCUUGGCCAUGGUGGAGCGUUUGGAAUCUGAUCGAUUGAUUACUUCUGUGGACAGGUGUCUUUUAUACAGGUAACAAGCUGAGAUUAGGAGCACCCCUUUAAGAUUGUGCUCCUAAUCUCAGCUCGUUACCUGUAUAAAAGACACCUGGGAGCCAGAAAUCUUUCUGAUUGAGAGGGGGUCAAAUACUUAUUUCCCUCAUUAAAAUGCUAAUCCAUUUUUAACAUUUUUGACAUGCGUUUUUUCUGGAUUUUGUUGUUGUUAUUCUGUCUCUCACUGUUCAAAUAAACCUACCAUUAAAAUUAUAGACUGAUCAUUUCUUUGUCAGUGGGCAAAUGUACAAAAUCAGCAGGGGAUCAAAUACUUUUUUCCCUCACUGUAUCUACAACACAAAAUCCAUGUGUACGUGUGUGUAUGCAUGUGUCUGUGCCUAUGUUUGUGUUGCUAAUUUUACUGCUUGCAUGAGUUACUUGAUGUGGAAUAGAGUUCCAUGUAGUCAUUGCUCUAUGUAGUACUGGGUGCCUCCCAUAGUCUGUUCUGGACAUGGGGACUGUGAAGAGACCUCUGGUGGCAUGUCUUGUGGGGUAUGCAUGGGUGUCCUAGCUGUGUGCUAGUAGUUCAAACAGACAUCUUGGUGCAUUCAACAUGUCAAUACCUCUCACAAAUACAAGUAGUGAUGAAGUCAAUCUCUCCUCCACUUUGAGCCAGGAGAGAUUGACAUGCAUAUUAUUAAUGUUAGCUCUCUGUGUACAUCCAAGGGCCAGCUGUGCUGCCCUGUUCUGAGCCAAUUGCAAUUUGCAAGUCCCUCUUUGUGGCACCUGACCACACGACUGAGUCCAGGUGCAACAAAACUAGAGCCUGUAGGACCUGCCUUGAUGAUAGUGCUGUUAAGAAGGCAGAGCAGCGCUUUAUUAUGGACAGACUUCUCCCCAUCUUAGCUACUGUUGUAUCAAUAUGUUUUGACCAUGACAGUUUACAAUCCAGGGUUACUCCAAGCAGUUUAGUCACCUCAACUUGCUCAAUUUCCACAUUAUUCAUUACAAGAUUUAGUUGACGUUUAGGGUUUAGUAAAUGAUUUGUCCCAAAAACAAUGCUUUCAGUUUUUGAAAUAUUUAGAACUAAGUUAUUCCUUCUUUGUUAAGUGUUGCAGUAAUUUCCGUCUCUGUAGUAGCUGACAUGUAUAGUGUUGAGUCAUUCGCAUACAUAGACACACUGGCUUUAUUCAAAGCCAGUGGCAUGUCGUUAGUAAGGAUUGAAAAAAGUAAGGGGCCUAGACAGCUGCCCUGGGGAAUUCCUGAUUCUACCUGGAUUAUGUUGGAGGGGCUUCCAAUAAAUAACACCCUCUUUAUCCACAAUAUAGCAAGGGGUAUAAAGCCAUAACACAUAACUUUUACCAGCAGCAGAUUAUGACCGACAAUGUCAAAAGCCACACUGAAGUCUAACAAAACAGCCCCCACAAUAUUUGUAUAAUCAAUUUCUCUCAGCCAAUCACAAGCUGUGCUUGUCGAAUGUCCUUCCCUAUAAACGUGUUGAAAGUCUGGUAAUUCCCCCGUGGCAAUUCCCCCAAAAAUAACAAAAUAUGACAUUUUACAGUCAAAAUCACUGAUUUAAAUAUAUUAUGUAAAGGCUAAAGGACAAUCGUCAAAUCAUCUGUAAGGUCAUCUUGAUCAAGUACAGUUGAAGUCCGAAGUUUACAUACACUUAGGUUGGAGUCAUUAAAACUUGUUUUUCAACCACUCCACAAAUUUGUUGUUAACAAACUAUCGUUUUGGCAAGUCGGUUAGGACAUCUACUUUGUGCAUGACACAAGUAAUUUUUCCAACAAUUGUUUACAGACAUAUUAUUUGACUUAUAAUUCACUGUAUCACAACUCCAGUGGGUCAGAAGUUUACAUACACUAAGUUGACUGUGCCUUUAAACAGCUUGGUAAAUUCCAGAAAAUGAUGUCAUGGCUUUAGAAGCUUCUGAUAGGCUAAUUGACAUAAUUUGAGUCAAUUGGAGGUGUACCUGUGGAUGUAUUUCAAGGCCUACCUUCAAACUCAGUGCCGCUUUGCUUGACAUCAUGGGAAAAUCAAAAGAAAUCAGCCAAGACCUCAGAAAAAACAAAUCUAAACGCCUGAAGGUACCACGUUCAUCUGUACAAACAAUAGUAUGCAAGUAUAAACACCUUGGGACCACGCAGCCGUCAUACCGCUCAGGAAGGAGACGCAUUCUGUCUCCUAGAGAUGAACGUACUUUGGUGCGAAAAGUGCAAAUCAACCAUAGAACCAGCAAAGGACCUUGUGAAGAUGCUGGAGGAAACAGGUACAAAAGUAUCUAUAUCCACAGUAAAAUGAGUCCUAUAUCGACAUAACCUGAAAGGCCGCUCUGCAAGGAAGAAGCCACUGCUCCAAAACCGCCAUAAAAAAGCCAGACUAUGGUUUGCAACUGCACAUGGGGACAAAGAUCGUAAUUUUUGGAGAAAUGUCCUCUGGUCUGAUGAAACAAAAAUAGAACUGUUUGGCCAUAACGACCAUCAUUAUGUUUGGAGGAAAAAGGGGCAGCUUGCAAGCCGAAGAACACCAUCCCAACAGUGAAGCACGGGGGUGGCAGCAUCAUGCUGUGGGGGUGCUUUGCUGCAGGAGGGACUGGUGCACUUCACAAAAUAGAUGGCAUCAUGACGAAGGAAAAUUAUGUGGAUAUAUUGAAGCAACAUCUCAAGACAUCAGUCAGGAAGUUAAAGCAUACUUCCAAAGUUGUGGCAAAAUGGCUUAAGGACAACAAAGUCAAGGUAUUGGAGUGGACAUCACAAAGCCCUGACCUCAAUCCUAUAGAAAAUGUGUGGGCAGAACUGAAAAAGCGUGUGCGAGCAAGGAGGUCUACAAACCUGACUCAGUUACACCAGCUCUGUCAGGAGGAAUAGGCCAAAAUUCACCCAACUUAUUGUGGGAAGCUUGUGGAAGGCUACCCGAAACAUUUGACACAAGUUAAACAAUUUAAAGGCAAUGCUACCAAAUACUAAUUGAGUGUAUGUAAACUUCUGACCCACUGGGAAUGUGAUGAAAGAAAUAAAAGCUGAAAUAAAUCAUUCUCUCUACUAUUAUUCUGACAUUUCACAUUCUUAAAAUAAAGUGGUGAUCCUAACUGACCUAAAAAAGGGAAUUUUUACUUGGAUUAAAUGUCAGGAAUUGUGAAAAACUGAGUUUAAAUGUUUUUGGCUAAGGUGUAUGUAAACUUCCGACUUCAACUGUAUAUCCAUAACCCACUUAACUUCAAUCUGCUGAAAAAAUAAAUAAUCUGCUAUGAUUAAAUAUAUACUGUAUAAUAAAUUAGAGCCACUGUAUUUUCCCAUUGGUCGCAAAUAUGACCACUAAGAUAUUUUAUAUUCCACAAGCAUCAUGGAUUCAAUGUAUUGAAAAUUAAAGCACAUAUGUAAACUACACACUUUAAACAUUAUAUUUGAAGUUGUUGAAUACAGACUUCUGGUGCCAAAUUAAUCUGUAAAAGUACACCUUGGAGAUUUAUGCUUGUGGUCCUGUGACCAUUUUGAGAAAUCAUAUGAAACUUCUCUGAAUAAUAUUAGACACCUUAGUAAUGCAUAGUAUGACUUAUUUGUUGAUAAGUAAAACUUUAAUUUCUGUAGAACCUGUUAAGUACAACAACAACAACAAAAAAACUAUUGUGACUGAUGGCAUUAAAUGGGUUGCCGAAAAUGCUGUUAUCGAGGUAAUUUCCUUAGUAGGUGAAGUCAGAGGUCAGCAUGUUGGAGAAGUCGAAGCUCAGGGAUGAUAGACAAGCUUCCCACUAGUUAUUACCAGUUGGAGGGGCUUUCAAGUGGAUUUUUUCCAGUCAUAUGUGAUAAAUACCACAUUCCCACUUGGUUAUGAAUACAGUUUAAGCCUUAAUUGGGUGUUGAAUAUGAGGUCUCUCUUUUUUUGAUUGGUUGAUCCCACCCUAUUGUUCCAUAUCCUCUAACACCACUGACCCACCUCCUUUUCCUGCAAUUUGUUUCCUAUUUCCUGUUUAGUCCUCAUCCUGCAGGGCCAUGAAGACAUGGUUCUGGAGGAGGUGGACCCGGAUUGGGAGAAGAGAGAGGACAAAGCGGCUCAGGGAGCAGCCCUUCUCCAGGCCUUACCCUCACUCCUACCCCAGGUCAGAGGCAGAGUCAAACAGCCUUGCUGGUAGUCACUAGAUUACCAUGCUUGAAUGGACAAAAGACGAAAGUCACCAACAUGUUAUGACAAAACAAAACUGUUCCAUUUUCAUAAUGGAAAUGCCAUUGAACUUAAUAAUGUUCUUUUUCUGGAGCUGCAAUAGCCAUACUCUCUGUAUGUACUGUAUUUCUCUGUCGCAGCAGGUUAUGGCCAUGCAACAAGAACCAGAGGAUGCAGAGACACAGACAGAGAGAUGGACUCCCCUCAUGGAGAGCAUCAAGAAAGAGGCAGAGGAGGCUGCUAUGGUGAAAGUGGAAGAGAAGUAAUAAAAGACUCCAUCUGUUUUCCUCUUCCUCCUAUUCCCUCUUUAUUCUUCCCUCUGUCUCACACUCACAUUUUUACAAUCUCAUAUUUUUCCCAGAGAUCUGUCUCCCGUUGUCUGUAUGUGUGAUGAGUGUGAUUAGAAGGAGUCAGGCGCAGGAGGGUAAAUCACAGAAUACAGAGUUUAUUCUGUUGUACACAGUUGCGCUGGAUAGCGACAACAAAAUAGAGGCACAGGGGAACAAUCUACCCCGGCAAUACAAGGUACGAGUAGCUCCAACAAAAUACAGGCACAGGGAAAUAAUCUACCCCGGCAAUACAAGGUAUGAGUAGCUCCACUGAGCUACACUCAACUCACAUAAAACAAUCACCCACAAGGACAAGGGGGCAGAGGGAACAAUUAUACACAGACUACUGAGGGGAUAUGAACCAGGUGUGUGUAAUUGACAAGACAAAACAAAUGGAAUGAUGAUAUAUGGAGCGGCAAUGGCUAGUAAGCCGGUGACGACGAACGCCGAAGCCUGCCCGAACAAGGAGGGGAGGCAGCCUCGGCGGAAGUUGUAACAGUAUGAGUGAUGAAUUGGGACUGGCUGUUGAGUUCACCAAUGCCUUUUGGCUCUGUGUGAUUGUCUGAUGUAUUGACCCCUGACCUGGUCUCCAGGCUGCAGCAGCAGUUAGAAGAAGCAAGGAUGGCUGAGGAGGUGGCCAGGCAGGCGGCUGAGAUGGCAGUUAGACAACUAGAGGAGGAGCAGGCUGCCAGUGCCCAGAGGGCCACAGACUCACAGCAGGAGGCUGAUGGAGAGCAGUAAGUCCCACACACACACGCACACACAGAGAAACACAUACACACAUAUACAGUACCAGUCCAAAGUUUGGACACACCUACUCAUUCAAGGGUUUUUCUUUAUUUUUACUAUUUUCUACAUUGUAGAAUAAUAGUGAAGACAUCAACACUAUGAAAUAACACAUCUGGAAUCAUGUAGUAACCAACAAAGUGUUAAACAAAUCAAAAUGUUUUAUAUUUGAGAUUCUUCAAAUAGCCACCGUUUGCCUUGAUGACAGCUUUGCACACUCUUGGCAUUCUCUCAACCAGCUUCACCUGGAAUGCUUUUCAAAUCAAACAAAUCAAAUGUUAUUUGCCACAUGCUCCGAAUACAACAUGUGUAGACCUUACAGUGAAAUGCAACCAGUCAGGAUGCUCUCGAUGGUGCAGUUUAGACCUUUUUGAGGAUCUGAUUAUUUUCAGGAAUAGGCUUUGUUGUGUCCUCUUCACGACUGUCUUGGUGUGUUUGGACCAUGAUAGUUUGUUGGUGAUGUGGACACCAAGGAACUUAAAGCUCUCAACCUGUUCCACUACAGCCCCAUCGAUGAGAAUGGGGGCGUGCUCACUCCUCUUUUUUUCCUGUAGUCCACAAUCAUCUCCUUUUUCUUGAUCACGCUGAGGGAGAGGUUGUUAUCCUGGCACCACACGGCCAGGUCUCUGACCUCCUCCCUAUAGGCUGUCUCAUCGUUGUCGGUGAUCAGGCCUACCACUGUUGUGUCGUCGGCAAACGUAAUGAUGGUUGGAGUCGUGCCUGGCCAUGCAGUCAAGGGUGAACAGGGAGUGGCGAAGUGGUCUAAGGCCCUGCAUCGCAGUGCUAACUGUGCCACUAGAGAUCCUGGUUCGAAUCCAGGCUCUGUCGCCGCCGGCCACGACCGGGAGACUCAUGGGCGGGGCACAAUUGGCCCAGCGUCGUCCAGGGUAGGGGAGGGAAUGGCCGGCAGGGAUGUAGCUCAGUUGAUAGAGCAUGGCGUUUGUAACGCCAGGGUUGUGGGUUCGAUUCCCACGGGGGGCCAGUAUAAAAAAAAUAUGUAUUCACUAACUGUAAGUCGCUCUGGAUAAGAGCGUCUGCUAAAUGACUAAAAUGUAAAUGUAAUGAGUACAGGAGGGGACUGAGCACGCACCCCUGAGGGGCCCCCGUGUUGAGGAUCAGCGUGGCAGAUGUGUUGUUACCUACCCUUACCACCUGGGGGCGGCCCAUCAUGAAGUCCAGGAUCCAGUUGCAGAAGGAGGUGUUUAGUCCCAGGGUCCUUAGCUUAGUGAUGAGCUUUGAGGGCACUAUGGUGUUGAACGCUGAGCAGUAGUCAAUGAAUAGCAUUCUCACGUAGGUGUCCUCUUGUCCAGGUGGGAAACGGGUAGUGUGGAGUGUAAUAGAGAUUGCAUAAUCUGUGGAUCUGUUGGGGCGGUAUGCAAAUUGGAAUGGGUCUAGGGUUUCUGGGAUAAUGGUGUUGAUUUGAGCCAUGACCAGCCUUUCAAAGCACUUCAUGGUUACAGACGUGAGUGCUAUGGGUCGGUAGUCAUUUAGGCAGGUUAUCUUAGUGUUCUUGGGUACAGGGACUAUUGUGGUCUGCUUGAAACAUGUUGGUAUUACAGACUCAGUCAGGUACAUGUUGAAAAUGCCAGUGAAGACACUUGCCAGUUGGUCAGCGUAUGCUCAGAGUACAAGUCCUGGUAAUCCAUCUUGUGAAUGUUGACCUGCUUAAAAGUCUUACUCACAUCGGCUACGGAGAGCGUGAUCACAUAGUCAUCCGGAACAGCUGAUAUGCUCAUGCAUGCUUCAGUGUUGCUUGCCUCGAAGCAAGCAUAGAAGUGAUUUAGCUCGUCUGGUAGGCUCGUGUCACUGGGCAGCUCGCGGCUUUGCUUCCCUUUGUAGUCUGUAAUAAUUUGCAAGCCCUACCAUAUCGGACGAGCAUCGGAUCCGGUGUAGUACGAUUCAAUCUUAGUCCUGUAUUGACUCUUUGCCUAUUUGAUGGUUCGUCGGAAGGCAUAGUGGGAUUUCUUAUAAGCGUCCGGGUUAGAGUCCCACUCCUUGAAAGCGGCAGCUCCACCAUUUAGCUCAGUGCGGAGGUUUCCUGUAAUCCAUGGCUUCUGGUUGGGGUAUGUACGUAAGGUCACUGUGGGGAUGACGUCAUCGAUGCACCAGUGAAUGAUGUGGUGUACUCCUCAAUGCCAUCGGAAGAAUCCCGGAACAUAUUCCAGUCCGUGCUAGCAAAACAGUCCUGUAGCUUAGCAUCUGCGUCAUCUGACCACUUCCUUAUUAACCAAGUCACUGGUGCUUCCUGCUUUAGUUUUUGCUUAUAAGCAGAAAUCAGGAGGGCAGAAUUAUGGUCAGAUUUGCCAAAUGGAGGGCAAGGGAGAGCUUUGUACGCGUCUCUGUAUGUGGAGUAAAGGUGGUCUAGAGAUUUUUUCCCUCUGGUUGCACAUUUAACAUGCUGGUAGAAAUUAGGCAGAAUGAAUGAAAGUUUCCUUGCAUUAAAGUCCCCGGCCACUAGGAGCGCUGCCUCUGCAUGAGAAUUUUCCUGUUUGCUUAUGGCCUUAUAUAGCUCAUUGGGUGCAAACUUAGUGACAGCAUCGGUUUGUGUUGGUUAAUAGACAGCUAUGAAAAAUAUAGAAGAAAAAUCUCGUUAAUAGUGUGGUCUACAGCGAGCGAAACAUUAGUAUUAGAUUUUAUGCACCAGCUGUUGUUUACAAAUAUACACAGACUGCCACCCCUUGUCUUACCGGAGUCAGCCGUUCUAUCCUGCAGAUGUAGCGUAUAUCCCGCCAGCAGUAUGUUAUCCAUGUCGUCGUUCAGCCACGACUCGGUGAAACAUAAGAUAUUACCGUUUUUAAUUUCCCGUUGGUAGGAUAUCCUUGAUCUUAGGUCGUCCAUUUUGUUUUCAAAUUAUUGUACGUUGGCUAAUAGGAUUGAUGGAAGAGGCAGAUUACUCGCUCGCCGUCAGAUCCUUACAAGGCACCCGACCUACGUCCACGAUAUCUCUGUCUCUUUCUCAUGCGAAUGACGGGGAUUUGGGCCUUGUCGGGUGUCUGUAGAACUCGUUGAAGAAAAAAUCUUCAUCCAAUACGAGGUGAGUAAUCAAUGUCCUGAUAUGCAGAAGCUCUUUUUGGUCAUAAGAGACGGUGGCAGAAACAUUAUGUACAGAAUAAAUUACAAAUAAUGCAAAAAACACACAUAAUAGCACAAUUGGUUAGAGGGCCGUAAAACGGCAGCCAUCUCCUCCGGCGCCGUCUUGAAGGAGUUACCACAUAUGCUGAGCACUUGUUGGCUGCUUUUCCUUCACUCUGCCGUCCUACUCAUCCCAAACCAUCUCAAUUGGGUUGAGGUCGGGGGAUUGUGGAGGCCAGGUCAUCUGAUGCAGCACUCCAUCACUCUCAUUCUUGGUAAGAUAGCCCUUACACAGCCUGGAGGUAUGUUGGGUCAUUGUCCUGUUGAAAAACAAAUGAUAGUCCCACUAAGCCCAAACCAGAUGGGAUGGUGUAUCGCAGCAGAAUGCUGUGGUAGCCAUGCUGGUUAAGUGUGCCCCCACACCAUAACACCUCCUCCUCCAUGCUUUACGGUGGGAAUUACACAUGCAGAGAUCAUCCGCUCACCCACCCCGCGUCUCACAAAGACACGGCGGUUGGAACCAAAAAUCUCCAAUUUGGACUCCAGACCAAAGGACACAUUUCCACCGGUUGAAUGUCCAUUGCUCAUGUUUCUUGGCCCAAGCAGGUCUCUUCUUCUUAUUGGUGUCCUUUAGUAGUGGUUUCUUUGCAGCAAUUCGCCCAUGAAGGCCUGAUUCACACAGUCCCGUCUGAACAGUUGAUUUUGAGAUGUGUCUGUUUAUUUGGGCUGCAAUCUCUGAGGCUGGUAACUCUAAUGAACUUAUGCUCUGCAGCAGAGGUAACUCUGGGUCUUCCAUUCCUUUGGCAGUCCUCAUGAGAGCCAGUUUCAUCAUAGCACUUGAUGGUUUUUGCGACUGCACUUGAAGAAACUUAAAGUUCUUGAAAUUUUCCGGAUUGACUGACCAUCAUGUCUUAAAGUAAUGAUGGACUGUCAUUUCUCUUUGCUUAUUUGAGCUGUUCUUGCCAUAAUAUGGACUUGGUCUUUUACCAAAUAGGGCUAUCUUCUGUAUACCACCCCUACCUUGUCACAACACAACUGAUUGGCUGAAACGCAUUAAGAAGGAAAGAAAUUCCACAAAUUAACCUGUUAAUUGAAGUGCAUUCCAGGUGACUACCUCAUGAAGCUGGUUGAGAGAAUGCCAAGAGUGUGCAAAGCUGUCAUCAAGGCAAAGGGUGGCUAUUUGAAAAAUCUCAAAUAUUAAAUGUAUUUUGAUUUGUUUAACACUUUUUUGAUUACUACAUGAUUCCAUAUGUGUUAUUUCAUAGUGUUGAUGUCUUCACUAUUAUUCUACAAUGUAGAAAAUAGUAGAAAUAAAGGAAAACCCUUGAAUGAGUAGCUGUGUCCAAACUUUUGACUGGUACUGUACAUAUACACACAGACACUUACUCACACUUACACACACACACAAACACACACAUAGGUGAAUUAACAUCCAUCCCCUCCCCUCUUGAACACAUGUGAGUGUGCUGGAGUGUAUGUUGCUGAGCUGGUUCGUGCUGAGCUGAUGAUGCUUCUAAGACUGGGCCAAUGAAGUGAUGAUCACUGGGUUGUGACGAAAAGCAUGAUGUAGGGCUGCGAGCUGCACUUAAUGCCGCGGCUUGCUAUGUCACACACACAAACACAUACACACACCAGGACAUGGCAUCACCAAGGAGACAACCCUCAAUAAUCGUCCUGCUCACUCUCUGUUUUGCAAAGACUGCCCAAUAUCCAGGAGGAAGAGAACGAGGAAGACCCUGAGUAAGUCCCUCUCCUACUUCCUGUUAUUCUUCAAUGCUUCUAUCCACAGCAGAUUAGAUGAAUGUUGCCCUUAACCACUUCUCCGGACUCAGACAUUAAAUCGCCACCCUAAUGGUUAAGAUUAUAGUCAGGGGUUGUCUAAUCUGACCCUGUAGUUAGGGGCAGCUUCCAUCUCAAGCAUUUUAACAUCUCAUAUCCAAACCUUUGACCCCAUCCUCUUCCCUCUACAGUUUGACUCAUAAACCAGAUGUUUGAUAGGAUACGGAGCUUGCUAUUUUUAACACUGCUGCACAGUAGCCUACAUACUUUCUGGAGGGCUGAGGGGCUCUGUUUGUCUGCUGUUUGUCUGCUAAUGAUACGGAUGCAGCUGUUCAAAUGACAGGGGUGACUGGAGUUGCAUCAAGGCACCUCAAUAAGCGGAUUAAGCACUAAAACUAUCAAUAUUGGUUUUGCCCACUAUUUGGGGAGCACUAUUGAAAAUGGAUGUGUAAAUCGAGCUCUGUACAUGUUUAAAACUACAGUUUAUGACUGUCUAACUGUCUGAGACUGUCUGAAGCUCUGUUUGUCCCCUUCUGCACACCGUCCAGGUUGCAGAUGCUUCAGGAGGAGAGCGACGAGAGAAUGGAUAAUAAAAGUCCUGAAGAGAAUAAGAUAUCAGAGGAAAAUAAGUUCUCUCUUCAGAUUAAUUUCAAUGAAGACAAAAAGGUUGCAGCUGAGGAGAAUAUAGUUAGUGAUGCGAAAAAGAUACCUGAGGAGAAUAAAGUAACAGAGGAGGUUAUAGUAAUUGAGAAAAUAUUUCCAAAAACUGAAGAUAAUACGACUACACAGGAUAAUACGAUAUCUGAGACUAAAAUAAGAGAGGUUACAAUCAUUGAGGAAACUAAGAACAUUGAACAGAAUACGGCCAUAGUGGCGUAUAAGAUAUCCAAUGAGAGUAAUUUCAACGAAGACACAAAAGUUGCUCCUGAAGAGAAUGUAAUCACUGACGAUGAUAAGAUAUCUGAGGAGACAAAAGUAACAGAGGAAAAUGAUCAUCCUGACAAGGACAAACUAACAGAGGUUACCGUCAUUGAGAAAAUUAAGAUUGUUGAAGAGAACACCAUUACACAAGAUAAUGAGAUAUCUGAGGAGAAAAAUACAAAUGAAGACAAAAAGUUGCCGCUGAGGAGAAUAGUUUGGUCUCUAAAGAGACUAAUAUAAUAGAGGUUACAGUCAUAGAAGAAUACGAUCAGAAUACAACAGCAGUGGAGAAUAUAGUCAGUGGAGAGGAGAUAUCUGAGACUAAAGUAACAGAGGAAAAUAAAAGUCCUGACAAUAUUAAAAUAACAGAGGUUACAGAUGAGGUUAUUGAGGUCAUUGAGGAAAUAAUUCAGAGUACUGGAGAAAGUCCAACUAUACAGGAAAAUAAGAUGUCAGAGGAGAAAGAAGUUACAGAGGAAAAUAAAAGUCCUGACAAGAAUAAGAUAACAGAGGUUACAGAUGAGGUUAUUGAGGUCAUUGAGGAAAUAAUUCAGAGUACUGGAGAAAGUCCAACUAUACAGGAAAAUAAGAUGUCAGAGGAGAAAGAAGUUACAGAGGAAAAUAAAAGUCCUGACAAGAAUAAGAUAACAGAGGUUACAGAUGAGGUUAUUGAGGUAAUUGAGGAAAUAAUUCAGAGUACUGGAGAAAGUCCAACUAUACAGGAAAAUAAGAUGUCAGAGGAGAAAGAAGUUACAGAGGAAAAUAAAAGUCCUGACAAUAUUAAAAUAACAGAGGUUACAGAUGAGGUUAUUGAGGUCAUUGAGGAAAUAAUUCAGAGUACUGGAGAAAGUCCAACUAUACAGGAAAAUAAGAUGUCAGAGGAGAAAGAAGUUACAGAGGAAAAUAAAAGUCCUGACAAGAAUAAGAUAACAGAGGUUACAGAUGAGGUUAUUGAGGUCAUUGAGGAAAUAAUUCAGAGUACUGGAGAAAGUCCAACUAUACAGGAAAAUAAGAUGUCAGAGGAGAAAGAAGUUACAGAGGAAAAUAAAAGUCCUGACAAGAAUAAAAUAACAGAGGUUACAGAUGAGGUUAUUGAGGUCAUUGAAAAAGUCCUGAAAUAUAAAAUAACAGAGGUUACAGAUGAGGUUAUUGAGGUCAUUGAGGAAAUAAUUCAGAGUACUGGAGAAAGUCCAACUAUACAGGAAAAUAAGAUGUCAGAGGAGAAAGAAGUCACAGAGGAAAAUAAAAGUCCUGACAAGAAUAAGAUAACAAAGGUUACUGCCGUUGAGAAAAUUAAGAUUGAAGAGAGCAUCCUAACAACAGAUAUCAAGAUACCUGAGGAAACGCAUGUAAAUAAGGACAAAAAAUCUUCUUAUAGGAAUAUAGUGGUUGGAGAGAUGAUAUCUGUGGAGACAAAAGUAGCAGAGGAAAAUAAAAGUUCUGAGGAAAAUAAGAUUCCAGAGGUUACAGACGAGAUUACCGUCAUUGAGGAAAUUAACAUUGUUGAAGACAUUACGACCACACAGGAUAAUAAGAUAUCUAAAGAGAAUAAAAUAACAGAAGAGGUGACAGUCAUUGUGAAAAUUAAGAUUAAUGAACAGAAUACUAUGCAGGAAAUAUCCAAUAAGAUAACAGUCAAUGAAGCCAGAAAAGUUGCAGGGGAGAAUAUAGUAACUGUAGAGAAUAAGAUAUCUCAGGAGAAAAUAAGUCCUGAGAAGAAUAAGAUAGCAGAAGUUUCAGUCAUUAUUAUAAUCACUGAAGAGAAUAAAAUAUUAAAGGAGAAAAUGGUCAACCAAGACAUAAAAGUUGCUGAGGACAAUAUUGUCGUUGAGGACUACAUUGACGCUUUGGAGCUUACAGAGGACAUUAAGAUCACUGAGUAAGCAGAAUCAUUACCAGAUAGAGGCUUAUUCCCGCUUUGGAAUGUGCUUCCUGUGCUGAGAAGUUGUGCUUUGAUACCACAUAAACUAGGCUACUCAUUCCUCAUGGCACCCAAUGUCACAGAUGUACAGCUUUGCGCCUUUUACAUAACAAGUUGAAGGUCUGGAUAUUGGGGUAACUUGUUUUUUCCUCUUAAACUACGAGGAUAAAGGGGUUGGUGUAAUCUUUUAAACUUGCUUUAUGGAGCAUGAAUGGGACAACUGGUACAUGACCUGUAGAAAAAUGUAAUUUUACCUAUCUGGCUUGAAGGACCAUGAAAACAAAAAACUCAGCGUCAUCUAUACUGAACAAAAAUAUAAAUGCAACAUGCAACAAUUUCAAAGAUUUUACUGAGUUACAGUUCAUUGAAGGAAAUCAGUCAAUUGAAAUAAAUAAAUUAGGUAGUAAACUAUAGAUUUCACUUGACUGGGCAGGGGCGAAGCCAUGGGUGGGCCUGGAAGGGCAUAGGCCCACCCACUUGGGAGCGAGGGGGGAGACAAGUCCAGCCAAUCAGAAUGAGUUUUUCCCCACAAAAGGGCUUUAUUACAGACAGAAAUACUCCUCAGCACCCCCCUACCCCUCCUCAGACGAUCCUGCAGGUGAAGAAGCCGGAUGUGGAGGUCCUGGGCUGGCGUGGUUACACGUGGCCUGCAGUUGUGAGGCCGGUUGGAUGUAAUGCCAAAUUCUCUAAACGAUGUUGGAGGCGGCUUAUGGUAGAGAAACUAACUUUCAAAUCUCUGGCAAACAGCUAUGUUGGACAUUCCUGUAGUAUGCAUGCCAAUUGCACGCUCCCUCAAAACUUGAGACAUCUGUGGCAUUGUGUUGUGUGACAAAACUGCACAUUUGAGAGUAGCCUUUUAUUGUCCCCAGCACAAGGUGCACCUGUGUAAUGAUCAUGCUGUUUAAUCAGCUUCUUGAUAUGCCAUGCCUGUCAGGUGGAUGGAUUAUCUUGGCAAAGGAUAAAUGAUCACUAACAGGGAUGUAAACAAAUUUGUGCAAAACAUUUGAGAGAAAUAAGCUUUUUGUGCGAAUCAAACAUUUCUGGGCUCUUUUAUUUCAACUCAUGAAACAUGGGACCAACACUUUACAUGUUGCGUUUAUAUUUUUGUUCAGUAUAUAUGGACAGUGCUUGGGCACAAACUUGUAAAGCUGAACAAAGUUAAGAUUUAUGGUAACACAUAUUGUUAACUGAUUAUUAAUUGGUUACAUAUUAUUGGGCAGCUUCAGUACUUACUGCAAUUAACUCUAAACUGCAUGGAUUCAAAGCCAACAUUCUAUGCAGCGCUUUCUCCCCAGCUUGAGUGCUGAUAGAGUUCCUAAGUGAUAGAGUUUGAAUGUUUAAUUCCUAACCUUCUCAUGGUCAAAUUGUCCAGGUUGAAGCUGCUUCACGAGAGCGACGAGAGCAUGGAGAAUAGAAGUCCUGAGAAAAAUAAAGUCAUAGAGGUUACUGUCAUUGAGAAAAUUCAGAGCAUUGAAGACAAUUCUCUAAUGGAUAUUGUAGUCGCUGAAGACAUUGAGAUAUCUGAAGACAACAAAGCUAAAUCUGUGGAGCCUAAAGUGGAGAAUAAGAUCACUGAGUAAGCCAAAUCAUUAGCAGGUAGAGGCUUAAUCCUGCUUUGUUUUUUACACCAAGGCUACUCACGCCUCAUGGCAUUCCCAUGCAGCUAAAAUGUUUGCUGUCCCCAUAUGCGCUCAGCUUUUUGGCUUUCACUGAACCCAAAGGCCAAAGAGUGUUUUAUUUAUUCUGUGGAGUUUAAGAUUACUAUGUUGAGUGUUCAGAAGUAAUGUCCAUCCCCAGUCAUGGUACAGUGCCUUGCAAAAGUAUUUGUCCCCCUUGGUGUUUUUCCAAUUUUGUUGCAUUACAACCUGUAAUUUUAUUUUAUUUUUAUUUGGAUUUCAUGUAAUGGACAUGCACAAAAUAGUCCAAAUUGGUGAAGUAAAAAAAUAAAUAAAUUGUUUCAAAAAAGUAUACAAAUUAAAUAACGAAAAAGUGGUGCAUGCAUAUGUAUUCACCCCCUUUGCUAUGAAGCCCCUAAAUAAGAUCUGGUGCAACCAAUUACCCUCAGAAGUCACAAAAUUCGUGAAAUAAAGUCCACCUGUGUGCAAUCUAAGUGUCACUUGAUCUCAGUAUAUAUACACCUGUUCUGAAAGGCCCCAGAAUCUGCAACACCACUAAGCAAGGGGCACCACCAAGCAAGCGGCACCAUGAAGACCAAGGAGCUCUCCAAACAGGUCAGGGACAAAGUUGUGGAGAAGUACAGAUCAGGGUUGGGUUAUAAAAAAAUAUCAGAAACUUUGAACAUCCCACGGAAAACCAUUAAAUCUAUUAUUCAAAAAUGGAAAGAAUAUGGCACCACAACAAACCUGCCAAGGAGGGCAUUAAUCAGAGAGGCAACAAAGAUACCAAAGAUAACCCUGAAGGAGCUGCAAAGUUCCACAGCGGAGAUUGGAGUAUCUGUCUUUAAGCCGUACACUCCACAGAGCUGGGCUUUACGGAAGAGUGGCCAGAAAAAAGCCAUUGCUUAAAGAAAGAAAUAAGCAAACACGUUUGGUGUUCGCCAAAAGUCAUGUGGGAGACUCCCCAAACAUAUGGAAGAAGGUACUCUGGUCAGAUGAGACUAAAAUUGAGCUUUUUGGCCAUCAAGGAAAACGCUGUGUCUGGCGCAAACCCAACACCUCUCAUCACCCAGAGAACACCAUCCCCACAGUGAAGCAUGGUGGUGGCAGCAUCAUGCUGUGGGGAUGUUUUUCAUCGGCAGGGACUGGGAAACUGGUCAGAAUUGAAGGAAUGAUGGAUGGCGCUAAAUACCGGGAAAUUCUUGAGGGAAACCUGUUUCAGUCUUCCAGAGAUUUGAGACUGGGACGGAGGUUCACCUUCCAGCAGGACAGUGACCCUAAGUAUACUGCUAAAGCAACAGCCGAGUGAAACAUUUAAAUGUCUUGGAAUGGCCGAGUCAAAGCCCAGACCUCAAUCCAAUUGAGAAUCUGUUGUAUGACCUAAAGAUUGCUGUACACCAGCGGAACCAAUCCAACUUGAAGGAGCUGGAGCAGUUUUGCCUUGAAGAAUGGGCAAAAAUCCCAGUGGCUAGAUGUGCCAAGCUUAUAUAGACAUACCCCAAGAGACUUGCAGCUGUAAUUUCUGCAAAAGGUGGCUCUACAAAGUAUUGACUUUGGGGGGGGGGGUGAAUAGUUAUGCACACUCAGGUUCUGUUUUUUUGUCUUAUUUCUUGUUUGUUUCACAAUAAAAAUACACACAAUACCCCAUAAUGACUAAGUGAAAACAUGUUUUUAGAAUUUUUGCACAUUAAAUUGCUAAUUAAGUACAGAAAUAUCUAAUUUACUUAAGUAUUCACACCCCUGAGUCAAUACAUGUUAGAAUCACCUUUGGUAGUUAUUACAGCUGUGAGUCUUUCUGGGUAAGUCUCUCUAGCUUUGCACACCUGGAUUGUACAAUAUUUGCACAUUCUUAUUUUUGUAAUUCUUCAAGGUCUCUCAAGUUGGUUGUUGAUCAUUGCUAGACAGCCAUUUUCAAGUCUUGCAAUAGAUUUAAGCCGAUUUUAAGUCAAAACCAUAGCUAGGCCACUCAGGAACAUUCAAUGUCAUCUUGGUAAGCAACUCCAAUGUAUAUUUGGGCUUGUGUUUUAGGUUAUUGUGCUGCUGAAAUGUGAAUUUAUCUCCCAGUGUCUGUUGGAAAGCAGACUGAACAUAGUUUCCCUCUAGGAUUGUGCCUGUGCUUAGCUCUAUUCUGUUUCUCCCUAGUCCUUGCCGAUGACAACCAUACCCAUAACAUGAUGCAGCCACCACCAUGCUUGAAAAUAUGAAGAGUGGUACUCAGUGAUGUGUUUUAUUCUGUACAGGCUUCCUUCAUUUUACUCUGCCAUUUAGGUUAGUAUUGUGGAGUAACUACAAUGUUGUUGUUCCAUCCUCAGUUCUCUCCUAUCAUAGCCAUUCAAGUCUGUAACUGUUUAAAAGUCACCAUUGGCCUCAUGGUGAAAUCCCUGAGCGGUAUACUUCCUCCCGGUAACUAAGUUAGGAAGGACGCCUGUAUCUUUGUAGUAACUGGGUGUAUUGAUACACCAUCCAAAGUGUAAUUAAUGACUUCACCAUGUUCAAAGGGACAUUCAAUGUCUGCUAUUAAUUUUUUUUAAUAUUCAAUGACUGAAACGAAAAUACAAGUAGCUAGCAACAUCAGACUAACCAGCUAACAAUGACAAGCAAAAAUUUAGCUAACAAUGUUAGACAGCUAUUAUAUAAAAAACUAGACACAUAAUGUAAUAAUGACGAAAAUAUUCUUUAACUAUUGACAACUUCGUCAGUAAAACAGGGGGAAAACAUAUACAGUGGGGGAAAAAAGUAUUUAGUCAGCCACCAAUUGUGCAAGUUCUCCCACUUAAAAAGAUGAGAGAGGCCUGUAAUUUUCAUCAUAGGUACACGUCAACUAUGACAGACAAAAUGAGAAAAAUAAAUCCAAAAAAUCACAUUGUAGGAUUUUUUUAUGAAUUUAUUUGCAAAUUAUGGUGGAAAAUAAGUAUUUGGUCAAUAACAAAGGUUUCUCAAUACUUUGUUAUAUACCCUUUGUUGGCAAUGACACAGGUCAAACGUUUUCUGUAAGUCUUCACAAGGUUUUCACACACUGUUGCUGGUAUUUUGGCCCAUUCCUCCAUGCAGAUCUCCUCUAGAGCAGUGAUGUUUUGGGGCUGUCGCUGGGCAACACAGACUUUCAAAUCCCUCCAAAGAUUUUCUAUGGGGUUGAGAUCUGGAGACUGGCUAGGCCACUCCAGGACCUUGAAAUGCUUCUUACGAAGCCACUCCUUCGUUGCCCGGGCGGUGUGUUUGGGAUCAUUGUCAUGCUGAAAGACCCAGCCACGUUUCAUCUUCAAUGCCCUUGCUGAUGGAAGGAGGUUUUCACUCAAAAUCUCACAAUACAUGGCCCCAUUCAUUCUUUCCUUUACACAGAUCAGUCGUCCUGGUCCCUUUGCAGAAAAACAGCCCCAAAGCAUGUUGUUUCCACCCCCAUGCUUCACAGUAGGUAUGGUGUCCUUUGGAUGCAGCUCAGCAUUCUUUGUCCUCCAAACACGACGAGUUGAGUUUUUACCAAAGAGUUCUAUUUUGGUUUCAUCUGACCAUAUGACAUUCUCCCAAUCCUCUUCUGGAACAUCCAAAUGCACUCUAGCAAACUUCAGACGGGCCUGGACAUGUACUGGCUUAAGCAGGGGGACACAUCUGGCAAUGCAGGAUUUGAGUCCCUGGUGGCGUAGUGUGUUACUGAUGGUAGGCUUUGUUACUUUGGUCCCAGCUCUCUGCAGGUCAUUCACUAGGUCCCCCCGUGUGGUUCUGGGAUUUUUGCUCACCGUUCUUGUGAUCAUUUUGACCCCACGGGGUGAGAUCUUGCGUGGAGCCCCAGAUCGAGGGAGAUUAUCAGUGGUCUUGUAUGUCUUCCAUUUCCUAAUAAUUGCUCCAAUUGCUCUUCAAACCAAGCUGCUUACCUAUUGCAGAUUCAGUCUUCCCAGCCUGGUGCAGGUCUACAAUUUUGUUUCUGGUGUCCUUUGACAGCUCUUUGGUCUUGGCCAUAGUGAAGUUUGGAGUGUGACUGUUUGAGGUUGUGGACAGGUGUCUUUUAUACUGAUAACAAGUUCAAACAGGUGCCAUUAAUACAGGUAAUGAGUGGAGGACAGAGGAGCCUCUUAAAGAAGAAGUUACAGGUCUGUGAGAGGCAGAAAUCUUGCUUGUUUGUAGGUGACCAAAUACUUAUUUUCCACUAUAAUUUGCUAAUAAAUUCAUAAAAAAUCCUACAAUGUGAUUUUCUGGAGAAAAAAAUUCUCAAUUUGUCUGUCAUAGUUGACGUGUACCUAUGAUGAAAAUUACAGGCCUCUCUCAUCUUUUUAAGUGGGAGAACUUGCACAAUUGGUGGCUGACUAAAUACUUUUUUUCCCCACUGUACCUUACUUACAGUUUUGGUAUUCACGCAGAGUGAUGAAUAAAUUGGUCAGAAAGGAAAUAAUGUCCAAAACUGAGAUUUGUGUUCGCAGCAGUAGGUGGUCGAGCUGCACUUGGUAAUGUACUAAAACACUCUGCCAGCUUGUGAUAGCUGUCACGUCAUCAGUGAGUUCUUAAAGGGACAGGCUUUCUUACAAUAAUAAAAAAAUCCCCAUCAAAAUCCGUCAGUUUAAUCUACAGAUAUCUGCCUAUGUUGCCCUUCCGCAUCUGCAGUGGAAAGUGGCAGAGCUGCAGCAUUGUUUGUCAGACCAGGAGACAUCCCGAAAAUAGGUAUUCUCAUGAAAACAAACGUCUGUAGCGUCCGAAGGGUUUGGCCUACUAACAUUCUAUGGAAAGAUCAGACUCUCACGAACACGAUGGUGUUCUCCGUUUUGCUCUACAGCCCCCAUAAGCCCCAUGGGACACAUCUGAAGUCGGUAACGCUGACAUGGCAACUUCUGUCUGUAGAGUCGAACCGUUUGGGCAACAAACUAAUAUGACCCACUGUGGAAAGGGGAAACUCUCACGAACACGAUGCUCCGUUUUGCUCUACGACCCCCGCAAGUGUCUCGGGACUCGUCUGAAGGUAACCCAUACAAAUGAAUGGAAGUAUGGAGGUAGUUUUGUGCCAACCAAAAAUAAGCUGUUAAAUAUGUAUCCAAAAAAACUAAAAUAUUUCCUGACCUUUCUUAUAUCUCCUAGAUACAGGACAGACACUUCAAACCUUAUCCCUUAUGAUACAACAUUUUAACUGUCUUUUUUGCCAUGUAUGAAUGUGUUAUUCAAUGUGUUUCUAUGGGCUAUAGUAUUAAAGGCCAAAUUCAAUAUUUUAUCAAACAAUUUGUAAAAAAAUAUGUAUAUACAGUACCAGUCAAAAGUUUGGACACCUACUCAUUCCAGGGUUUUUCUUUAUUUUUACUGUUUUCUACAUUGUAGAAUAAUAGUGAAGAUAUCAAAACUACUAAAUAACACAUAUGAAAUCAUGUAGCAACCAAAAACGUGUUAAAAAUAUCAACAUGUAUUUUGUAUUUGAAAUUCUUCAAAGUAGCCACCCUUUGCCUUGGUGACAGCUUUGCACACUCUUGGCAUUCUCUCAACCAGCUUCAUGAGGUAGUCACCUGGAAUACUUUUCCAACAGUCUUGAAGGAGUUCCCACAUAUGCUGAGCACUUGUUGGCUGCUUUUCCUUCACUCUGCGGUCCAACUCAUCCCAAACCAUCUCAAUUGGGUUGAGGUCGGGGGAUUGUGAAAGUCAUCUGAUGCAGCACUCCAUCACUCUCCUGUUUGGUCAAAUAGCCCUUACACAGCCUGGAGGUGUAUUUUGGGUCAUUGUCCUGUUGAAAACCUUUGGGGUUACUACAUGAUUCCAUAUGUGUUAUUUCAUAGUUGUGAUGUUGUCACUAUUAUUCUACAAUGUAAAAAAUACUAAAAAUAAAGAAAAACCCUUGAAUGAGUAGGUGUGUCCAAACUUUUGACUGGUACUAUAUAUAUAUAUAUAUAUAUAUAUAUAUAUAUAUAUAUAUAUAUAUAUAGUAGGGAGAACAAGUAUUUGAUACACUGUAUAUACUGUAUAUAUAUAUAUAUAUAUAUAUAUAUAUAUAUAUAUAUAUACCUAAAGGGGUCCUAAGAUUCCAAAUCUAUUCCAUGUUAGCUUAGUAUAAAUGUUUUACUCCUGAACUUAUUUACGCUUGCCAUAACAAAGAGGUUAAAUACUUAUUGUCGCAAGACAUUUCAGCUUUUCAUUUUUUAUUAAUUUGUAAAAAUAUCUAAAAACAUAAUUCCACUUUGACAUUAUGGGGUAUUGUGUUCAGGCCAGUGACACAAAAUCUCAUUUUAGUUUCAGGCUGUAACACAACAAAAUGUGGAAAAAGUCAAGGGGUGUGAAUACUUUCUGAAGGCACUGUACAACAUUGUUUACACUGUUACAGCUAUCACUUGGAGGUUGAGCAAUGAAUUAACUAAGCAGCUUUAGUGCUAUCUGCUGAUCAGUCUUUGGAGACUAUAGCAUGCUAAAGCAACAGUCCAUAGGCCUAACAACAGUGCUUUGUGCCGAGCUUGAGAGCUGAUAGAAAUGGUGAGACAAGAUCUUAUUCAGUUUGACAUGUCUCUUGUAUUGCCUUGUGCCGCCAAUUCCUCAUUGAAUCAGAGCGGACCUGAAAAGGUAGGUUCUAAAACCAAAUUUAGACCAUUAAGAAUGACUUAGUCUCGCAAGCCAGAUACUGUACUCUCAUUGGAGGGCCGGCGGCGAGGCUAAGGAUGACUAGUCUGGGAUAUGUUUACCUUUGUCUUUUUUUUUUUUAUGUCUACAUAAAUCAAUUGCUUCAUUCAUAUAAACAUAGUUGAGAUCUAACCCAAUGUCAAACAGACAGAAGCCAAUUCAAAGACAAAACCUAAGUAUAUCCCUCUCCCCAGUAUCCAUCCUCACACUCCCGAAUGACAAAUAUUAUCAGGGCAGUCAUAUAAAUUAGUUCACAUCAAGCUCAGACAUUUUUCCUCCAAAUCAACCAAUCCGGUUAUCAGAAAGGGUGAGACCACGCACUGUAUUUUACAUUGUAUUUGCCACAAUUAAGAGGCAAACAGUCACGGAAGAAGGAGACCACAUAGGCUUUAGAGAACAAUCUUCAGAGAGAUUUUCCAAUGGGUUCUGAGUGAGUUGUCUAAUAUGGAACAAUCUGUCUAAAUUGUUGGUGAGUUAUGGCUGUAUCUGUUUCAGUGACGGAUAUCAAUUAUUUUCUUACCAGUGGAUAAUUAAUUAUCUGCAAUUGUGAGGCAUUUUCUUACUCUGUAAGCCCACAUAUGCCUAUGUUACACUGAGCCUUCUAGCAAGCAGCUCUAACGCCCUGGACCAGAGCUAGGUGGAUUUGUGUUUGUCAUCAUUAUUUUCUCUGUUUCACUUCCAGCACUAAGACUGUGUUGAUAGGUUCUCUCAGUGUUUAACGCUACUCCUAUUGGCUAUCUCACACAGUAAAGCUGCACUGAUUGGACCACACUCCCUCUCCAGGUGCCUGGUGGAUGUGUGUCCAGCCGAGGGGUUGCCCGAGGUUGAGGCAGAGGCGGAGCCAGUUGAACCAAGCCCCCCAGUGUCUCCCCCCAGAGAGGCCUCCCCUGAACCAGAACCAGAACCAGAGCCAGAGCCGCCAAAUAAACAGUCUCCCCCAGUGACAGAGGCCCCGGCAGUGACCGAACAGCCAGAACCAGCCGACCAGAAAGCUCCGCCUGCUGCCGCCCCUCAGGUAGGGAACAUUUUAACAGCCAACAGGAUCCUUGUUAUUACACUGUAGUUACAUGGGUGUUAUUGUUUUUUUUUAUGUUCACUGCUCUCAUUACAGGAAGAGGACGGUGCCGACAAAGGAGGGUGUGAAGGUGAGUCUUCCUGCUCCAUGUAAUAUGAGGAUAUUCAUCAAUGCUUAACAGUAGCGUAUAUACACUAUAUUGCCAAAAGUAUGUGGACAUCGUCGAAAACAUCUCAUUCCAAAAUCAUGGGCAUUAAUAUGGAGUUGGUCCCCCCUUUGCUGCUAUAACAGCCUCCACUCUUCUGGGAAGGCUUUCCACUAGAUGUUGGAACAUUGCUGCAUGGACUUGCUUCCAUUCAGCCACAAGAGCAUUAGUGAGGUCGGGCACUGAUGUUGGGUGAUUAGGCCUGGCUUGCAGUCUGCGUUCUAAUUCAUCCCGAAGGUGUUGGAUGGGGUUGAGGUCAGGGCUCUGUGCAGGGCAGUCAAGUUCUUCCACACCGAUCUCGACAAAUCCUUUCUGUAUGGACCUCGCUUUGUGCACAGGGGCAUUGUCAUGCUGAAACAAGAAAGAGCCUUCCCCAAACUGUUUCCACAAAGUUGGAAGCACAGAAUUGUCUAGAAUGUCAUUAUAUGCUGUAGCAUUUCCCUUCACUGGAACUAAGUGGCCUAGCCCGAACCAUGAAAAAACACCCAAAACCAUCAUUCCUCCUCCACCAAACUUUACAGUUGGCACUAUGCAUUGGGGUAGGUAGCGUUCUCCUGGCAUCCGCUAAACCCAGAUUAGUACGUCGGACUGCCAGAUGGUGAAGUCUGACUCAUCACUCCAGAGAACGCGUUUCCACUGCUACAGAGUCCAUUGGCGGCGAGCUUUACACCACUCCAGCCAACACUUGGCAUUGCGCAUGGUGAUCUUAGACUUGUGUGCGGCUGCUCGGCCAUGGAAACCCAUUUCAUGAAGCUCCCGAUGAACAGUUCUUGUGCUGACGUUGCUUCCAGAGGCAGUUUGGAACUCGGUAGUGAGUGUUGCAACCGAGGACAGACUAUUUUUACGCGUUACGCGCUUCAGCACUCAACGGUCCCGUUCUGUGAGCUUAUGUUCACCUCCACUUCGACGGCUGAGCCGUUGUUGCUCCUAGACGUUUCCACUUCACAAUAACAGCACUUACAGUUGACCGGGGCAGCUCUAGCAGGGCAGAAAUUUGACGAAUUGACUUGUUGGAAAGAUGGCAUCCUACUGUAUGACGGUGCCACGUUGAAUGUCACUGAGCUAUUCAGUAAGGCCAUUCGACUGCCAAUGUUUGUCUAUGGAGAUUGCAUGUAUGUGUGCUCAAUUUUAUACACCUGUCAGCAAUGGGUGUGGCUGAUAUAUCCGAAUCGACUAAUUUGAAGGGGUGUCCACAUACUUUUGUAUAUAUAGUGUAUAUGACAGCACAAUUAUCAGACAUUAAAACUACUACUACUAACUACUACUCUAACAUUUUCGAUCUUAUCAUGACUUCCUGUUUUGCGUGAUUGUAUUGAUCUGAUUGGCUGUCUGACCGUGUCUCCGCCCAGUGCCCUCCAGUUGCGCUCCAAUCAGGAGCCUGCUCAUGCAUAUCCCCCACGCCUGCCAGUGCCUCGACAGUCUCACCCAGUUGCUACGCGACAACAACCUGACCCCUCCUAAACUGUCCAUGCUCGCCCUGCCAGAAGAGCUAACCCAGCUAAAACAUGACAUGUCCGAGCUACCCAAGCAGGCACGACAGUAUUGCCAAAUUAUCUUCAACCGCCUCAACAGACUUAACCCAAACGCAGUGUCCCAACACCAACCCCAGGAAGAUGCCUCCAAGGAGUAGCACUCCCUUCCCCUGUCCCAACGCCUGCCCUUCCCUGCAGACCUGGAGUUAGAUUCAUAAAAUUAGUGUCAAAUUAGAUCAACCUUCUCCUCAGAGCGCCAAGUCAAGUUUCACUUAUCCUGAGACCUCCCGACCCCAUCCUGACCCCAUCCUCGCCCCUGACCCCUUGACCCCCGACCUCCACAUCUCUGCCAUCAUGCUCACUACCGUCCCCCCUGCUUCAUCGCGAAGAGCAGCAGUCAUCCACCCACUGCUCAGGUGAACUGAACCCUCUAAAGGGUGAAAUGUCCUGUGCCGUGCUGUUCUGUGUUGUGCCAAGCUGUGUUGUGUUGUGCUGUGUUGUGUCGUUCUGUUCUUUCACAUGACAGUAGCCUCUUUACUGUUGUACCCAAGUUAUCCCUGGGCUAAGCAAACCCCUUGGGUUCUAGUGUUUUCGUCUUCCUACAAAAGUUCUAGAACGCACUCAAGUGUUGUUUCUAGAAUUUUAAUCUGAUAGUUCUGGGUUGUUGGUGUGUAUCAACAGAACGCUCUUGAGUGAGUUUUCUAGAGUUCUAGAAUAAUCUGUCAGGGAUUCCUCAGAGAGGUCUGGAACAUUGAUGUCUAUCAGAGUUCUAGAAUCCUACUUUGUGUUCUUCAGAGAGCUUUGGUAAGGACAGAGGAGGGAAUGUGCUGCCAGCAGUUCAAGUGGAGGAUGUGGACAGAGACGUGGGGAUGGGAGGGGGUCGCAACAUCCCCCAGAUCAUCACCUCCCAGGACCCCCUGUCCAUCUCUCUGACCGUGCCUCUCGUCCCCAUGACCAAGCACAGGUAAACUGACUAUACACUCUGCUGCUUCAAAAGUCUAUCUGAUGAUUAUAGUAGCUGUACAGACUUGCUCUAUAGUGAUUUGAAUGACAGACAUUUACUAGUUAUAUUGCCCUAAUAUUACUCUCUAUUUUUCUCUCUUUUUCUCACACAUUCAGCAAAGCUGUGGCUGCAGAGUAAGUUAUGGCAGAUUUGUCUGUGCAGUUUAUCCUACCCUUGUCUCAUUGUCUCCUAUUGUCUCCCCUCAGUGGCUCGCUCCUCCCGGUAGAAGAGAGAAGUGCUGAAGAGGAUGAUGUUGGUGGUGUUGAUGACUUGGAGAUGCAGACCGGCCUCCUGACUGUGGAAGAUGAGUGAGUGAUGCCACACAGGCAAAUGCACAACAUGCAUGCAAAACCAGUGGAGGCUGCUGAGCGGAGGACAACUCUUAAUAAUGUCUGGAACGGAGUCAAUGGAAUGGCAUCAAACAUAUGGAAACCAUGUGUUUGAUGUAUUUGAUACCAUUCCACGUAUUCCGUUCCAGUCAUUACCAUGAGCCUGUCCUCCCCAAUUAAGGUGCCACCAACCUCCUGUGAUGCAAACACGCAUGCACACUCGCACACAUGCACACACACACACUCACUCACUCACUGAUGAUGUAAUAUCCUGCAGGGAUCGUCCAACAUCAGUGGCCAGCUAUGGCAGUGUGAUUGUCCAAGAAAGAGUGACUACUCUGGUCAAGCUGUUUAAAGCGAGGACGGUCCGCAAGAAGGAAAAACUGAUGGACCCUGACGACUCUGAGGAAGACAGCCCUCAAGCCUGUAGGUCACAACUAAACAUGACCUUUAACCUGUGACCCUGACCCUUGACCUUACAACAAGCAAAAUACGCAAUUGCCAUACGAUUUUCUAAAAUAUAUAAAUGCAACCCUGACCCACAUCCAUUUUCACAUAACCUAUAACUUUUGACCUCUCACUCCCAGCCCCAGCCAAGGCACCCCCUCCCCCUCCUCCCCCGCCCCCAGAAGAGGACAAGAAGGACAUCCCAGCCCUGGUGGAGGAGGAAGAGGCGGAGGAGUACUGGGACUUCUAUGGAUACCCAAUCAAAAACCUCAAACUUCCCAAAAUGCCCCCACUUCCUAGUUGGCUUCAAACCAUAGUGGACUAUCGUUUCCCUUCCAGCAUCGACCCCUAUACCGGUGAGUUAGAUACCAAAACAUAUUAUACUUAAGCACUAAGGCCCGAGGACGUGUGGUACUGUACAGUGAGGGAAAAAAGUAUUUGAUCCCCUGCUGAUUUUGUACGUUUGCCCACUGACAAAGAAAUGAUCAGUCUAUAAUUUUAAUGGUAGGUUUAUUUGAACAGUGAGAGACAGAAUAACAACAAAAAAAUCCAGAAAAACGCAUGUCAAAAAUGUUAUAAAUUGAUUUGCAUUUUAAUGAGGGAAAUAAGUAUUUGACCCCCUCUCAAUCAGAAAGAUUUCUGGCUCCCAGGUGUCUUUUAUACAGGUAACGAGCUGAGAUUAGGAGCACACUCUUAAAAAGAGUGCUCCUAAUCUCAGUUUGUUACCUGUAUAAAAGACACCUGUCCACAGAAGCAAUCAAUCAAUCAGAUUCCAAACUCUCCACCAUGGCCAAGACAAAAGAGCUCUCCAAGGAUGUCAGGGACAAGAUUGUAGACCUACACAAGGCUGGAAUGGGCUACAAGACCAUUGCCAAGCAGCUUGGUGAGAAGGUGACAACAGUUGGUGCGAUUAUUUGCAAAUGGAAGAAACACAAAAGAACUGUCAAUCUCCCUCGGCCUGGGGCUCCAUGCAAGAUCUCACCUCGUGGAGUUGCAAUGAUCAUGAGAACGGUGAGGAAUCAGCCCAGAACUACAAGAGAGGAUCUUGUCAAUGAUCUCAAGGCAGCUGGGACCAUAGUCACAAAGAAAACAAUUGGUAAUACACUACGCCGUGAAGGACUGAAAUCCUGCAGCGCCCGCAAGGUCCCCCUGCUCAAGAAAACAUAAAUACGUGCCCGUCUGAAGUUUGCCAAUGAACAUCUGAAUGAUUCAGAGGAAAACUGGGUGAAAGUGUUGUGGUCAGAUGAGACCAAAAUGGAGCUCUUUGGCAUCAACUCAACUCACCGUGUUUGGAGGAGGAGGAAUGCUGCCUAUGACCCCAAGAAAACCAUCCCCACCGUCAAACAUGGAGGUGGAAACAUUAUGCUUUGGGGGUGUUUUUCUGCUAAGGGGACAGGACAACUUCACCGCAUCAAAGGGACGAUGGACAGGGCCAUGUACCGUCAAAUCUUGGGUGAGAACCUCCUUCCCUCAGCCAGGGCAUUGAAAAUGGGUCAUGGAUGGGUAUUCCAGCAUGACAAUGACCCAAAACACACGGCCAAGGCAACAAAGGAGUGGCUCAAGAAGAAGCACAUUAAGGUCCUGAAGUGGCCUAGCCAGUCUCCAGACCUUAAUCCCAUAGAAAAUCUGUGGAGGGAGCUGAAGGUUUGAGUUGCCAAACGUCAGCCUUGAAACCUUAAUGACUUGGAGAAGAUCUGCAAAGAGGAGUGGGACAAAAUCCCUCCUGAGAUAUGUGCAAACCUGGUAGCCAACUACAAGAAACGUCUGACCUCUGUGAUUGCUAACAAGGGUUUUACCACCAAGUACUAAGUCAUAUUUUGCAGAGGGGUCAAAUACUUAUUUCCCUCAUUAAAAUGCAAAUCAAUUAAUAACAUUUUUGACAUGCGUUUUUCUGGAUUUUUUUGUUGUUAUUCUGUCUCUCACUGUUCAAAUAAACCUACCAUUAAAAUAAUAGACUGAUCAUGUCUUUGUCAGUGGGCAAACGUACAAAAUCAGCAGGGGAUCAAAUACUUUUUUCCAUCACUGCAUAUGGCCAAUAUUCCAUGGCUAAGGGCUGUUCUUAUGCACGAUGCAACGCGGCUUCCUGGACUCACCCUUUAGCUGUGGUAUAUUGGCCAUAUUCCACAAACCCCUGAGGUGCCUUAUUGCUAUUAUAAACUAGUUAUCAACAUAAUUAUGCAGAAGACAAGUAAUUUUGGGUCAUACCCGUGGUAUAUUUAAGCGAUAAGGCCCUAGGGGGUGUGGUAUAUGGCCAAUGUACCACGCUUAUGGGCUGUUCUUAGGCACGACGCAACGCGGAUUGCCUGCAUACAGCCCUUAGCCGUGGUAUAUUGGCCAUAUACCACAAACCCCAAAGUGCCUUUUUGCUAUUAUAAACGUAAUUAGAACAGUAAACAAGUAAUUUUGUGUCAUACCCGUGGUAUCCGGUCUGAUGUACCACGGCUUUCAGCGAAUCAGUAUCCAGGACACAAACUAUAUAAUAGUGGAUAAUAUCCCUCACCAAUUUUACUACCAUAUACCCCUGUACUAUUAUACAUUCCUAUACAACACAAUAUAAUACUUUACUGACAUGACCAACAGGCGGACGAGUGCGCCUCUUACAGGCCCAUCUCACUUCUGAAUCUUGACAGUAAAAUAUGAACUAUCUUUACCAACGUGACCUUGGGCCCUGAUACUAAUGUAAUGAAAUCAUAAUAUACCUUUCAGCCCCCACUGAGUUGUUAUAUUCACGUUGUAGUUGACUCUGCUCUGUUUGUGCCUCUUGUCUCCCUAUAGACCUGGUCUACGUGGUGUGGCUGUUUUUUGUGAUGAUGGCGUGGAACUGGAACGUGUGGCUGAUCCCGGUGCGCUGGGCCUUCCCCUACCAGACUGCAGACAACAUCUACUGGUGGCUGUUAAUGGACUACACCUGUGACCUUAUUUACAUCACUGACAUCAUGGUCUUUCAGCCCCGCCUGGAGUUUGUACGCGGAGGAGAUAUUGUGGUAAGGGGAUCUGGAUAAUCACAUAUACUGUAGGCAGUCACAUACGUACAUGCGUAUAAAGAGAGGCACAAAUAAACAAACAGGCCCUCUAUGGCAAGUAGUACUAGAAAAUGUAUGCCAACAAAGACAAUCAUACACACAGAGUCAGACACUUCUAAAACACACAUACAUGUACAUAUUUAAGGAACAAACGUAUGUUUUAAUUUCUUAUCUUUUCUUGCAGUGUGACAAAAAGGACAUGAGAGACAACUACAUGACAACAGAAAGAUUCAAGGUGAGACUGAAGCUACACUGUUUCUCCUUGCUGACUAGGCUAGUAGAUAAGUAACUCUAUAUUUCUAUGAUGGAUGUGAGGAGUGUUGGUUUGUAAAGGAAUUAUUUGUCUUUCAGAUGGAUUGUAUCAGUAUGUUCCCCAUGGAGAUAUUUUACUACUUUACUGGAGUUAACUCCCUCCUCAGAUUCCCCCGCCUACUGAAGGUACACACACCACUCACAUAGGCACACACACACACACACACACACACACACACACACACACACACACACACACACACACACACACAUACAUGUACAUUCUUUGUAGUGCUUAGAUCUUAGUGAUUAGUGAUUGAUUAUUGAUGCCUCUCUGUUGUCUCUCUCUCUCUGUUUCAGUACAUGGCUUUCUUUGAGUUCAACGACCGUUUGGAAGCAGUAAUGAAGAAAGCCUACAUCUACAGGUACCAAAGAGGGACACAUAGAAAACACUCUGACCACCAACCACACAUACAUACUCUACGCAGGACAUUCGCUCAGCACAAAACACUCAGCAGAGAAAAUGCUACACGAACACACUCAAAACACAAUACACAUGUUUAGCCAGCAGAGGGUGCUGUAGCCCUUACUGAGCUCUAGUAACUUUUUCUCAUUCCCCCUCCUCUCUCUCGCUCCCUCCCUCCCUCUCAGAGUGAUCCUGACCACUUCAUACCUGUUGUAUUCUCUCCACAUCAACGCCUGUCUGUUCUAUUGGGGUUCUGACUAUGAGGGGCUGGGGUCCACUAAGUGGGUCUACGAUGGCAGAGGGAACAGGUGAGGAGAAUACCACAAAACAGUCACAAAACAGUCAAAAACCUCAUACCAACCACAUUACCACAAAACAUCCAGCUUUUUCCAAGUCCUCUUCUGCUGUCACCUUUAAAAAUGUGUAAUUAUCCCAGACGUAUGUGUAUUUGUCUGACAUCUGUGUGUAUACCUCUGUCUGUCUGUGUGCCCAGUUAUAUCCGGUGUUACUACUUUGCUGUAAAGACCCUGAUCACCAUCGGUGGUCUACCGGACCCCACCACCGUGUUUGAGAUCACAUUCCAGCUAGUCAACUACUUUGUUGGUGUCUUUGCUUUCUCCAUCAUGAUUGGUCAGGUAGGUGUAGCAAAAACAAUUCAUGUUCAUUAAGGCAUGCCAUAGCAAAACAUUUUCCAACAGAAAAUGAAAACAAGCGUUUCUUGAUGGCUCAGAUAGUAUGCUCUUGUUUCUGAGUGUUAUCUUCCGUUCCAUGCCUACUGAACAUAAGGCUUGUUGUUCUGCUGUUGUUCCAGAUGAGAGAUGUAGUGGGGGCUGCCACAGCGGGACAGAACUACUACCGGGCCUGCAUGGAUAACACCAUCAAGUACAUGACCUCCUACCACAUCCCCAAAGAGGUCCAGAACCGAGUCAAGACCUGGUACGACUACACCUGGCAGAUACAGGGCAUGCUGGGUGAGGAACGUUGGCUGAACGUUGUGAGAGUGCUGCAUCUGGAAACGUUUCUGUUAUGGCCCUAUCUGCUCGCUCACAAUCCCCUCAUCUCUCUCAUUCUCUCUGUCCAUCUGUCUCCCUCCUUACCUUUAUCCCUCCCUCUGUCUCUCUCUCUCUACAGAUGAGCAGGAGCUGUUAAUCCAGCUGCCAGAUAAGAUGAGGAUGGACAUGGCUGUGGAUGUUAACUACUCCAUUGUCAGUAAAGUGGCCCUGUUCCAGGUAAGGGGAGGGAAAGAGUCUCAGACAUCGCAGCCCUCGUCUUUGUCAAAUCUUCAAUAAUACAUACUAUACUCUCUCUCUCGUUCUCUUUAUUUCUCCAAUUGUACUAAACUCCCUCUUUCAUGUCUCUCCAUUCCCUGCCUCUAUAACUGCCCCCCCCCCCCCCCCCCCCUCCCCCUCCCCCCUCUCUCUCUCUCUGUUCCAGGGCUGUGACAGACAGAUGAUCUUUGACAUGUUGAUGAGGCUCAAGUCUGUGGUCUACCUGCCUGGGGACUUUGUCUGUAAAAAGGUAGGCCAAUAUAAUAAUAAUAAUAAUAAUAAUAAUAAUAUGCCAUUAGCAGACGCUUUUAUCCAAAGCGACUUACAGUCAUGCGUGCAUACAUUUUUGUGUAUGGGUGGUCCCGGGGAUCGAACCCACUACCUUGGCGUUACAAGCGCCGUGCUCUACCAGCUGAGCUACAGAGGACCACUGUGAUGGGAGUGAUGCCCUCACACUCCCAUCACAGCUUUACCCCAAGCUUAGCCUAAAUCACUUGCACAUGGUCCAUUCUCUCUUUGUAAACCAUACCUCUAAUUGUACCUGUGUGUGUUUGCUAUGAUCUGCUAUAAUGUGCUGUGUGUCCCGUGUGGGCAGGGUGAGAUCGGCAGGGAGAUGUAUAUCAUCAAGCAGGGGGAGGUUCAGGUGGUGGGAGGACCUGAUUUGAAGACAGUGUUUGUGACAAUCAGGGCCGGCUCUGUGUUUGGAGAAAUCAGGUGAGAGCCCCCCUUAAUCCCUGGUCCAAAUGUUUUCCUCAUAUACAGUGUCAUGUAUUGGAAUAUCUAAGGGCUGUACAUUGUACACAAUCCCAAUUAACCUGUUUCAGCACUCAUGCAUGCAACAAUGCACAUGCUAUGUCUCUAGCUUGCCUCUAGCAUGUCUCUAAACAUGAAGCAUGUGUUUGGUGUUUGUUUGGCGUGUAACCCAUCUAUGUCCUCCGAUUGGACAGCUUGCUGGCAGGGGGUGGGGGGAACAGACGCACGGCCAACGUGAUGGCUCACGGAUUCGCUAACCUCUUCAUCCUGGAUAAGAGGGACCUCUCAGACAUCCUGGUGCAUUACCCCGAGUCCCAGAAACUCCUCCGCAAGAAGGCCAAGUGAGGGGGUGACCUCUCAAAUCCAACUUUCCUACCCUUUCCACUCCCCUAUCCCUCUCUUCUUACCCAGGACACAGCCAAAAGGCCAGAGGGGGAAGGUCAAAUGGAAGGGCUGGGACGUGGGAUAUGAGUCUUGGAGAGGGAAGGGUGGAGGGGAUGGAUAACCUACACACAGCCAACACACAUCCCACUACAUAAUAAUAAUAAUAAUAAUAUGCCAUUUAGCAGACGCUUUUAUCCAAAGCGACUUACAGUCAUGCGUGCAUACAUUUUUUUUUGUGUACGUGUGGUCCCGGGGAUCGAACCCACUACCUUGGCGUUACAAGCGCCGUGCUCUACCAGCUGAGCUACAGAGGACCACAUAUUGUAUGUACAAUACAUAUUGUACAUACAGUGAGGGAAAAAAGUAUUUGAUGACCUGCUGAUUUUGUACGUUUGCCCACUGACAAAGACAUGACCAGUCUAUAAUUUUAAUGGUAGGUUUAUUUGAACAGUGAGAGACAGAAUAACAACAAAAAAAUCAAGUAAAAACGCAUGUCAAAAAUGUUAUAAAUUGAUUUGCAUUUAAUUGAGGGAAAUAAGUAUUUGACCCCUCUGCAAAACAUGACUCAGUACUUGGUGACAAAACCCUUGUUGGCAAUCACAGAGGUCAGACGUUUCAUGUAGAUGGUCACCAGGUUUGCACACAUCUCAGGAGGGAUUUUGUCCCACUCCUCUUUGCAGAUCUUCUCCAAGUCAUUAAGGUUUCGAGGCUGACGUUUGCCAACUCGAACCUUCAGCUCCCUCCACAGAUUUUCUAUGGGAUUAAGGUCUGGAGACUGGCUAGGCCACUCCAGGACCUUAAUGUGCUUCUUCUUGAGCCACUCCUUUGUUGCCUUGGCCGUGUGUUUUGGGUCAUUGUCAUGCUGGAAUACCCAUCCAUGACCCAUUUUCAAUGCCCUGGCUGAGGGAAGGAGGUUCUCACCCAAGAUUUGACGGUACAUGGCCCCAUCCAUCGUCCCUUUGAUGCGGUGAAGUUGUCCUGUCCCCUUAGCAGAAAAACACCCCCAAAGCAUAAUGUUUCCACCUUCAUGUUUGACGGUGGGGAUGGUGUUCUUGGGGUCAUAGGCAGCAUUCCUUCCUCCUCCAAACACGGCGAGUUGAGUUAAUGCCAAAGAGCUCGAUUUUGGUCUCAUGUGACCACAACACUUUCACCCAGUUCUCCUCUGAAUCAUUCAGAUGUUCAUUGGCAAACAUCAGACGGGCAUGUAUAUGUGCUUUCUUGAGCAGGGGGACCUUGUGGGCGCUGCAGGAUUUCAGUCCUUCACGGCGUAGUGUGUUACCAAUUGUUUUCUUGGUGACUAUGGUCCCAGCUGCCUUGAGAUCGACAAGAUCCUCCCGUGUAGUUCUGGGCUGAUUCCUCACCGUUCUCAUGAUAAUUGCAACUCCACGAGGUGAGAUCUUGUAUGGUGCCCCAGGCCGAGGGAGAUUGACAGUUAUUUUGUGUUUCUUCCAUUUGCGAAUAAUCGCACCAACUGUUGUCACCUUCUCACCAAGCUGCUUGGCGAUGGUCUUGUAGCCCAUUCCAGCCUUGUGUAGGUCUACAAUCUUGUCCCUGACAUCCUUGGAGAGCUCUUUGGUCUUGGCCAUGGUGGAGAGUUUGGAAUCUGAUUGAUUGAUUGCUUCUGUGGACAGGUGUCUUUUAUACAUGUAACAAACUGAGAUUAGGAGCACUCCCUUUAAGAGUGUGCUCCUAAUCUCAGCUCGUUACCUGUAUAAAAGACACCUGGGAGCCAGAAAUCUUUCUGAUUGAGAGGGGGUCAAAUAAUUAUUUCCCUCAUUAAAAUGCAAAUCAAUUUAUAACAUUUUUGACAUGCGUUUUUCUGGAUUUUUUUGUUGUUAUUCUGUCUCUCAUUGUUCAAAUAAACCUACCAUUAAAAUUAUAGACUGAUCAUUUCUUUGUCAGUGGGCAAACGUACAAAAUCAGCAGGGGAUCAAAUACUUUGGCCCUCACUGUAGUGUUUUUUAUCAUACCCACCGAUCUUGUGAUCGCUCACAUGAUGGCGAGGCAAAAGGUGCUCUCUCUUUCCCUCUCUUUACCAUAGCCUCUAUCUCUCCUCUUCAUCCAUCUGUCACUCUCUUCCUCUGUCUGUUCAUCCGUUCUGUAUCUCUAUCUCUUUCCCUCUCUACUGUAACUCUCUCUCUCUUUGAUAAUGGUUAAGAGGAGUUUGAGAUCCUGAUUAAGAAUUAUUGGUUUAAGUGAGAGGCAGGCAAGUGAGAGGCAGGCAGAAGUUAGGAGGGAAUCAGGUCUGGAUAAACAGACAGUCUCAUGACCUGCUCUAACUCAUCCAUGGCAUCAAUUUUAGUGAGGACAGGGCGGUGCAGUGUGUGUGUGUGUGUGUGUGUGUGCCUGUGUGUGUCUGUGUGUCUGUGUCUGUGUGCACGUGUACGUGCGCGUAUACUGUAUAUACAGUAUAUAUAUAUAUACAGUGUAUUAGUUUGUGUGUGUAUACUACAUGUGUGCAUGCCUAAAUGUUUCAAGCCACACAAAAUGCAUCAAUGUACACAGUGUGUAUGCACAGUGAGACCAUAUCUAAAAGGUUUACUUCAGUCUGACUGACCUGACCACAACUUUUCCCUACCUCCCUCCCUUUCUAGGAAAAUGCUGACGAAGGAUAAGAAGCCAGAGGAAAAGGCAGAGGUGAAGGAGACUGCCGAGGUGAUCCCAGACAGGCCAGAGACCCCCAAGCUGUUCAAAGCAGCCCUGGUGGUCACAGAGCAGGCAGGCAUUAAGGGCACCUUCGCCAAGCUGAAAGAGGGCUACAAAACUGGCGAGACUGAGGUAAACAGUACACGCAUGCAUUUACAUGCACACAUCUAGUGCCAUACACACAACACACCUACCUCUUACGCUCUCUUUUUGGGGGUGGAUUAAAAUGGUUCUGAAAUCAAUCUUUGUUCUUUGAAAAAAACUCUCUCUCACCCCCAACCCCCUCUACCACCUCCACCAGUCCUCUGGACUCCCCAUACCUCCUCCCUCCUCGAUGGUGCACCGUCACUCCCCCAUCCCCCCUACACAUCCCCGCAUCGAGGAUGACGAAGAUGUGGUUUCCGAGACGACCGACAGCAUGACACGCCGUCACAAAGGUGAGGAGCUCCUGUCCGUCGAGCAGAAGCCUGAAGAUCAAGAGGAAGAAGAGGAGGAGAUGGAGAAGAAGUAGAAGGAGACAGAGAAGGAAAUAGACAGAAAGAGAAGGGGAAGAAGUGUUGUGAUCUCCCACUACCCUUCUAUGCUCUUCUGUGUGUAUAUUGACAUUGAGAUUACGGACCGAAAUGGUUAAAAAAAAACAUUCUCUCUCUAUUGCCACGUUCACUUCAUGUCAGAAACUCUGGACCUCCAAGUCAAAAUGAACGUCAGUUAUUUGCGUAGAGCUUCCUAU